AAUGUCUCUUAACUCCUUUUAUUGCUUUUUGCUGUCACAGACUAAUAUAGCUACCCAUUCUGAAAUACAUCCCAUUUGCAGGGUUAGCACCAACUGAUCAGCAAAGAAUAAACUAAAAUAUUUAAAGUAUGCAAAGAGUGUGUUUACUUCUGCCAGUGUGCACAGAUAGCGCCUUAUCCUAUGCGCCACUUACUUGACUUGAACAUUAACUCCCACUGAGCUCAAUGACGAUUUCUCCCAAGUUAAUAUUCAUCAGAGUCCAACCUUAGAAUUAGAAGGCGCAGUUUCUGGGUCAGGAAGCUUGACUUCUAAAUCCAGGCGGCUUUGAGUCCCAUCAUCUCAUUUUUUACGAAUUUAAUGCUGGCAACAUGCAAACUAGGUUACUAGAUCAGAAAUCAAAUGGCAAUGUAAUGCCAUACUGAGGGAGAUUGUUAAAACAAAGCCCUGUCAUUAUGAACAUAGGAAAUGUGAAUCCUUGAGGCAGGCAAACAGCACUAGUCACAGUGAGGAAAGGGGGCUGGGGAAGACAGCUGGAAACUCCUUAAACCGUGGAUUAAUAAAUAAUAAUACAACAGAUUAUUCAGGCUUUGCUGGAAGGAAAAACAUGCAUUUAUAAUAUUUCGCACAAGGUUGUGAUCUGCCUCAAUAGCUCAGUUGCAUUCCGUGCAACCUAAGAGCAACUGCUCUGUUUAGAUUUCAAUUCAGCGUUAGCCUUAAGGCUCUGGAUGAGUUACAACAUACUUAAAAACCAACAAACCAAAAUAAAAUCAUUGCAUACUAUGUGCCCACAUGUAAAGUGGUUCCCCAUGUUUAAUCUCUUUUUCUCUCACAACAACUUUAGCCCUAAUCCAUCAGGAAGUCCUCUUGCACAAGCCCUGCUGAAAUCAAGGAGGCCAGGCCACAUUUGCACUUUGUACUAGGGAGGCUCUGGGUAAAGCUAAAACUGCAAUUCUAUGCACACUUACCCUGGUGUAAGUCCCUUUGAACUCAGUAGAAUUUACUUGCAAGGAGCCAGGCUGAUCAGAAUUAUAAAUGCUACGUGUGGUUAUAAUUAAGAAUACUUAGUAUUUACACUGAAUGCAAAAGCAAGUUGCUUCGCAGAUAUUAAGCUGCUGCAAUUCUCGCAACAGCCCUGCAAGGUGGGUCAAUAUUAUUAUUCCUAUCUCGCAGAUGGGGUGCUUAAGGCUAAGAAAAAGUGACCUGCCUAAGGCAUUCUAGUGAGUUCAUGAUUCAAACUGAGGACUUGCAGCUUUGUGGUUUGGUCUCUGGGGUAAAUGUCAUACCAGAUCUCUGAAAUACAUCCCACUGAGAUCACUUUUCCUAGAGAGAAGCACAUCAAAUAAGCUGAGCAAAGGAAAAGGUACGCUACAUUGGUAUGCAUGGCUAAGGGCUAAACUGCCACAGUCCCUUUAUUAUCACCAGCCAAAAUAUCACAACACAGUGAGCAAGCAUUUGAGUCCACCAGAGAUCUUCAUCAGGCUGGGUGUUAUGCAAGGCGGCUUGCUAUUGAAGCAAUAACGUUUGCAUUGGUUUGUUUGUUUUUUAAUUUAGAAUGGUCAUUUUUGUUAUAGAGUUACAGAACUAUAAAAAUCAAAUGGGGAACAGCUUGGUUGGUAGAGCAUGAGAUUCUUAAUCUCAGGGUGGGUUUGAUCAUUCCUGCAUUGCAGGGGGUUGGACUAAAUGAACCUUGUGGUCCCUUCCAACUCUACAAUUCUAUGAUUCUAGCCUAUGGCUCUCCAGAAGUUGUUAAACUCCAACUCCUAGCAUCCCCAAUAGCAUCAGCAACUGUCAAGGAUCAUUGGAGUUGUAGUCCAAUCACACCUGGAAGUUCCCAGGUUGCUUAUACCUCUUAGAGAACUUUUAAAGCAGCGUGGCUGUGGAGGCAUGAAUUCACCACCACACCUCUGAGUCCUAUGCACACAUAACUGGCAGAAAACCUCUAUUUCACUCAUGGGGACUUCAGCAUAAACAAGUAUGGGGCGGGAGUCAGGCUUCACAUCUGUCAUCCUAGACAUACUUCCCUAGAAAUAAACCCAUCAGUGGGAGUUACUUCCGAGUAAACGGACCUGGGCUGCUUGGUUGCAGCUUAGCCCAUCGCGCAAGAAGGGGGAACAACUGGGAACUAGGGCCGACCACCCCACAAGGCAAGCUGAGAUCUUGUCUGCGUAAUUCUUGGCGCUGCGGAACCUCGAUGCCUGUUCAGAUCCCUGCCUCAAAGUCCACCAUCCCCCUCGAGCCAAGCCUUCUCCAAGCGCUGGCCGAGCCGAAAAAAGACACCCACGACGUCAGUUCGUUGCUUGCGGACGUCACGCCUUUGCUCACAACUACGCCAUACCCUCUCCAACUCAACUCCCACGGCAAGCAGGCAGAGCCACCGCGGGCUCCAUUUUUUUGUUGUCCCCGUCACCUCUUUUAGAAAAACUAAGCGGGUGGAUGAUCCCCGGUGAUGAUGAAGAUGAUGAUGAUGGAGGUGGAGGCGAGGAGGAGGCGGCAGCUAGCGAAGGAAGGCGGGGGAGUUCCCCUCCCUCCUUAAAAGCCGCUUCCGGCCCCGCUGCCAUAUUCCUUUUUUGGAAGGGGGAGGAGGAAAAAGAAGCCGAGAGAGAGAGAAAUGAAAUACUGUAUAAAACAAGGCAGUCGAGGCUGACGGUGGUGGCAGCCGCUGCGUUAGGAGAGACUCCCAUAGCGUAGCGCGUCGACGCCAGGGCGCCCGGUGCCACGGGGACGGGCCUAAGGAGUGGCGCUGGUGGCGACGAAGCUUUGGAUUCCUUGCUGGAUGCUUCUACCGGAGAAGAGCUUGAGGGAUCUCUGGCGCGAGGUGGGGGCGGAGAGAGAGGAGACGGUGUCGGAGGCGCAGGCGGGCGUGUACCUCGGCUGCUGACCUCACUUCUCGAAAGCGCUCCAAGUUCACCAUCCCUCUCCAGCCAUUUGCCGAUCUCCAGCCUUCUGCGCACCGGGAAAGGUUGCUGUGGGGCAAAGGCAUCAGGAGACCGGCUCUGUAAAGGCGCACGCCUCUCUGGAAAGAGAGAGCGAGCGCGAGAGCGCGCUUCCGGCGCGCACACACACACACGCAUCCUCCCUCCCAUUCACUGGCUCGCUCCACACAAAGCGAGCGCCUUGGUUUCUCUUCCAUCUCGGCUCUUUCCAAGCUGUAUGUGCGAGAGGAACCCCGGAGCGCGCCGGCUGGCCAGCGCCUGAGCUCUCCGGGUCCUGCCUUUGCGCGCCAUCUCGCCUCUCUGCGAUCCCCCCCCCCGCCUUUUUUUUUAAUCGGAGCCAUCGAUUCAUUUGUUUUCUCCCUGCUUGGCCCCGCUGAAGAUCUGGCCGGUUCCCGUGGUUGGGAGGAGGAGGAGGAGACGGGGCGAAGGAAGGAAGCCAGGCGUCUCCAUCUGGCCCCCGCGAUUCUCUCUUGCCACCAGGAGACUUGAAAGAGAGAGGAAAUAAAAGGAAGGUAAGUGUCUGCCGGGUGCUGCGGGGAGGGGAUUGGACUGCUGGGCUUAAUAUCCCGGCGUCUCCGGCCGGGCGUGAUCUUGACUAACUCAGCCUUGGUUGUAACUGACUAAGCGAGCUUUGUUAAUAGCCUGUUCUUGGAGAGAGGAGGAGGGAGACUGCACGCGAAAAUCAAAGCCGCAGGACCAGCAAACGUUAUUGCUGCUCCCCCUGAACCCCUCGAUUUCUUUUGAUAAAGGCAGCAAUCAUUCCCUGCGAGUGGCACAGAUGGAUUAAGUCCCGAGGUCUUUUUUGUUUUUUAAAGGAGGCGACGAAAGGUGUCUCCUGCUACCAGUUGUUGUGCUGGGUCUGCUUUCUCGGUUUGGGCUUUUGUUUGGGGAGGGGCGUGUGGAAGGUCGAAGCCGCCCGGAAAGGAAGCGAAGAGUCUUUCCCCGGAUCGUGUUGUGCGCCACUUGGUUCCGAUACACUUUCUUUUGUUAUGAUUCUCCGUCUGCUUCGGCGGGCAUGAUGCGCCGCUCGCUCCCUAAUCUAGGACUGUACUUUCUCUCCCCCCACCCCACUCCCACACACUCCCACUCUCGGAGUAUAUAUUCAACCCAAUCUCUUGGGCAAAGGAAUAAGGUGGGGGAGAGGAGUAAUCUGGGAGCUGUAUCUAGGCCAAAAUAUGAAAUAUUUAUCAUGCCCGCUUCGAUGGUUUUUCCAGUCCAGCUCCUUUUAUUUUUAAUUUGCUAUUGGUAAAAUAUUCAUUUUCAGGGGGGCAAGGAGGCGAGAGAGUACGAGUGUUUGUGUUUAUGUUGUGGCAGUAUCGUUCUAGGAACACGCCUACAACGCUUUUCUUUAACCUGGUCACGCCUUAAAACUGGUGGCAGCCUGGCAGGAUUUAAUCUCGUGCAAAAUUGGGGUGCUACUUAAUUAACUAAUAAAUGGGGAGAUCGCCGCCUCGUAACUUCUCGCUGCUGCUUUUAUUGUGUGUGUGUGCGCGCGCGGCGUGAAGCCGGCGGAUGCAAUGUGAGGCAACCCAGUUUAUUGUCACAUAAAGGCGACGUCCGUCAUUCUCCAGGAGCGGAGGUUGGGCAAUCUUCCCGAAGACCUUUAAGUGAGAAGGGCAAAACGGUGUGUGUGCGUGUGCGCGCGCGCUACUCUGAAAAAUUGCAAAGAAUUCGAGAGGGGAACAGAGUUAACUCCUUAGUAGCUGCCAGAGAAAAUAGCAAACUGGUACGUUCUGUGCUAGUUGAGAGAGAAUGUCCUCUGUAGGAGUCCCUUUUUUUGUCACUAGCAAGGCUUCAGGUGCCCUUGUUGUUCUCUUGGGGGCUCUUGUGUCCAGUAAAGUUGUGUGUUCUCCCACUGCAGGAUCUUCUUCUCCCUUCAAACUUGCUUGGAGUGCAAUGCAUGGAGUGUCCAGUGCAAAUCAGGACAUCUUUCUGUCCGUUUUAUCUCUGUCACAAACUCACCGGGUGGCCUUGGUCAAGUCCCUUGCUUGUCUCGGCAGGCAUACGGAGAAGAUCCUAGACCAAGCUUACAGGGUUUGUUUGAAGUCUUGCUGUGACAUGAUGUUACGGGAAGUGCUUCACACCCGUGGAAUGUGCUGCAUAAAUGCUAAGGGUGAAUAUAAUGAAAGGUCCUUUGGAUUAAGGCUUGCGCAACCUCCUCUUUGCAUCCUCUGGGAACCCAUGUAAAGCCUCACCUGAAGGCCAGGGAAUCCCUGGCAUGUGAGGUGACAUGUGGAGAAGAACUGCAGCAGAAAGAGUGGUGGGGAAUAGCAAAAUCUGGUUGGAAGCAAAUGCACUCAAGCAAGCUCAAAUCCAACCAGUAUUUUUGGGUGACUUACAUGCUGGUACUUGAUGUGUGCACAAUAGGAAGGAGGAAGAAUGUCUUGAUGGAUCUCUGCUGUGAUUAGGGUCAUCCAACACCCUCCUUCCAACAACAGUCAGCCAGAUGUCCCUGGGAAGCUUAGAAGCACAGCAUGAAGGCAACAGAUCCUCUCCUGUUGUGUGUCUCCAGAGCCUGGCAUUCAGUGGUAUAUAACAUUGUUAAUACUGUUAUCGCUAUUAAUCAUCAUCAUUAUUUAUUAAACCUAGUAGUCACUUGUCACCUGAAAGGUCUCCAAGUAACUAAGCAUUGAAGAACAUAUAUUGAAAUACUUUAUAAAGUUAAAAAAAAAUCAUAUAUAGAUCAUUGACAUUCCAUACAGCUUAUAAAAAAGCAGCCUUGCCAAUAACAGGGAUAACAGCAUUGACAACACACUAACAAAAAACCGACAAAAUGAUAUUCUCACCCACUUACCAGUAAAUAAAAACAAAACUCAAACACUGAUAUGCACCCUUCCCUAGCCCAGAAGGCAGCCAUGUCAACCCAGGAUAUAUAUGUUUAAAAUCUCCCUACCUGCAGCCAGAAGUCUUGGCCACAAGUUCAGCAGCUGCCAAUCAGUGGGGUAUGGGUCCUCCAAGGAUGGUCUGGUGCUUCUCCUUUCCUUGCAAGGAGAGCAGCAAUAAAUGCAGAGAGAUGGCAAAAGUUUGCCUUCUCUGCAGUCUUUCUGGCUGUUGCUCCUCUACUCUCAUUGUUGGGGGCCCAGAUCGGCAUUACAUACUGUGCCAUAUAGACCUGCGGUCACCAACCCUGUGCCCAUGGGCCCAAGGCAUCUGCUAAGACUUUCAUUGAUGCUCCUGGCAUAAUCUGGAGGGUCACAGGUUCCCUUAUCCCCCCCGUCCUGAGCUUUCUAAAGUGGCACAUAAGAAUCCAUCUUAUACCAUUGAUCAGUAUUGCCUGCACUGAUUGGCACCUGCUCUGUGGAGUUAUCAAUCGGGACAUUCCCAGUCCUACUGGGAAUUGCCAGGGAUUGAACCUGGGACCUUCUGCAUGUACAGCAGAUGCUGUACCACUGAGCUACAGCCUUCCCCAAGGGCCAUGGCCAUCAUUCAUGUCAGUGAAUUCCACAAGGUAAUUAUGGAAUGUGUGUAGAAUUUUUUCCCCUUUUUGCCUGUCCUGAAUUUGCUGCCAGUCCACUUCUGAUGCAAUGUCAGCUGCCCCACAUCCAGCAUAUGGGAAAGAACUCAAAGCUAGGAGUGCUUUUUUAAAACAAACUAACAGGAAUAAACAUACAAUUAGAGUGGCAAGACCCCUUGGAGAUUCCCACAUUUUUGGAUGGAAUAAGGCUAAGCCCUUAUAGUUUUUACACUGCCCAUUGCAAUGAAUCUGUAGUCCCUUUUUAAGGUGCCACAGGGCUCCUCCUUACCUGUGCUGCUGCCAUUCCAUGAUAGACAUGAGAGUUUCCAACACCAAGGACUGACUCACAUGCAUGCACACACCUGCCAGGGUCUGAUCCUGCCCUUAAUCUGGCUCACAGAUGAGUAUGUGUGUUGGCUUUUUUGAUAAGUGUUGUUCUUCAUGAGUCUGUAGGCCUAGCUUCAGAAGCUAGCAAGGUUGGGCAUUUGCCAGGGUGCAGGAUCCAGAAGAGGGUCCACAUCCCUUCUCAUUUUUACUUCACUCAGAGUAUCCAGGAUGUGGAAACAGUUUUCAGUUUGCAUGCCUUCCCUCUUCCAGGCUAAGGAGACCCAUGCCCAAGAGUCUUCAGAAUCCUGGAGGCACUAUUGGGCAAUUGUUAAGCAAAAGAUGAAUGGGACAUUGCCCCACCAAUCUCAUCUACCUCCCCCACCGGCUGUCUACCUCCUUACUUUCCACCAAUCCAGGGGUGGCACAGCUACCAGUCUCCUCCUCAGUCUCAAUGUUGUAUUUGAAGAACUCCGCAGGGAGGAGGAUAAUACCAGAAUUAGCUGGUUCUGUCUCUCAUUGGCUCUGGCGCCACCUACUGUUGACCUCCCAGCCUUUUGCACCACUGGUGGGUUGCAGCCAUCACUGUUGUCAAGUAAGCUGAAAACCCUGCCAUGUCUAAUCAGUGAAGGCUCUCUUGGGCGUGGGAGUCAUGACUUGUUUGCCAAGGAGUAUGUAUUGGUGAACUCUUUAAGAUUUUUUUCUCUCUCUCUCAAAAAGAAAGAGGAAAAAGUAUAGGCCAAAGCUGUCCCAUUAUGAGAUGAGAGAUUAGCAGCAUCGGUCAGCUACUCGGCUGGUUUUCCAGGACACUUGAAAGGCAAGUGAAAAUGACUCUUGUGGUGAAGAAUUUCUUCCAGUUGUAAUGAGUCAGGGAGUGCUGGUUCCUUCCUUUCAGUUUUAAACCAAGCUAGCUCUUUCAUAGCUCUUUUAGGGACAUUCUGUUGCCAGCAGGGAACUAUACAGUAAAGUGUGUAAUCUGUACAGUAACGUGUAUAUGUCCCACAGAGGACCUUACGGUCUUCAAAUAAAAACAUCUUGGAGAUUUCAGGUCACAGGGAGGUUAGACUGGCCUCGACCAGAGCCAGGGCUUUUUCAGCCAUGGCCCCGAUCUGGUGGAACUCUCUGUCACAAGAGACUUGACAUCUUUCCGCAGGGCCUGCAAGACAGAGCUGUUCCACCAGGCCUUUGACCAAGGCACAGUCUGACCCCCUCUCUUCUUCUGUAAUCUUCGUAGAACUCUAACCCGAUGGUUGCCAUUAAUUCGAUUCUGAAUUGAUUCUAGAAUGUAUUUUAAUUAACUGACUGUGCGAUUUUAUGUACACUGUGCUAUUUUUACCUGUUGUUAGUCGCUCUGAGCCCGGCUUUGGCUGGGGAGGGCAGGAUACAAAUUAUUAUUAUUAUUAUUAUUAUUGAGAUUCUAAUAAGCCUAAUACACACUAUUGUGAUAUACAGUAGCAUGCUUUUCAGUAGACAAGAGCAGGAGUGGGGAAUUUAUGGCUCUCCAGAUCAUAGAAUCAUAGAAUUGUAUAGACUGAAGGGACUCUAAGGAUCAUCUAGUCCAACCCCUGCAAUGCAGGAAUAUGCAGCUGUUCCUUACGAGGAUCAAACCUGCAACCUUGGCAUUAUCGGCACCAUCCCUGAUCUGGAGCAAGUCCUGCCAUGGUAGGAUACUCUUCACUUGACUUGAAUUAUUUCUCUUUCAAAAUCAUGUGGGAUAAGGCUUAUCAACAUCUUCCAAGGUAAACCCUUCCAUUGUUCAGCUGAUUGGUUUUAAGGGGGGUAGGGACUUACCGUAGAUUGAGAGGCAAUACAAACCACUGCUAGAAUUAGAAAAUGUUUGCUGCUGUCGUUAGAAAGUAUUACUAGUUGGCCUCUUUUGAGUAGAUCUAGAGAUCAGUUCUUCCAUUUUUGGGUGGGGGAAGUGAAGACAGAUGGAUAUCUAAUAUGAAAUGAAACUGGCUUAACAGCAGGGAAAUGAUUCACUUUUUCUGCCCUGAAGAAUUCUGUAAGCAUGUUGACUAUUGUUUUGGUAGACUGAAUCCUAGCUGUACAUCUUAGACCCAUAAAACUGUCAUGUAAAUUGAAAGCCGGGUUAAUGAUGAAUAGUGGUUGGCAUAAUUGUAUGCUUCCUGGUCCAUACUUUCCCAGAGAUGAGUGCACACCUAGGUGCAUGUGCAUCUUCAGUCUGGAGUAGAUGUGAAAGUGAUUCUUCAAACAUGGAACACAUGGAAAAGGAAGUUAAUUGUCCCAAUCAAAACAGUUUUCAUUCUGAGCAUUCUAGAAACAUCGGUUUCUUCAGUAACAAAGUUGGGUGCUGUUUAGGAAUGCUAAAAUAUGUUGCAAACCACUUGUCUGAGGUUGAAAAUCCAGUGAAAUAUUAUUCUGACAUGGAACUUGGAAGUAACAGGUCAUUGGAAAGUCACUGGUGACUUGCUCAUCGGUGAAGUCUGGAAUUCCCCUCCAUCAAGGGAUGACCUGGCAGUUGCCUAGAGGUACCCAUCAAAAACAAUGAAUCACAUGUCCUAGUUAUCACUAUUCACAUCUUCUCCUGAACAGGAAGGGAUAAUGCGUACACACAUACACACCACUGGGUAUUAAAUAUAAAUCAUUUGGGGGCUCAAAAGCAGCAUUCAAAACUCCCAUUGUUCUAGGCGCAUUUUGCGACAUGGAAUUUCAUUAGCGCGAGCAGUUCCUGAGCUCUGGGCACAGUCCUGUGCCUAAGAUUUCGGAUUAAAACUGCAGAGUGGAAGGAAAGGAGGACCGUUUCUGCCUCCCCACUUCCAGCUACUCUCUGAAGAUAGGAGAAGAGACCCUCUUAAGAAUAAUAGGGGGGUGGGCAGGGGAAGGACUAGACCAUGUUUCUAACACAGCUCGAAAGAACAGGUACGAAAAGGAAUGCACACAUUUCCCUAGAUAAAGAAGGAAAUGAACAGCUUGUGUGUUCUAUUGUUCUAGGACUAGAUGAGGUCUGAAAUGAUGCUUCAGUCCUAAAUGUGUGUCUCUGUCUGUGGGAGCAGCUCUGAGCAGUUUGCUGUGUUUGACAUGUAGCUUUUCAGCAUCUUUCUAGCUAACAGACCCAGUCCAGAUGUUGUGCAUUCUUUUGGACCAGAAUGCAGCCUGCUGAUCAACUCUCCUAUCUUUCAGUUUUAUACUCAUCUAAUGUUACUGGUAGAAGGGUCUGGGGGAUCCCCUCCAGACAUCCUUUUUAUUGUGCAUUCAUGAUGGCAUCAGGGUGGUUCUGUGCAAUCCCACUUUCCAUACUCCAAAGGUUUUGGGGAGGUCACAACUGUUUUAUUUCCAGACUGUGCAUGUCCCAUAGCAUCCUGCUGAAAUCUUGGGCUGGUUUUCUCUUUUGUUGCACUGUAGUGCAAGAGUGCCCUUCCAGAUGCAGUAACAUUAGGAAAGCAUUGCAGAACAACUAAUACAGAUGAAAUAUGUGUGGAUGGUCCAGUAUAAACCCACCAUAGGGAUACAGGUGGUGCUGUGGACUAAACCACUGAGACUCUUGCUGACUGGAAGGUCGGUGGUUCGGAUCCCCGCAAUGGAGUGAGUUCCCGUUGCUCUGUCCCAGCUUCUGCCUACCUAGCAGUUCGAAAGCACACCCAUGCAAGUAGAUAAAUAGGUACUGCUGUGGCAGGAAGGUAAAUGGCGUUUCCGUGCACUCUGGCCACAUGACCCAGAAAGCUGUCUGUAGACAAAAGCCAGCUCCCUCGGCCUGAAAGCAAGAUGAGUGCCGCAACCCCGGGACUGGACUUAACCACCCAGGGGGUCCUUUACCUUACCUAAACCCACCAUUAAUGUGCUAUUAUUGUGCCAAUGCCAUAUAUUUGUGCCAAAAAAAUUUUUUUUGGGGGGGAGGGGCCUGAGAAGGAAGUGCAGUGGAGAACAUCUGGAAUUGCAGUGAUUUUAACUAGAUUUAUCAGAGGGAGAGGUGAUUCUGAGUUCUGCCUGCCUGAGUCUCUGCAAUCUGUAGGAGUAAGUGCUGUUGUGCGGUGCCCAUUCAUUUGUGCUGGAAAACUGCCCUGGUGCAUUUUGUGUGAGGAGAUUAGAUUGGCUUUCUUGGUCAUUCAUGAAACCCUAGGUUGAGUACUUAUUAUUGGUUUGCUAAUGAGCACCAGUCUUUUUGGGAGGAGUACACAAGCUGAGUUCCCUGAAGUGACCUGAUUUAAUCCAGCUGCCUCUCUUUCCUUUGAUAGACUUCUAAAGGAACACACAUGCUAUUUUUAAAGCCACUUCUACUAAUGACUACACUUUAAAUUUUAUUUCUGGCAUGAAUUUAGGAAAUUUGAAUGGCUAUCUAAAGAUCUAUUGUUUCCUGCGCUGCCCACUAUACAGCUCGGUUUGUAGCUGACGCUUUUAUAUCUGGUGGAGAAUCUCAGGUGACCUCACUUCCUCAAUGCUUCUGGCCUCCUGUUGCAUAGCCAAGCUGGAAAGCCUCCUGAUGAUCUCUCGCUUCAGCUGGUGUUAAAACCCUUCACAAGUUUCCUUGAAAAGUCGGCACCUCUCUUCUGAUUCCUCUAAGCUAGUGGCUGUAGUCCAGCGGGUGUAUUUAAAAUGAGCUAUUUGGAACUGCUUGCUAGAAUGAGUUAGUCAGAAAGCCUUUCCCGGAACUUCUGGAAGCAGCUUGUGGGUGUGAAGCCAUCUCCCUGACACUCAGUUUUUAUUAUGUGUAGGGUGUUUUUGCACUGGGGGAGCUUUCAAACAUGCAGCGCUUCACUUGUAUCUCGAACUGGUUCAGUGCAGAUUCACAAUUUUAUGUUGCUGGUUUGAUAAAUUGGUCUUGGCGAUGUUCAGGCCUGAAGAUAUGGUGGUGCUUCUGACUGGAGAGGUGACUCUUUUCUCAUCCUUUCAUGAUUUGAUGGUCAGUGAUAUUAAUAAAGCAGCCUUCUCUAAACAGGUAUUCUGUAGAGGUUUCAGGCUAUAACUCCCAUCAACUCCUACCAGUGUGUUCCCUACUCCAUAGUUACAGGUAAUGGAGACUUGGAACCCUAUGAUGCAACCUUCAAAGCAUUCAAAGAACCAGAAAUCUAAUGGACCCCCCCCCCACUCCAACCCCACCAUGGCAACUCCACAAGAGGGAGGUGGUCUAAACCACAGAGCCUAGGGCUUGCUGAUCAGAAGGUCAGCAGUUUGAAUCCCUGCGACGGGGUGAGCUCCUGUUGUUCGGUCCCAGCUCCUGCCCACCUAGCAGUUCGAAAGCACGUCAAGUGCAAGUAGAUAAAUAGGUACCGCUCCAGUGGGAAGGUAAAUGGCGUCUCCGUGCACUGCUCUGGUUCGCCACAUGACCUGGAAGCUAUCUGCGGACAAACGCCAGCUCCCUUGGCCUAUAGAGCGAGAUGAGCACGCAACCCCAGAGUCAUCCGCGACUGGACCUAACGGUCAGGGGUACCUUUUGGAAGUACUGUACCCUAGGUGUGUGUAAGGAGAUCUGUUUAACACUGUGCAGCAACUUGAAAAGCCACUCCUAAAUUAUAAGCAACAUUUCCAGGGAGGGGACCCCAGCUAUUAGGAUCUGCUUUAGUUUCUUCCAUCUCUUGAAAUGCACAUUGCUAAUGAAUUGAUUUUGCUGGGGGGGGGCAGAGAGUAGUUCUAGGAGCUAAUUCACACAGCUAGGGCUGGUUCACAAAUACUUCCUAGCCUAAAUGAUGUAAUGUUGUCCACCUUUUGGGAUGUCACAGAUGAUUUGGAGAUGUUUUGCUGAACUGGUCCUGCCAUGUAGGAGCAUAGAUUCAUAUCUUAUGCUUAGCUCUGGGGGAGCGUCUUGAAAUGGUCUGCUCUCGACUGCUGCCUAGUCCAUUUCUGUAAUGGAUGUCCUUUUGUUUUGAAGGAUUAAUAUAAUGAUCCAUAUUCAUCUUGGCUCUAAACACAAUUAAUGCCUCACAUUUUGAAGCAUUAUGGCACCAUAUGGCAAGCCACCCAACUCAUAAUGUCCCCUAAUCUUCAGAUUUCUGCUUAGCAACCUUAAAGAUCAGGCCAUUGUUGUCGUUCAGAGUCUCACCAGUGUGCUUGCUAUCCAUUGCUAAAUGAGGUAUGUACUUGAGGAAAACUACAAACAAAUCAAACUGUGGUCAUGUGAUCCGAAGUGUGAUCAUAGCAUAAGACAGGGAAGUGGGAAGUUUUGAGAUCUAAUUCUGUCUCUGAUGUGCAUUCCCCUUAGGAAAUUUAUUCAAACCUCUGUUGUCAUCAACUUCCCCUUUAGUAAUAUGAAGUUGAGAUUUAGUGUAUCUCAAUCUGAGAAAAUGUUUUUGAAAAAUUGGCUUCCGAGAGUGCUGUUUGUGAUGCUCCAAAUGUACAGCUAUUGGUAGGACUAUUUCCAGACUAGGAAACAGCUAUUCGCCUGGUUACCUGAAGCAAGCAACAGUCUCCUGGGUAACAAGACAAGGAAGCCAUAGCUGGGUUCUUCCAACAUGCUCUAACAUGGGGCUACUUUUGAAAACCUUACAAAGCUUCACCUGGUCCAGAAUGCAACCGCAAUGACGUUGUUGGGUAUGCACACUUAUCCCAUUCCACCAACAUCUGCACUGAUUACCAGUUUGCUUCUGGGCACAAAGUUUGGGUGACUGUCUUUUAUCGAAGUCCUAAAUAGCUUCGGUCCAGGAUACCUUGGGGAUCAUCCUGCCUGCUCCCUAAGAUCAGAAGGAGAGGUCCAUCUCCUUGUCUCACCUAGGAUGAGAACGUAUAUGAAUGAGACAAGAGAGAGUGAGCCUUCUUGGUGGCUCCACCUAUAUUAUGGAACACCCUGCUCCACAGAGUACAGUUGGCUCCUGUGCUGUUUUUUUGCUGGUUGUCAAAUACUGCAUUAUUCCAACAGGUUCUCAUCGUAUGUGGCAGAUAAUGUUUCCCCCCCUUAGUUUUAAUUGCUGAUCCUGCCUCCUUGGCUGAUAGUUUAAUGUUUUUGUUUAUUUGAAAUCUCCAUUUAAAAUGUUGGGGAGCCAAGGGCCACGUUCCCUUCUGGAAACUCUUUCAAGGGCCAUGUUCAAGUAGUAGGUGGGGUCAGAGGCAAAGGUGGGCGGAGCAAGACAUGUAAAUGCUAUCUUUUGCUCAUUGGCCAGUUUCUGGACAUACUUGUACAGACCUCCCCUAAAGUUUGCCAAAAAAAAGUAUGUGUUUAGGGAUUGAUUCCCGUAAUUCUCUGGCCACCUAAAUUAUUUCAAGGGCACAGUGGUGCAGUGCAGCAGGUUUUUGAAAGUCAGGCCUGAUUGAGAUUAGCUCAAUUUCAUAACACUUUGAAGGAAACAGUUUUCUCAUCUUCUGUCUUCAGAGUACUAAAUUGUAAUCAAACUCUUAGGAACAUCGGAGCAGCAGCCUUAUACAUAGCCAGAGAGUUGGUCCAUCUAACUCCCUACUGUCUACACCAGGGCUAGCCAACAAGAUGCCCUACAGAUGAUGUUGGACUUCCAACACCCUUCGCCCCAGCCAGUGCGGCCAAUGGCCAGGAAUUAUAGGAGCUGGAGACCCAACAACAUCUGAAGAGCACCAUGCUGCUACUCCAGGUCCAUAAUGACUGGCAGCGGCUCUCUAGGAUUUCAGGCAAUGGUUUCUCCUAGCCCUACCUGGCGAAGGUGAGGGUUGAACCCAAGCCCUUCUCUGUGCAAAGCAGAUGCUCUGAAAAUGAGCUACAGCCCUUUCCUCUUACUCUCUCUCUCUCUCUCUCUCUCUCUCUCUCUCUCCAGUUCUUAACCAGAUGACCUUGCAUCAAAAACCCAGCUUCAUCACCAGAUUACACAAGUCAUUAGGUGAAUCUGCACCAUUAUGGUCCUGCAGCUAUAGCCUUGCCCUCGUGGUGGUUUGAACCAAUCCUAUCGUGCAUUGUCAGUAGCGCAUGCCAGUAAUAGGCGAGGCCAUACCUGGCUUAUGCCUCACCAUGUUGCUCAUGACAAACUACUUCCCCCCACUAUGUUGCUAACUCAUGAAAUACAAAUAAUGUUUGCUUUGGGCUAGUCAUUCUGAUGUUGAGGUUCAGUCCACUUUUUUUCAUCUCGUCGGCUACUGUGAGAACAGGAUGUUGGACUAGAUGGGCCAUUGGCCUAAUCCUGCAGACUUUCCUUAUGUUCUUACGCCAGAGUUGCUGGAUCCGAAAUGGAUAUCAGAAGCAGUGGGAGUCCUAAAUCUCUCACUUUCCUUCCUUGGGCAUGGCACACGGAUGCCCUUAAGAGUUGCAGAACCCAAAGGAGAGGGGUAUAAAUUUCUUAUCAGAGCCAUCUGGGCUGCCUUAGGUGUGAUGCUGGAAGGGAGUUGCAAAUGAAAAGAACAGCAUGCAUUCCAAUCACUGCCUGGAGAAGUUCUGUUCUGCGUUUCUGUCUUCCAGAUUGUGCAUAGGCUUCAGGUGCCUUCAGAUUGCUGCUGCAGUCAUCAUCUGCUUGGUGGGUGGCCUCUCGGGUCUUGGGAAGCUGCUGCCAGGAUUGCUUGAGAGGCACCCCAGUCAGAUGAAUUGUGGGGAGGCAAGGGAGAUGGGGUGGAGUUGCGAAGAAAACCUGGGAAAGGAUAUUCCUUGAGCACCAGCUUUUGUGUGCAACACUGUGCACUUGCUGGGAGGUGGCAGCAGGGCAGCAAAAUCUUGAGUGCCUACAGGACCUGAUUCUCAGCAUAAUGGCUAAGAGCCUGAGGGUUGUCUCAUCUAAUGCUAGUCCUACUCAGACUAGACCAGAUGAAGUUAAUGUACCAUAAGUUAGUCGUGUCCAUUAAUUUCAGUUGGUCUGCUCUGAGUAGGGCUAGCAUCUCAGCUACAGAGUGGGAAGUCCCUAGUCUAAACCAGGGGUUGGCAACCUAACACCCAUGGGCUGGUAGCAGUCCACGGGGCUUGUCUAUCCGGCCCAUGGGGAACCCUGCUGCCCUCCGCCCUUAGCGGCGCAGUGUGGGGACCGGCUUCCGGGUUGAUGGCGCCUGUUCACGGGCGCUUCUCCGACCCGGAUGUGCACCAGAAAUAGCGUGUGCACACACGUGCGGGAUGGAGAAGCGCCCAUGCACAUGCGCACAUGCUACUGUGGUACCUCAGGUUAAGAACUUAAUUUGUUCUGAAGGUCCGUUCUUAACCUGAAACUGUUCUUAACCAGAGGUACCACUUUAGCUAAUGGGGCCUCCUGCUGCUGUGGUGCGAUUUCUGUUCUCAUCCUGAAGCAAAGUUCUUAACCCGAGGUACGGUACUAUUUCCGGGUUAGCAAAGUCUGUAACCUGAAGUGUCUGUAACCCGAGGUACCACUGUAUUUCCAGCACACAUCUUGGUCGGAGGAGCACCGUAAAUAGCGUGUGCGCACGGGCACUCCUCUGACCUGGAAGAGCAUGUGUGCGCACAUGCUCCGGCCCAUCCUCUGAUGUACAGAGCAUGGACUGGCCCAUUGUCUGGUAAGCUUGCCUACCCCUGGUCUAAAUCGCGCUUCUGCUAUGAGCAGGUAGCUUCAGGCAGUGCUUGAAUUACAGGAAGGGAUAUCAUUUUUUUAUUGUCCCCCUUCAGCUGCUGCUUCAGAAAGUGACAUAGUAUGAUUUGUGCCCUCCCUCCCCCCCAUUCCUGCUCAAGAGCUCCCCUGUCUGGACCUUUGCACCAUACACUGUGAUGGAGGGCAGCCAAGUCUGCUCUACUGGUCAAGAGCCUAAGAGUGGAGGUGUCUUGGGUUGCAUUUGGCACAGUGUUUAGAAACUGAGAUAUGAAAGCUAGGAACUAAAUGGCAUCUUCAGCUUAGAUUAUGGGCAUUGCAAUGGAGUGUCUAGGUGUGCUUUUUUUAUAACAAGAAUACAAAGAUGAAAAUGAAUGAAGUCGAGCUAAAAUAUUACGUUCAUUUUUUACACGGUUUAGUCCUCAUUUGAAGACUGCCAAAAACAAAGCCAUAUUUCCCCUGCCCGUCUGCCCCUAAUAUUCUUAUGAGGGUCCCUUCUCCUGUCUUAAGAGAGUGGCUGGAAGUGGGGAGGCAGAAGAAGGGCCUCAUUUCCUUCUCGCAGUGGCAGUUUUAAUCUGAAAUCUUAGGUACAGUACUGCACCCAGAGCUCGCAUUAAUGAAAUUCCAUUGCAAAACUUGCCUAGGACAAUGGGAGUUUUGAGCACUGAUUUGGCACAUAUCUACAUGCAAGGCAUAUGUUCAUAACUCUUGGUUACAGCCCCCACUCCACCCUACCCCAGGCUUUCCAACCUUCCACACUUCAUUUUCUGUGUUGGAUAUGCGGGCUUACUAUUUAAACUCUGCACAGCCUCAAACUGGGCAUCCUGCAAUCUCCCAGGGCAACCAGACAACUGGGGUCAGCCAAAGCCAUUUUGCUACCUGAGAUGGAGCAGAAAAUGGCAGCAACUCUCCCAAAGUCACGGUGGAUAGUACCCAAGGUCAGGCUGGUUAGCUGAGGCAUGCAACUUGACAAACAUCUCCUCCCCUCCCAGGCAGUGAAAAUGCAAGAGUAACAGCUAACACUUUGCUACCUUCUCAUGUUCUUUAAAGUCAGUUGCCCAAGGCAGCUGCCUAACUCUCCCUAAUGGUAGGGUCAACUCUCACGUUCCUUCAAAUAGUUUUUUUUUUUUUUUUAAAGUUUUAAUACAGGGGUAUAGAACAUUUUUGUACCAGUGGGCCAAUCUUUUAUCACCCAUCACCUUGUAGGCCAACUUAGGCAGGCGGGCAGGGACAUCCUUGUGGCAUCAUAAUGGCAUCAACUAUCAUCAAAGUUACAGGGUCGCGGGUGGCGCUGUGGGUAAAAGCCUCAGCGCCUAGGACUUGCCGAUCGAAAGGUCAGCGGUUUGAAUCCCCGCGGCGGGGUGCGCUCCUGUCGCUCGGUCCCAGCGCCUGCCAACCUAGCAGUUCGAAAGCACCCCCGGGUGCAAGUAGAUAAAUAGGGACCGCUUACUAGCGGGAAGGUAAACGGCGUUCCGUGUGCUGCGCUGGCUCGCCAGAUGCAGCUUGUCACGCUGACCACGUGACCCGGAAGUGUCUGCGGACAGCGCUGGCUCCCAGCCUCUAGAGUGAGAUGAGCGCGCAACCCUAGAGUCUGUCAAGACUGGCCCGUACGGGCAGGGGUACCUUUACCUUUUUAUCAUCAAAGUUGGCUCAUGGGCUUGCAGCUGAUUCACAGAGAGUUCAAUCCUGCUUUUGGCAGGGAUCAGCCUGCACCACUACCUGCCUCGCACCUGGUAUCACAUAGGGCAUCAGGUGUGGAGCAGGUGGGUGUGGCUUUUUGGGAAAUGACCUUGCAGGCUAAAUAGGAAGGCUGGGAGGCCGAAAUGUGGCCCAAAGGCCAGGGUUCACCACCCCUGCUUUAGUUACAGUAGUUUUGGGACAGUGACACCCCACAUCUAGGGGUAGCAGGCUAGCUUAGGGGAUGCAGGCCAGGCCACGUGAUGCAUACAAUUCAGUCGUCCAACAGUUUGCUCAUCCGCCAUCCGGCAUCUGACGCCUGAGGCAGCCGCUUCACUCUGCCUAAUGGUAGAUCGCCCCUCACACCAACAAUGAGAAAAGAAGUUUCAAAAGUCUCAGGAUAUGUCCUGGGUAGAGUGAAAGGCUAUCAUUGCACUUACCAGUACAGUCAUACCUUGGAAGUUGAACAGAAUCUGUUCCGGAAAUCUGUUUGACUUCCAAAACAUUCAGAAACCAAGGCACGGUUUCUGAUUGGCUGCAGGAAGCUUCUGCAGCCAAUCAGAAGUCGCACUGGACGUUUAGAUUUCAAAAGAACAUUCGCAGACUGGAACACCCACUUCCAGGUUUUCUGUGUUCAGGAACCAAAACGUCUGAGUGCCAAGGCUUCCAAGGUACAAUUGUAUUGAAGAGUAUUCGAAUGCUGAUAUGGGGAAAGCAAAGGUGUGAGCCGAACUUUUCCAUAUUGUGAACAAUUUUAUUCAGGGGUUAAUAGGAGCGCUCAAGAAAGGAAGUCCUAGAGUGGAACAUGGAUCAAGGUUGGCUGUGCUGUCUUGCAGUGGGGGAAACUGGUCUGGCUCUGACUCCAGACUUGCACUAUUUACCCUUCAGAGUUGAGACUAAACAUUCUGGAGUGUUUAGCCUGUGAGGUACAAAAGCAAGGAGAAAUCCUUUGCUUUACAAGGAUAGAGUUUUGCUACGAGAACUAGGGGAAAAUAUUAUGCUGCUCCCUUACAAGUAAGCAUCUUGUACAGAACUGCUGAUUGGAUCAAGUGGCAGCUAGGCAUUCUGUAUCCGGGGCCCUUCAUUAGGGAAAGAAACACUGUUUCUUCAACAACUCAUUUAGCAGCAUAAAUUAAGUGAAUUUGCCAACGUUCUGCCCGGACACUGAGGUCCAGCUCUGAGGGCCUUCUGGUGGUUCCCUCACUGCGAGAAGCCAAGUUACAGGGAACCAGGCAGAGGGCCUUUUCAGUAGUGGCGCCCUCCCUAUGGAACGCCCUCCCAUCAGAUGUCAAGGAAAUAAACAACUAACUGACAUUUAGAAGACAUCUGUUUAGGGAAGUUUUUAAUGUUUGAUGUUUUAUCGUAUGUUUAAUAUUCUAUUGGAAGCUGUCCAGAGUGGCUGAGGAAACCGAACCAGAUGGGUGAGGUAUGUAUGUAUGUAUGUAUGUAUGUAUAAAUAAAUAAAUAAAUAAUAUUAAUUAAAUGCUUGGUCAUGCAAAUCAAGGCUCUGCUUGGAAGACCUACAACACAGUCCUUUGCAUGUUUACUCAAAAGUAAAUCACAUAUUCAAUGGGGCUUUCUCCAAGGUAAGUGUGCAUAGGAUUGUAGCUAUAGAUUCUGGUUUCGUCAUCGGUUCCUGGGUGACCUUGGCAUUUCCUACCUCUGCAUUUAGAGCUAAUCAACAAGUACUUGUCAUGGUUGCCAGUAAGAAUUUGUAUUGUAUGUAAUUAAUUGUGCGACAGGGUAAUAUCGUGGUGCCACCCACACAGCAGUGAGUCCAGAUACAACACUAAAUGGAAACUAUUAGCCUUGAUUCUAAACUGGUGGCUUAGGGCCAAGGGGUUCCCUUGGUUAGCUAGCUUUUGUCUGAGGGUAAUACUGCCAAUCAAAUUUGAGCAGGGUUAGAAUGGCGCAUUGUGCAUUUGUCUUAAGAUAAUACAGGAUGACAAUGACCUGGUGAUGCCAUUGUGUGGAUACCUCAUGAUAGGUAACUAAGCAAAGCAUGGUUGUUGCACACUAAAGUCUAGUGUGGAAGCACCCAGACACAGAUGGGUCAUUGGCAAAUUUCAGCAGCCAAUCAAGGAGGUAAAAGGUGAAAACCGGGAGAGAUUUCUAAUCUCUUUCUAGUACCAAAGACAGAAACAGUGAAGGGGGAAUUUGUAUCUGUGUUUAUGCAGGAUGCUUGAACUAGUGGGACAACUAAGUUGCUAUUUAAUGGAGAAUCUAGCCCACUGUGUUAGGUACAUUGGAUCUUUAGUGAGCCUUUUGUUUUUGUUAGGCUUUUACCCACGAUAAGUUUUAUAAACUUUUUCUUGAUUACAUUUUUCACAAUGAACCAUGCCAGGGAGCAGAUUUCAUUCACAGCUGGUGAUUUUGACAGACUGAUACACUGCUUAUUGGAAAUUUAUAUUAUGAAGAAACCUUAAUAUGACCACCUUGGGAGUUGUCCUCUGUGCCAUCAGUAAUUCUGCUUUGUUAGUUGCAACACAGGAUGGAAAAGUCCAAUAUGCAGCUAAUUAUCAAACGUAUUGAUUUGCUGCAAAGAUGGGAUUGGUUUGGAAAUUGAAAAGCUGCAGGUCUAUGGCUGAGUGGGGAGAGUUUGGCAUAAUAGUGAAUCAGUAGUGCUGUAGAGUAAGCUUUCAUGGGUGAGACUUUAAGUAAUAAUAAUAAUAAUAAUAAUAAUAAUAAUAAUACUGUUAUUUAUGCCCCGCCCAUCUGGCUGGCUUUCCCCAGCCACUCUGGGCGGCUCCCAACCAAAUAUUAAAACCUGUAAGUGACUGAUAGGUAAAGGUAAAGGGACCCCUGACCAUUAGGUCCAGUCAUGACCAACUCUGGGGUUGCGGCGCUCAUCUCGCUUUAUUGGCCAAGGGAGCCGGCGUACAGCUUCUGGGUCAUGUGGCCAGCAUGACUAAGCCACUUCUGGCGAACCAGAGGAGCGCAUGGAAACACCGUUUACCUUCCUGCCGGAGCGGUACCUAUUUAUCUACUUGCACUUUGAUGUGCUUUCAAACUGCUAGGUUGGCAGGAGCAGGGACCGAGCAACGGGAGCUCAUCCCAUCACGGGGAUUCGAACUGCCGAGCUUCUGAUUGGCAAGUCCUAGGCUCUGUGGUUUAACCCACAGCGCCACCCCUGUCCCUUGUAAGUGAUUGAUAGCCAGGUGCUAAAUGCGCCUGGGACCUUGCUAAUUUUGAGCACUGCCAGCAUCUUUAGACAGGACUGGGAAAGACUCCUAUGUGAAACCUUGGAGAGUCAUUGUAAGACAGCAUGUAAACAAUCCUGAGCUUGAUGGACCAAUGGUCUAACUCGUUGUAAGGCAGCUUUGUAGGAACUUGUGAGAGACUGCUGGAGCAUCCAGCACAUGUUUACUGGGAAGUAGGUCCUGCUGUGUUCAAUGAGGCUUUCUCCCAGAGAAGUGUGCAUAGGAAUGCCACACAGGAAAUCAGUGUAAAAAUGUUAUUCCUAUGUUUUAAUUAAUAUAAUGGACAAUUGAGUUUUAAAGCACACAGUGAGUAGGAAGUCAGCAUGUGCAAGAACAAGGCUGUUCUAUUUUGAUGUUUGUGGGUGGUAAGUGAGAGAAUGAGCACAUGUGGGGCAGCUGUUAGGUAAGAAACUCAUCCCAAUUGGCUUUGGGCCUCUUUGUUCAGCAGCCAUCUGUUUAUCUCCAAAGCAGACCUACUUACCACUAGUUGCAAACUCCCAGGAAAAUAUUUUUUGGUGGGGAGGGGGAGGGUGAUUCAUGGGCCCUAGUCCACUCACUAUUAUAAUCUACCUGGAUCUCAAAUGCACCUAUAAGGGUUUUAAUAGUACAGUGGUACCUCGGGUCAAGUACUUAAUUCAUUCCGGAGGUCCAUACUUAACCUGAAACUGUUCUUAACCUGAAGCACCACUUUAGCUAAUGGGGCCUCCUGCUGCCGCCGCGCCACCGGAGCACGAUUUCUGUUCUCAUCCUGAAGCAAAGUUCUUAACCUGAAGCACUAUUUCUGGGUUAGCAGAGUCUGUAACCUGAAGCGUAUGUAACCUGAAGUGUAUGUAACCCGAGGUACCACUGUACAGCAUGAUGCUAUUAGUCACCAGCAUUUUCAGAACAUGCAGAGCAAACAAGCUAUCUAAUGGUAGCCAAUAUGGUACCCUCCAAAGGCUGUUGGACUACAGCUCCCAUCAACACCAGGCAGCAUGGUCAAUCAUCAGGGAUCAGCAACUUGUGGAGGGCACCAUGUUGGUUAUCUCUGUUCCCCAGAAUACCUACCUGCCUUAUCUGGAAAACAGAAGCUGUUGCCCAAACCAGCUGAGAAUUUCAGUCUGUUAGUAUUACUGAAGACUUUGCUGGCAUGACCAGUUGUGUGUUGUUUUUCACAGCCAGGGGAAACUAACACCUUAAAGAAAAUGGUAGGUUUUAUCUUCCUGAGCCCAUGAACUACAAAGUGCCCCUUUCAGGCCAGGGCUCUUUAGAUCUCCCAAUUGCUAGGCCGAAGCUCCUUUGUAGAGCGUGAGCCGAACAGCAUGACGGAAUAAAGAGAUGUGUUGCGUGUCGAUGCAUGCAGUCUUUGAAGGUCCAGGGGAAACAAAUUCAGCCUAAACAAAGAUGUUUGUUUUUAAGACUCAAGCUAGCUAGCCUUGGCGUACAAAGCAGAGCAUAAUAGCAACUGCUUUCUGUAGACUAUUAAUAGCUAUGCUAGAUAUCUUCAGCAAAGACUUAUUAAGUCACAGAAAGCUCACAAUUCUGUUGGUAGAUAGGAGAGGUGCUCUCUUCCCCAAGAAAAACAUGCAUGCGUGCAAUGUUAUACCCCUAGAGAUGGGGAACGUAGCAAUUGGAAAUGGCAAACAUUUUCUCCCGUUGUUACGGGUUGAAGCUAAGACUCCACCCUUUAGUUUGUUCUCUUGGUUACUUCCAAUUUCCUAUGUACCUGAACGUUAGCCUGUUUAGCAAUAAAUUUGUUCCAGGCCCACAAAGUGAAUACAGUGGUACCUCGGGUUACAUACGCUUCAGGUUACAGACACUUCAGGUUACAGACUCCGCUAACCCAGAAAUAGUACCUCGGGUUAAGAACUUUGCUUCAGGAUAAGAACAAAAUCGUGCUCCAGCGGCAGAAGGAGGCCCCAUUAGCUAAAGUGGUGCUUCAGGUUAAGAACAGUUUCAGGUUAAGAACGGACCUCCGAAACAAAUUAAGUACUUAACCCGAGGUACACUGUAGCUUUCUCUUAUAUUAAAUAAGAACUUAACAGGUGAACCUUAGGCCCACAGGCCAAAGGCAGCCAUUGAAGUACAGUGGUACCUCAGGUUACAGACACUUCAGGUUACGGACUCCGCUCACCCAGAAAUAGUACCUCGAGUUAAGAACUUUGCUUCAGGAUGAGAACAGAAAUCGUGCGGCAGUGGUGCGGCAGCAGUGGGAGGCCCCAUUAGCUAAAGUGGUGCCUCAGGUUAAGAACAGUUUCAGGUUAAGAACGGACCUCCAGAAUGAAUCAAGUUCUUAACCCGAGGUACCACUGUACGUAUCUAUCUGACCCUUGGCGCACUCUUCCAGGUCACCCACACCACCCCCUUCCCCUGCCCUGAUCAGCACUCUUUCAUUUUUUUGGCCUGGCUGGACUGUGUCCUUGAGUUCUGAUAAUGCUUCCUUGUUUGUAUGAUGGAGGAGACAAGGAAGGAAGGAACCAGCUUACUGUAUAAAGGUAAAAUUCACGUCUAUUGUUCUGCCUACUUUCGACUCUGGCCCCAUCCACUGCUGGCAUAUGGCCUGUGCAAGGUUACCUAGAAGGAAAAAGACCCCCCACACACACACACAACUGGAAAAGGGUUUCCCACUCCUGCUCUAGGGAGCUCUCACCCAGACAUCUCUUGAUUUUAUGAGUGUCAAACUAGCCCAGUGGUUGGGAACCUGCACUCUGUGAGUGACAUGGCCCUGGCUUCAUUUCUUGAGAUUCUCCUGAUGGUGGCACAUGGUGGGGAGUGGCACACAGCUGAGGAAGUGUUCUAGCAAUAGGGUGGCACAGAAGAAAGAGAGUUUGCUGUGUGAUCCUGCAGUGCUGAAAACUUCACUCACAUUUGGCUCUGCCCUGGCCACCAAUGGCAUGUGGCCUCUGAAAGAUUAUUUCCAAGCAAUGUGGUCCUUGACAGGGGAAAAGAAAGAUUUCCUACCCUCUAUCAUUACUGAGCACAGAUACUGACAGCUUUAAAAUGACAAAAUAAAAGGGCAGUUCCAUCUCUUUUGAUACUGUGAGGAAGGCACAGGAAGGCCUGAUAAUAUCAGACUGGAUAUUGACCAAUUAGCGUUUGCUUAGACAUUUGAUCUAAUUGUAAAUGGCAAGCUUCCUACUGGGAAACACAAUUAUAUGAAGUCUAGAGGGCUCAACAGUAACACCUAAGAUGUCUUUAAGAUAUCGUGUAAAUGACUCUGAAAGCGAUCUAGCAAGAAUUUCCAGCAGCCAGGAAAAUAAAUGCAGCACUAGGGAAAUAUCUUAUGAUGACUAGCAUUCUUAGCAGGGGAAUUCUAGGAACCAAUUUUUUGAAACUACAGGCAACUCAUACAAUAGGGUAGCAAUAGGGUGUGCGCAUCUCAUUGUUCCAUCAGGGUUUGAACCUAUUGUGGGUCUUGAGCCUUAGAGACAUUGGACAAGAAUUUUCUUCUGUAUAUCCCCACUGAAUACUGGCCCAGAAGGUAAACUACAGCAUGGUUAGCCAUGUCACAAGCAUAUUGAAUACUGCAAGGACAGAGAAGGUCAAGGAGACAAGGAGAUUCCUAUAAAAGUUUCCAAGCCAGGCUUGUUCUGUAGUCUGUAUGCAACACGUGGGGUCUCUUUUUCAUGUCAGGGAACUUUUAAUAUCUGAAUUUAAGAUCGGAAAAAAAUAUUGGCUUAUAGAAAAUAGGAUAGUCAGACGUUAAUGAUGAGCAAAUGCUAUAUUAAGCUGAAGGACAGAGUCUUUUAAUCAUUUUUCAUUUUCUUUUCUCUUUUUUUCUUCUUGCCUCGGUCCCUUUUUAGAUUGCAUUUUUAAACUAUUUCUUUUAUUCUGGUGUAUUAUGAAAAGAUACUUUGUAUUGGGUAGGUAUUUGGAGAAGUAUCAGUAAAAACAGAUAUUUUAUUUAAAAGAUACUUUGUAUUGGGUAGGUCUUAGGAGAAGUAUCAGUAAAAACAGAUAUUUUAUUUAAAAAGAGAGAGAAAUAAUCUUAGGAUGCAAUUGUAAACAUACUUCCAAAGAAAUAAGUCCUACUGAAUCUUAAGUAGAAACACGAAUAGUCAAUAUAACUGCAAUUGACAAUACAAUUUCAAUUUAUUUUAAAUUAUCUGUAUUUAUUCGUCCUGCUACAUCGUUUGUCACCAGAUCAGGAUGGGUUGUAUCCUACAUAAAAUGAAAAGACUGUAUUCUAAAUGUUUUUAUCUGUCAGAUUUUGCCUGUCUUCUUAAAAGAUGUGCAGAUACCAACCAAUCAAACCAGAACUUAGUGGGUGUUAAGAAACUCCACUUUUCAGAUGUUGAAAAACUGCCAAUGGUGUUUUUGACAUUAUUAAAAGAAAAACAUUAUUAUUACAGUGCCAAAAGGCUCCACAGUGAAUACAGAUAACCAUAGCAAACUAGAUUUGUUGAUAUGGAUUAAAAACUGUUUGCAUCUCAAGCAGCAGCGAAUCUCAUCCAUGACUUGUACAGUCAGAAUGCUGAAUCACUCCUCUUAGCCAGCAAAACUUCCUGCAUCUGAGAGCCGGUCUGCAAAACUUCCAGUGUGUCAGCUGCCAGCAAGCCAGUAAUGACAGUUCCACACCACGCCCCCCUAGGGCUGAGCCAAUGGAACAACGCCCGGUUAUCUACAUGUAUGCAGGAAGCAGUCCUUCCUGGGGCUACACAGAGGCUGCAUUGGAGGUGGAACAGCAUUUCACCAUGGGACUUUUACUCAGCUGGAUUCAGAGUGCUUUGCAGAGUUUCUAUGGGAUGGAGGCUCAUAUUCUCCUGCUGGGCCUGGAUGCAGCUGGCAAAACAACCCUCCUCUAUAAGCUGAAGCUGAAUGAAACCAUAAUGACCAUUCCCACCAUUGGCUUCCAUGUGAAGGCCCAUCAACAACGCCUUUCACCAUGUGGGAUGUGUGUGGUCAAGAACGGGUCAGGCCGUUCUGGAGGCAUUACCAGCCCAACACAGACGGGCUGGUAUUCGUGGUGGACAGCGUGGAUUACGUUCGCUUUGAGGAGGCCAGGUCUGAGCUGGAAGCCCUGCUGGGUGACGAGCUUGUGGUGCUGCUGGCCAACAAGCAAGACUUGCCCGGAGCAUGGCCCCCCCCCCCGAAGGUGGCAGAAAAAAUGGGGCUGAGGAAACUGCAAGGCCACCAGUGGCAUGUGCAGGGCUGCUCUGCCCUGACCGGAGAAGGGAUCUCCGAGGCAAUGGGGAAGCUGGCCGAGAUGGUCAAGCUGCGUUGCAAAGCCCAGGGCACAUAAGUCAGUUGGGGAGGCAUAUCAGGAUUCCUAGAUAUAGUAGAGUAGGGGUCAGCAAACUUUUUCAUCAGGGGGCCGGACUAUAUUUUGAAAAUAUAGCUCCCAGGCGGUGUGCGCCACGCGCUGCGACCCAUUGUCCGAGGCCGGGUCAGCGGGCAGGCCGUGCACGCGGAGCGCUGGGCAGGUGGCACACAGCUUGCCCUCCAGCUGCUCCAGCGUGGCCGCCAAGCUCGCCACCAGCAGCAGCACCAAGCCAGGCAUGGUGGCAGCAGGCGCACAAAGCUCUGGCUGAAGCCCCGUGACGCGCCCUUCACAAUGCCCAUGGCGCGGCCCAGACCUGCCACCCGCCCACUGACCUCUCUGUUCAUGGCUGCGCCAGGUUUACCUCAGCGGCGCCAGUGUCACCGCCCACACAGAAGCCGUGCUAGUGUCAUGGAAAUCAGUCCCUGUGCGGCAAGGCAUCCGCAGUGCAUGGGGACUAACCGAGCGGGCGGCAGGGUCCAUGGGCCAGAUUUAUGAGCCUGGGGGGCCACAUCCGGCCCCCGGGCCUUAGUUUGCCAGCCCCUGUAGUGGAGCAUGAGACUCUUACUCUCAGGUUUGUGGGUUUGAGCCCCACAUUGGGCAAAAGAUUACACUGCAGGCGGUUGGACUAGGUUACCUUUGUGGUCCAUCCCAAUUUCUUGGAUUCUUGCAUGGAGGACACAAGAUCCUGCUUCUUGGUUGCUUGUUCUGGCUGAGAUGCCCUUGCCAAGGUUGCUUCAACUGCACAAGGUCUAUAUGGAACACUAUCCCGUUUACCAACUGCUGCCAUGGGAUUUUGGAGAAGGCACACAUGCUGUUGUUUCUUGGACACUGAAUCCGGUGUACAGUUCACAGGACUUUCGUGAUAUGUAGUUUGGACCAAUAAAGGCAUUGGCCUAAUUUGGAAUGUCUCUUAUGGGCCGACAUUGCUGCUUUUGCUUUUUAUUCAACGUAUCGUUAGCCAGAAUACAUAACCAAAAAAAGAAAAUUCAUGGACUUCAAAACCUGAAUAAUCAGCCCCACCAAUAUCAUCUCUGGAUCCUUGGCUAUUUGAGUGCUUCUGCAAUGUAAACAAAAGUUUAUAAUUUUGCCUUCUACAUCCCCACUUGUUCUGUUUGGGAACUGGAAAGGCCCCUUCCUCCCCUCUCAUUUUAUACCUAUAGCCUACCUGAUUUCUUUAUCUUCUUUAAUAACUCAGCAUUUUGCCACUUUGGUUUUAUAAUGUUUUAUUACUGUUGUGUCCAAGCUUUUGCGAACCGUUUAAAUUUCUUUCAAUGAAAAGAAAAUAUACGAAAAAGGAUCUAUGAGGGGGGAACAAUUAUCUACAUUGAGAAUAAGGGUGGGAGGAGAACCUGCUGAGGAGGGGGCAGAUUCGGCCUCCAAGGAAUGUGCAGCAGUGGACAGUGCAUUCCUUGGAGGCUGGAUCGGCUGCCCCUCUGGAUUCUGCCGCCUGAGGCAUUCUCCUCACCUUGCCUCAUGGGUAGGCCGGCCAUGCUACUCGUCGCAAUGGCUGUGUUCACCCGCCAGUGUUGAAGGUAGUGCGUGUCUGUGUACCAGAGUGCCGACUGGUGAUAACUGCAUAGCUGUCAACCUUCCCUUUUUUUGUGGGAAAUUCCCUUAUUCCAGCACCGUUUUCCGCUGCUUCCUGCUGCUAUCCCAGAUUGUUAGAUAUCCCAUAGACUGUCCCCGGGACUGGUGAGGCUGCUGAUCCCUUAUUUUCAAAUCUGAAAGUUCACAGCUAUGGAUAACUGUGGCAAGAUUCAGGUAGAGCUGUGUCGUCGCGUGUGUUUGUUUUUCUCUGUGACCAAACUGUGAUGAAUAGGCUGCAGACAGCCUCCUCUGUGUCAGAAUCAGGCCUGACUUCCUGCGGUGUGACUAAUGUGUAGGGAAGAGAAGGAGAGAUGAAGAGAGAAUCAAGGUGGGGCUCUUGUUAUGAAGGAUUGCUGGUGGAGAACAAAUGGAUUCAGUGGAGCAGGGGAGUGCCUGGUGGUCCUCUUCAUUUUCUGCCUCUCACCCUAAGGACAAGCCUGUUGUUGCUUUUUAAGGAUGAAGGAACUGUGUGAGGAUGAGGUUCAUGCAUCCAUCUUUUAUCUGUGAGGGGAGAGUUAAGCCUAUAGAUCUCUCCCCCCCUUUCUCUUUUUCUUUCUAUCUUUCCCUCGAUCUCUGGACAGGUUCUCUGUCCUGGAAGACCACCACAUCCUUUCUCAUCACUGUUGCCAUUUUUCAUGCAUCUCUUUCCAGCUGGAGUAACAAAGGUGGGUGUGCCAUUGUUUGCAAGUGCUGGAGUCCACACACACACACACACACACACACACCCCUCCAUCCUUCGCCCCGCUGACAUUCUGUGCAAGCUGUUGUAUUUCAGCGUUUGUUUCCAGUCACUUUUUACAGGAGAUGUCACGAAAUGGAUUAAUCCCUUUCCUUUUAAAGGGGGGUGGGGGGAGUCAGUCAGAGCAUCCUAAGGAUUAACCCAAUAAGGGUAUUGCCGGGGGGGGGGUAAACCAUCCAGCAGGAAUCCUCAGGAAGGCAGUCGCCCUGUUAAGUUGGUGCUGUCAGAAAGAUAAUAUUUGCAUUCAACUAGGAUUUUGCCCACAAGGGUUAAUCUUACCAUUUGCCCUCUGUCCUUUCUUUAAAUUAAAACAGCGAUCUGAAGCAUGGUCAGUAAGCCCUCUUUGUCUGUGUGGGUUCUACCUUAAACCAUCAUUAAGUACCCCCUGCCUUGUUUCUGUUAACAAAGAGCUGUCAUUAAAAGGUAAAAGGGAUGCGGGUGGCGCUGUGGUCUAAAUCAUGGAGACUCUUGGGCUUGCCGAUCGGCUGUCAUUACAGCUUAUUGAUGAGGGUGGAAUCCAAAGUGGGGAAUCCAGGGCAGAAUGGGUGGCAUGUAGGACGGUCUUUGCUUCUUGAGAUACUUCAGAAUGUCCAUUGCUUGUAGACAGGGUAAUCUCUUAAAUUUAUUUAUUUUUAAAUACUUGCAAAGCCAUAUGACUUUUAAAACAAAACAAAAUUUCAGAAACUAGGCACAAAUACAUAAAGUUCUAUAUCCCACAAUAAAUGUGCCUUAGGGCAUUUAUUAGAAAUCGUCAUAUUUCUAAUUAAUCCAGGUUGUACCUUAUCACCGUUGUGUUUCCUCAUAUUAAAUCAAAGCAAUAUUGCCUUCUUGGAAAUAAAGCAUUCUGGGUACAAAAUCCUAUGCAUGGUUUCGACUUAUUUAUAAAUAUAUCUAACGUUCGGUGCAUUUUCCUCAGCCUUAUAUGGUUUGCCAAUUUAGCCAUUACAGCUUGCUCCCAUAUUUUAUUAAUCCGCUCCCAUCCAUUCAUCUUUGGUAUUUUUAGUUGCUUCCAAUAUUUAGCAUGUAGCUUCUGAGCAGCUGCUAAAAUAAAAAAAGGAAAAUAUUUAAAACUGGUUAAUUAUGUAGUAUCUUUUAUAUAGGGUGACAGAAAUAAUAAUGGAUGUAUUUCAAUAUUUUUUUUAAUGCAAAUUUUAAACUGGCCAUUGCCUAGAACUGUUGCCAGCUGGCUGAGUUUCUUUUUAUUUGGCUGUCUUUGGAUUCAAAUGCAUGUGCAUUCAUACAUAAAGAGACAUACUCAAUGUACAUCCUUGGUGAGACGAUUUUGAGGCUGCUGGGUGGCGACUCUGCUUAGGAACCAGAUAUCUUUUUCUGCGCUGAUCUUUUGCGGGUGCUAAAUUUAAUAAAAUGCUUACUCGUGCUGAAAUAUAUAAAAAAGCAGAAGGUUGGUAGUACAGAACACAGCAGAUUGACAUAUUGGAUGAUUAUGAAAAUCAGUUUCUUAUGACAAUCUGUAAUGAGUUUGUGUGUGUUUGUGUGUCGGCUGCACCCUAAUCUGAUUGCCACAUGGUAUUGAAGUGAACAGCUGGUCCUCAGGCGUGCAUGGAAAGCUAGCAGAAUGUUGGCAUCUCUAUUCUUUCUUACAUGGUGUUGCACUAGAAAAACAAAACCCAAGUCCAAUUAAACAUUUCUCUCCGAUAAGCAUAUGUAGACUGUGUUUUCUUAUCAUAAUUUCUGCACCCUUUAUAUAUUUAUUCGCUCCUCAGCCAAAUGCCUCUGGGAAGCACACAAACAGAACGUGAAGGCAACAAUCUCUCCUCCUUGGUUGUUUGUCUCUAGCAAGUGAUAUUCUGAGGGAUCCUGUGUUAGCCAGGCCCUACCAAGAGGCAAAGUGUGUUGGCUGCCUCACAAGAAGCCAGUCUGUGAAUUCUGGAAUCUUUUGAAUCUAGCCUUGUUGUUGUUGUUGUUGUUGUUAUUGUUUAGUCAUUUAGUCAUGUCCGACUCUUCGUGACCCCAUGGACCAGAGCACACCAGGCACUCCUGUCUUCCACUGCCUCCCGCAGUUUGGUCAAACUCAUCCUGGUAGCUUUGAGAACACUGUCCAACCACCUCAUCCUCUGUCGUCCCCUUCUCCUUGUGCCCUCAAACUUUCCCAACAUCAGGGUCUUUUCCAGGGAGUCUUCUCUUCUCAUGAGGUGGCCAAAGUAUUGGAGCCUCAGCUUCACAAUCUGUGCUUCCUGUAAGCACUCAGGGCUGAUUUCCUUCAGAAUGGAUAGGUUUGAUCUUGUUGCAGUCCAUGGGACUCUCAAGAGUCUCCUCCAAAACCAUAAUUCAAAAGCAUCAAUUUUUCAGCGAUCAGCCUUCUUUAUGGUCCAGCUCUCACUUCCAUACAUCACUACUGGGAAGACCAUAGCUUUAAACUAUAUGGACCUUUGUUGGCAAGGUGAUGUCUCUGCUUUUUAAGAUGCUGUCUAGUGGCAAUUACUAGAUGUUCUCCAUGAAUUUCCUCCGUUCAUCUUUCUCGAAGCCGUCUAAGCUAUCGUCAUAUCUUACAGUAGCAAAUUCUACAAACAGGUUAUGCCUUCUUAUCUAUCCAUCAAGCAACGGAUCUACCAAGCCAGCAGCACCCUUGAACUGGGCUUGAACGCUGCCAAAAUUUGUCCUCUGUUUCCUUGAAAGCUUUCCUCCUCUGAGAAAGAGGCUUCAGUUUUAUUGCCUCAUUGUCAGGGUGCUUGAGCAUUUCUUCAGAAUUUAAUAGGGCAGUUCGGCACCAUUCAAUGCACAUUUAAAGCACAUGGCACCCCCACCCCCCAAGAAUCCUGGGAACUGCAAUUUGUUAAAGGUGCUGGAAACGAUAGGUCUGUGAGAAGGAAGCUACAGUUCCCGGGAUUCAUUGGGGGAAGUCAUGUGGUUUACAGUAAAUGUGUGUUGGGUGUGCUUUAGCUUUAUAGUCUGGAGCUGUCCCAGGUAACCUCCUGUGCUCUUGCACAUAGGAAGCUGCCUUGUAUCAGGUCAGAAUACCUGUCAGUCUAGCCCACCACUGUUGCCUGUUUGCUCUGAAUGACAACAGCUCUCCAGCGUCACAGGCAGAGACCAUUCACAUCUAAUCCUUUUAACUGGAGAGACCAAGGAUUGAUUCUGAAACCUUCUGCAAGCAAAUAAUAGAACUGUAGUGUUGGAAGGGAUCCUGAGCAUCAUCUAGUUGAACCCCCUGCAAUUCAAGAAUCUUUUGCCCAUUGUGCGGCUCAAACCCACAACCCUGAGAUUAAGAGUCUCGGGCUCUACUGAGCUAUCCCAGUGCAUAACAAGUCAGUUAUAGUCGCUCCCUUAAGGAGGACCCUGCCCAGAGUUCCCUGGGAUGAAGUGCAAAGUCUGAAAUAUUAAAGCAAAAAUGACCCAGUACCGCUCUGCUUUUCCACUGAACCUCAUUUAAUGAAACUACUUAAAAGGUUUGCCUGAGGCAAACAAAGAAUGAGGAAAGUGUGGCUCUCUCAGACAAUGUUGCGUUGGCACAUGAGUGUGUGCUUUUGUGCAAGGUACAUUUCAUGCUUACAAAUACAAGGUUCCGUGUCCAAGGUAUCAUCAAGUGGUAGAGAUUGGGACUGACAUGAUCUUGAUCUCCCCUCCGCCUCACAUGUUGACUAUUUGUGCUUUGGGAACAUCUGCACAAGCCUCCUGGUUUGAUUACUUCAGAUCCAGCAUCAGAUUCCCAAUUUUUCUACUACCAGAAGGACAGGAUCCUACCAUCAUGGCCUGCAUCUGGCCAUUGCAGUGUUUCCCCUCUUUUAUCUGUGUCAAAACCUUAACCCCACCUGUAUGUCUCAGACAAAUGGGUCCUGAUUUACCUCCCCAAUUACAUGCCCCCUUACAAAGUACGAGGGGGUGACAUUUAGGUGCCUCUCUGAUUUUUUUCCAGGGAUAGUUCUGAAUUGAUCGAUAGGCUAAAAUACUCAUUUUAUGACACACCUUUGCUGUGUUGUGUGAGAAUAUUUCCUUGCUGAAAUCAAACACUAUGGACCUGAGGUAUGAAUGUCUGCUCUAGAAACUCCACAUCAAAUUUUACCUUCCUCCCUCUUAUGCCCUGCUACUUCUCCACAGAAGGACCAUGGUCAUAGCUGUCAACCGUCCCUUAUUUGGCCAGAAAGUCCCUUAUCCCAGUGCCGUGUCCCGCUGCUGUCCCUUAUUGAUGAUGUCCCUUACAUUUCCCAGGUUUCAAAGGAAGCAGCUCCUCUCCCUCCCUCCCUGCCGGCCAGGGAGGAGGGAAGCUCCAACUGUGUUGCUUGGCUGCGUUGCUCACCCAAUAAGGAGUCUAAGAACGACUGGGGGGGUGGAGCUUGCAUGCUUUGUGCCGAUCAAAUCGGCCGCGUUGCCUGGGGACUCGCCUUUGCUCAGAGCUUCCCAGCGGAGAGGUGACGGUGGUUUUCCUUGCUGCGUCCCCUUUGCCGGGUUGCUGCGCUGUGGGAACCACCGCUUGAGGCUUCUUGUGGCUGCUGGCUGACAAAAAUCCCUUAUUUUGGCUGCUGAUCCAUUUUUUUUGAGGCUGCUGGUCCCUUAUAUUCAAAUCUAAGUUGACAGCUAUGACCAUGGUUCAGUUGUUCAGUCUCCAGGUAGAACUCUGAAAGACUCUAGCUUGAAACCCUUGAGAGCUGCUGCCAGUCAGUGCAAACAGUACUGUGCUAGAUGGACCAAUGGCCUGAAACUGCAUAAGGCAGCUUCUUGUGUUCCGUUAUUUUCUUUAAAGAAGACUAGAUCCUGGCCCAGCCCUACCAUUAGACAGGGUGAGGCAGGCACCUCGUGCAGCCAAGUGUUACCUUUAAUUAUUAUUGUUUUAUUUUUUACUGCCAGGGAGGAGUGUUUGUGUUAUUUUCUGCACCAGGUGCCAAAAUAAUUUGACUGGCCUUGAGUGGUACAUUCUUCGACUAGGGGGAAGGUUCCCUUUUGCUUUUCUCCCUGUUCCGUUUCAGACUGUAAAAGGUCUUGAGCCAGCCGCAACUGAAAGCACCUCUGCUCCCUGAGAUCUGCCAAGUUUCGUCAAAACACACUCUUAGAAAUUACAAUGCAUCUGGAAACGUGUGUUUGCUGGCUCUGCUUCACAGCCUCUUUGAGUGCUUUUGGAAUGUAUCCUUGAGUAGUGAUAACACCACGCUGCUUGCCUGGAUGAAGAGGGGUGGGUGGGUGCAAACCGGACCUUUGAGUGGCUAAAAUGUAGACUACUGUACAAAGAUAAGAAUCAUAUCUGUUUCUUUUGCCUCUGCCCCGUCGCUGGAAAGUGACCCCUGGAAGGUUACCCACAUGGCAAUGCUGCUCUCAGAUUUAUAAAUAUUUUGAUAAAUCAAUAUUAUAUCUUCUGUCCUUGGCUUAUGUGCCAUUUUGACGUAAUUUGUGGUAAAAGAAGGUUUCAGCGGCCUUGCUAUAGGCAUUUUAUUUAUUUGAAUACUGUCUACCCCACCUUUCCUCUACACACACACACACAAAAACACACACACAAGAAAAGAGCCAACCCUCAAGGCAGCUUUACAAACCAAUAAAAGGAAUAUAAAACUCCCAACAGUAAUAAUUAAAACACCAUACAAAAACCAAUUCAGCCAGGGAAAAGGGAGCAACUGCAGGCAGUAAACCAUAAUUGCUUCUAAAAGCCCUAGCAAACAAGAGAAACUGAAAUUGGCAUACAAAAAAAUGAUGAUGGUGGUGCCAGACAAAUUUGGGAAAGGAAAGGAAUUCCAUAACCAGAACACCCAAUAAAGGGGACUGGGAGUAGGAGCCAGUUGUGUUUAGUGUUGUGGAUCAGAAAGGGAGGGCUUUGUGUCCUAGGGGGAGAAAUUAUUUGGUUUUUCUACUAGAUUUGCAACAUGUGGCUACUGUUCUUAGCUGUUAGUUCAGGAUUUUUUAAUUUAUUUUUUUAAUGGUAUCACCCACAAUUUAUUCUUCUGUGUCGCCUCAUCCUUGGAUCUGCUUGACUUUCCAGCCAUCAUCUCUGAAUCCAUGGUCUGUUUUUUGUUUCUUUCCUCCCUUGAGGCUAACCAGCAAUCAAAGGGGUUAGAGCUUUGUGUUCAUGCCCUAAAAAGUAGAUCUUCUCCCAACAGCCUGUGAGUCAGUGGAUGGUAGAAGGGCUUUUGGAAUAAACAUGAACUCAGAGCACAGAAAACAGGAGCAAUCUGCUCAUCAUUACUAAGAUUCUGCUUACUUAGUCAGCUCACUUUGUGUGUAUGUGGACCCAAUCAACCUUCCUUGUAGAGGUCCUUCCAAAGUACAGCGGCAGAAAGCGAACUUUGCAUUUUAUUUGAGGAAAUGGUUGGUGCUAAUAUAGCAGCUUUCAGGAACAGAAGAAUCCUUUUCUCUUUUAAGACAAUGAAGUUCUCCAUUUGACCCCAAAUAGCUUUCAUAUUUCUUUUAUUAAAUUGGCAAGUUGUUGUUUUUUAAGCGCUGUAGGCUUUUCAUAACCAGGCGCAGAAGUUCAUUUCUAAAAAUUGUGUGUUUCUGGGCAAAAUGUUCAAGGGGUUGAACAACUCCCUUAUGUGGAAAGGUUACAAGGUUCAGGGCUUUUUAGUCCAGGGGGAAAAACGGGGAGUAAGGGGAGAGACAGAAGAUCUGCAUAAAAUGAAUGUAUGCUGUGGAGCAGUGUUAGAAACUGAGUUAGAAAAGCUAGGAGCCAAAUGGCUCCUGGGACCUGGGUUGUGGGUGCCAAAAUAGAAUGUCUAGUCACUAUUGAGGAGCAGUCAGCAACACUUUUUAUUUAUUAUUUUGAUAAUAAUAAUAAUAAUACACAAUUCACAUGUGACACAUGGUUAAUAUCACAUUUUAACAGAAAGUGUUAAUGCAUGUUUAAUUUGGUGUUCAUGAUAAAAAAUAUUAGUGCCAUACUUCAGUUUUCAAAACACUCUAUCCUUUAUUGUUAAACUCCUAACAUAUUGUCUGUCCUUAAUAUAUACUUUGAGGCUUCAAAGCACAUGCAUUUCAGUAAUCCUUGGGAGUCAGCCAGGCACACAAAAAUGGCACCUAGACUUCUUGAGGUGCUCGCAAAUGGAGAAUCUUUAGGUGCAAAAUGCGCCUGGUGUCCUGCUAAUUUCGAACCGUGCUGUGGAGAACUGAACUAGAUUGUACUCGGUUCGCACACAUGGAAUUCAGUCCAGCUGAUCCAACCACAUAUCAUGUUAGCUGUGGGAAAAGUGGACACAAUUGUAAACCAUAGUUUCCAGGUUUAUACAAACGGGAAACAGUAGUUAAUGGAAGACUUGUGCACUCAUGUAAAUGGCUAUGUCUAAAAGCACAAGGCUCAUUCAUAUCUUACCUGAUUAAGCUGAGAUAUAAUCAGUGCUUUUUUCCUGGGGGGACGCAGGGGGACGCAUACCCCUAAACAUUUUGUGAAUCUAAGUUUAGCCUCACCAAGGGGCAGUAUUUCAAUAUGAGUAGGAAAAUGAGAAUACCCCUAAACAUAUUUUUUUUAGAAAAAAGCACUAGAUAUAAUUAUCCAGAUCUGAGAUCUCUCAUUGUCGGAAUAAGAGAGGGCUGUUAGUUUAUGUCCUGCAUGUUGUUAAAUAGAUAAAUAGCAUGUAUGGUUCCUAUAGUACUUUAGCGGACCAAUUUUUUGAAAUGGGAUGCUGGACUAGAUUAGAGUGCCCAUGUGUCUUACUUUAAAGGAAUGCAUCCUCAGUUUGAUGGAGUGUCUGAUCCAAGUCCAGGUUAAAUAUAACGAACCAGAAGACAGGAGAACAGAGGCUUUGAAGUUGCAUAUCCACAGUUAACAUCUGGGCUGCAGACUGAGCUGGCACAAAGUUAACCGGGUCACAGCCUUCCCCACUGUGGUCAGAUGUCUUGCAAUUUUUUUAUUUUUUAUUUUAAACUACAGAAUUCAGAUGUACAUAUAAAUCAGCGUGUGCAAAUUUUAUGCAAUUUUAUGUUUACUUCCAUCCUUUCCUUUAAUUGGUGAUGAGCAAGUGGUCAUUCUAGAUCAGGGGCCAGAAACCUUUUUCAGCAGGGGGCUGGCCCACUGUCCCUCAGACCAUGUGGUGGGCCGGACUAUAUUUUGGGGGGGAAAAUGAAUGAGUUCCUAUGCCCCUUAGGUUGCCUACCCCUGUUCUAGAUGGAUAUAUGGCCUGACCUAGCAAGGAUCUGUUAUUGUUGUUAAUGAUGCUAGAUUCAAUUGAAUAAUAGAUCAUUUUAAAAAACUCUUAAAGUAUUUUUUUAAAAAUCCCUUUGUAGUCUCAGGAAUUUCCUAACUACUUGAGAUUCAGAAUCAGGUCACCAAACAAAAUUAUUCAAUUUUUUAUUGGGAGGGGGAGGUUCCUGAUACGAUAUAUAGAUUAAAAAUGACUAUUUUGGAUUUUUGAUGGUUGAACUGAUGGGUGAAAUGGUGUGCUUGAACACACUGGAUUCAGCUAACGUUUCCCCGAAAUAUUUUCCAAGGCUUGGUAAAGGCACGAUCCACACACAGGUGCCUGUCAUUCACUAGACUAGCUCAACACUUGGGAAUUUAUUGAAGUCUACUUGGCGCAGGGAACAAAGCCGCUGUGUUGAUAGACAGGGAAUCCUGCUCUAUCUGGGGAUCAUUGUAAGUUAUGGGAGAAAUGGGGGAAGUUUUUCUCUAAAGUGGAAUAUCUAAAAAAAAAAAAUCUUUCCAAUUAAUAUAGCUUGCGGACCCUUUUUUUCUGGCUUGGAGAUCAAAGUAUGUGUGCUCAGGGGAGGAGGGAAUGAGGAAGAAGAUCGGAAGGCUAUAGUUGCCUCUUCUCUUCAGCUCUGGCAGUAAACAGGGGCCAAGAAAGCUGCAUUGUUCUGUGCUUUAGCUACAGGAGCUGCUUUGAUUUCUCACAGCAGGAAUUCUUGGCUUUGCAUGAGUGAGGGCCCCCAAGUGCAGCUAUGAAGGGAGUUUUUCUCUCCCCCCUCCCCAUGGGUUUGAAGCACAUUCUACUGACAAAGCUCUGCUUCAGACUAAAACGAAAGGGGAGUGGAGGAUAUAAAAGGGGGCUUUAAUCACUGAAUUGGAGACACCCUGUAUCAAGGGGAGUGAAUCUGAGCAGCACCAAAGAGUCGGAAUAAGGCCAGUGUGCUGUCAGGUGACUUGAUUGUCUUCCAGAGCUCAUACACAAGAUGGCUCGCAAAAGAUCAGUUACCCCCUUUAAUGUGCUCAAACCAUCUUUUUGUACCUCCAUCAGGGCAGUUACAGACUGCUGUUCCACCUCCUCUCCCUCUCUCCUCCACUGGAAUUACCCAGUUCCCUAUUAGCAAGGUAUAAUCCUAAUAAUCUGUUACCUAUUUUGUGCCUGCUUUUCCUUCUCCUUUUUUUUUUUUUUUUAAGGAAACCUGUUAGGUUACUGUUUUCUUUUUCUUGCAACACAGUUUUCAGAAGUGUGACUUGCUUAAAACUGCUGUGGAGUUUCUUUCCUCUCUGAGAAAGCAAACUGUGUUGCUCCAGAAGGAAAUCCCCCCAAAUCCAUAGUUGGGCAAUACCUUUCUAUGAUAACUAACAAAAACAAGACAAAAUAAGGAGCUGACUUUCUUCAGAACUUUCCAUCAGGCUAGAUGGGACACACAUCGUCUUUAGGCUGGAUGGAACAAAGAAGCAUAGAAUGGCUGUUCUGCCAUUUCUGAAAAUAUAAAAACCCAGCAGUCCCCCAGAUCUGUCUCAAAUUUUUGUGACAUUUUUGGCUGUCCUGAUGCCUAACUGUGGAUUGGUCCCACCUGCCUUCCUGCCCCUUGUUCUCUAGAAGUUAACUCUCUGAGUAAGUGUGGAAGGGAUGCAUCAUGCCUCACAUGCAUGUAAGUUACACAUGAAUAUUUGGCAUUGAGUUACAUGUUACCAACUAACUAGGGUACGUGAGUAACUCACCUCAUUGCUGUGAAUCUGCUGCAGGAGUGGAGGGAAGGAAGAAGAAGAUCUUCUGUGUUGGCACACUCAGAUUUGGAACUUUGGGUUGCAUCCAAUUUUUCACUCUGUGAAUGUUCCGUCAGCGCAAGGAUUUCUGCUUCUGCAAUGCAACGUUCUCCUCACCCUCCAUGCACCCUAAAUCUGUCUCCUGCCCCGGAUCCUGGCGGUCGGGGGGCUCGUGGUUCGGAAUAGUAGAAAGGAACGAGGGUCCUAUCCAAUUGUUCCUCCUGGGCUCUAAUCUCAUCAUAUGGGGGAGGUCUGGUCGUUUUUAAAACAGCCAUUUGCCGAACAAUUUGGGUUUGCUGCCAUUGAAACAAUUCACGGGCUUCAACGAAGGCAUUGAGAUAGUACAGUUGUCGGGGCUUCUCAUCAGCCAGGUAAGAUUUAAGUGCUUGCAUCUUCACGAGAUUAAAGGAACCGUGAGGUGGCCAUUGCGAGGCCAGCUCUAGGUGGUGGGUAAAAGCGACACACGAGAUGUUGCAAAGGUCCCUCAGUUUGGACUUUGAGAGUCCCUUCCUCCCUCAACUCUUUCCAGUUUAAGAGAACAAAUUGAAGAGGGGUAUCAGAGUCCUCCCUUGGGCGGAAAGGCUUCGCGGAAGCCUUAUCGCCUGGAGGAGUCCAGUCUGAAUGCUUGGAAGCAUGGGCUCCCAUUCUCUCGUAUGUUGUUAUUGGGUUUUUUCGUUGACGAAGUACGCUAAAGACAGAAAGAGUAGACACACACACACAAGGGAAGAGGGGCAAUGGAAAAAAGAGGGGACAGGAAAAAAUAUCCUUUCAGUACUCGAAGUAUCCUUGACUAACACAAUUCCUACCUAUCUGUAAACCACAAAUUACUUUCAGGAAAUCUCAGACAUGAACCUAAAACAAACCACGGGUCUCUCUGCCCGGAAAAUCAAACCACGGGUCCCUCUGCCCGGAAAAAUCAAACCACGGGUCCCUCUGCCCGGAAAUCAAACCACGGGUCCCUCUGCCCGGAAAAUCAAACCACGGGUCCCUCUGCCCGGAAAAUCAAACCACGGAUCCGGAAUUCCUUUACCUCAGCGCUGUUUACAAGACUAACCCUAGUGUGGGGCCCCAAUUUGUGAACCUCCCGCUCUACUCUCCACGACAGCCUCCUGCCUAGCCUUUAGACUAAGUUCGGGCUCCCUACUAGAUGCCUGCGGAAUGCAGUGCCAGAUCGGGGUCCGAGAAAACAAAGUUUAGAAAGGAAGCAAAUGACCUUGCGUUCUCACGUACAUGGGUCAUCCCCAACAAGGGUCGCCGAGCAGGAGGGGCGGCUUCAUUUGCAUAAACAGGGGAGAGAGAGAAAGUAAGAGAGAUUUGUAUGGACGCCUCCGGACGACUCCGAGGGAGGACGUCAGAGAAAUGACAAAGUACCGCGUUUUCCCCGGCCACACUCCGAAAGGGAAAACGGGGGAGAAAAGGAGAGAUUUUUUAGGACGUUCCUGGACGACUCCGAGAGGUAACGUCGGAAAGCAGCAAAAGUUCCACAAUUUCCCCGGUCCACCUCCGAGAGGGAAAUAGGGGGAGGGAAAGAGAAAGUUUAGGACGUUCCUGGACGACUCCGAGAGGUAACGUCUGAAAGCAGCAAAAGUUCCACAAUUUCCCCGGUCCACCUCCGAGAGGGAAAUAGGGGGGGAGAAAGAGAAAGUUUAGGACGUUCCUGGUCGACUCCGAGGGGUAACGUCAGAGAUAGAAGGAAAAGGUCCAGCUGUCGUGGGGACGUUGCUUUUUUCCACCCCCUCCCACUGUAUUUUCUUCAAACCAUACUCACGUUCGUAGAUGUCCCUCGAGGAUCCCGGGAUCCUUUCACCUUAGCCGGCUUGACCUUGCCUUUGCUUCCCCUGGUUGAGCUUUUGGUGACGAUUGAUUACCGCCCGCAAAGAGGAGGCAGGGAGAGGAAAAAAGGAUCCCCGGGCUAAGGUUGUCCAGUGGCGCCCGAUCCCCUCUAUCUCCCUCCUCACCUUUACAGGAGAACCAAGUGUCCCUGAGCACGGUCGCCAAAACUGUUACCGGAAAAAUCCGAGGGCUCCCUUGGACAAAAUCAAGACACCAACCAGAGCAAAUUGGAAGCAAAUCAGCAGCCUGUAGGCUUGGUCUUUAUUGAAGAAAAGACUGUCACGACAGGACUCCCACCGCCCACGAGGUGAAGCAAGAUGGAAGCCCAGAACAAAAGAAGACCCCAACUUUUAUUAGCUCCUAAUCCCCUAAAUUACACCCCUAGAAAUACAUCAUAUUUACAUCAUGACUACAUUAAGAACAGGAGGAGUCAGGGGAGGGGUCGCACAGGUAAUCUGAGUAUCCCGACACCUGGCGGGAGCCCCCUCCCUUCCUCCCCAUGAGUCAUUUUCAGAAAACAAAGGGAAAGGCGCAGUUUCCUGCCCCCUGAGGGGAAUCCGGUCACGGUCCCUUUGUCAUAGUCCGUGUUGAAUACACUAGUGUAUGCAGUUCAUUGUGUCUUUGAUAGUCCUUCGUCUGAGCCCAUCAAGAUGACUAUCAAGGUUGCUGUGUCAACUGGGGAAGGGCUGCAGAGUACGUGCCUGCUCGGUCAAGGGAUUAUGGCUGACUGGUAUCAAACCACCCCCCUUUGACAGUCCUUGUGAUAUGAAGCAGAAUAAAAGUGGUCCGGCGAAAAUCCGAUAUAUGGUUGAUUUAUGGUGAAUUUAUGAAGAAUACUGUCGUUGAAGUUCAAAGCACUUUCACCUUUCAGGAAAGGGUUUGCAACAUUUUGAUUAAAUCAGUCACGGUCAAUUGAACUCGGAAACUUUGUAUUAGGAGGCUGUCAAAGACAGAGAAGCGAGAGCCUGCUGCCUGCAGUACCAGCGUGGCCGCCACAAGAGGCGCUGUUCGGUAACGCUGAUUGGCUGAAACGGCAGCCGACUGACCCGGAGUUCAGGCGGCCGGUCUACUCAUGAUAAAGAUAGGGCGAAGUGGAGCGUUGUAGGAAAAUACACGAAAAUAAAGGAGUUCUACGCGAAAUUAGCGCUUCCUUAUUUACGGAAGGCUAUCGUUCGUUGGGGUGAUGCACCUCUAGAAGGGGCAUCUCCCAGUUCGGGGAGGUGGGAGGUGUGUGUGGUGCUUGUGCAUUACGAUGUAAUGAGGGGGGGUCUCCGGCUACAGUCAUAAUUUGAGGGCAGGUUGUUUGGUAAUACAGGCAGCUGUCUUGCCACAUUGGAAAUAUAGGCCUCUUGUUUGGCAGACAGCCCAGAAAAGAAGGGUGGUAAAAACUUGCGUCACAAGACCAAAACUACAUGACUGGAAAAUGUAGAAUGUAGGAAACUGGCAAAUUGUACCCACGAAGUGUUUCAAAGAGAGGGAGCUUGUCCACUAUCCAGUGAAAGUUCUUACUUUGCAUUUAUAUAAAUAAACCGAGUAGAUUUGAUACCUUGUGUCACCGGUGACUUUCAAAAAUGCAGGUGUUCUGAAGGAUUCUUCUUGCCUAAGUGCUUGUAUGUGGCAGGGGAUAUUAAUGUUCCUCAAAUUUUUAUUGCAGCUGCAGUUCACGUUUCCUUAUUUUCUGGUUCCUACAAAUUCCACUCUGCCCAGAGAAUGCAAACAUUUAUAACUCUGUGUUGUGUCCAUUUUAGGCGGUUGGGACUGAGCCUUUCUACCUUAAACCAAAAUGUUUUCCCCAAUACAUAGUCCUUGUUUUCCAGCUUCAGAAAUGUGUCAAGAAAAGGGGGCAAACGCUGCUUCACAAGCUUACAUCCUGCCUGGUAUGUAAGCUGGCACAGAAUUUUCCGCAUCAUUGUCAGUCAAGAAGCAAUUUCUUAAAAUUUGCUUGAUUCCUCUUCAACUGAAAAAUGCAGCAAUCCCAAGAGCAGGUUCAGACACAGAUCAGCAUGCUGCAGUUUCUUUUGACUUGUACCACUUCAAAGAGCAGGUAGAAAGCUCACGUCUUGAACCGCUCCCUUGUGCACAGGGGAAAACAAAACAACUCCCUGAACACAAAAAGUUGACCUCCUCCCGGAUGCGCUGUCUUAAGCAAAAUGUAUGCUUUUGUGGUUCUUGAUUCCAGGAAAUAUUUGUUCCUUGCACAUGAAUCUUCCAUGUGGCUCAGUGCAUGCCUUCUUUGUGUGCUUGGAAGCCCUGAGUCUAUUGGUAAAUGCUUCUUGUCAUGUGCAAGGUGGUCUGAGAGACGCCAACCUGUGCAUGAUUCCCACAGCUCAGCUGAUAGAAAUAUUGUCCGUUCCCCUAGCUUUUGGUCACUGAUUCCUGAGCGCAGCAAUGAAUGCAUCCCCCUUUUAAAAAAUGUGCUCCUUGGGACUGCAAUCCAGUUGGAGGACACAAGCUUUGACUGUAGAGGAUAUUGGGGUCAAACCCUGCCAUCUUCAGUAAAAAAGAACAUUCUGGCAAAACCUUUCUGCCUGAGACCUUGGAGAACACUUUCAGUCAGAGUAGGCAAUGGCUGAGACAACUGAGAGCUGUAGUUUACCCUUGUGCAGCUAUAGUUUCCAGCACCAUUAACAAACUACAUUUCCUGUAAUUAUUUUGGGGAACCAGUGGACUUUAAAUGUACUGCGUGUAUGCAGUGAAUAUCUGCGCUAGGUAGGCAAUUAGUUUGACUUGGGAGCGCUUCCAGACAACUUGUCUAUUAUUCAUCCUGAUUUGUUUGUAGGCAAUGUUGGCACUUUAAUGAGCAUUCCUUUUGCUUUGUUUGUGGGGAGGUUAGACGACAGUUGCAUCAAAGCUAGUGUUCUCCCACACUAUCCAUUGCAUUUCCCUGACACUUUCCUUAUUACAAAAAAACAACUACACCACGAUCUUUGGAAACGGUGGCUUUCUGCGCAGGACCACCCUACCAUCUACAACUGUGCAGCCUGAAUUUGCUGGUGUUUGAAUAGGUCUGCCAUAUGUAUGGGAUUUCCCAGACAUAUCUGGGAUUUGUCCAUUGGAAAUAGCAUCUGGGUAGAAUUUCCAAAAAUUGGUAAAAAUGUCCGGGGAAACCCGGGUGUAUGGCCACCCACGUUGGAAGUGUUGAUUUUGGGGGAGAAUUUCCUUAAAAAUAGCUCAAGAUUUCACAGAAAAAGCUCAACAACUUUGCCCACCUCACCUCAAAGCAAAGCUCAACAACUUUUAUGUCCGGAUUUUCACUUUGUGAAAUAUGCAAGCCUACGUUUGAAUCCCGCUUGAAAAGAGUGACUGUCAGGAAAGGCCCUUGGUGUCAGGCAGCUUCACUGUGUUUCACUGAUUUAUCUGAAUGGCACAAAUGAAAGUUAAUAGAUAAGCAGUUCCUCUGAAAGGAAGGGUUCUUCCCUUACUCCUUCCCUUCUGCCACCUGCCCCAACUCCUCACUUCCUCUGGUGUCGCAUCUGGGCAGUCUCAAAGCACUCCAGGCUAUUGCCUCGUGUGCAACAGUUUCUGCAGGCAGAAAAUGUGGUAUCUGUUUUUUACUGUGGCUCAGAAGUGUGGGGACGGGUGUUCAUGCCCACACAGUGGGGAACCAGGGAGUUGGAAUGUGGAGCUUGACAGCCAUUGUCACUGGCAGGUUAUUUAUUUUUUUAAUGUAAUUGGUUCUUCCCAAAACUUAAGCUGCUGCUCUGCGUAGGGGGUCAGGAAUGGGUCAGUAGGGUGCUAAAGAUAAUUAAAGAGAAGCAGCUUUCUGUGGCACAAACCCUUAAUGAAGGAAAAACACAAACUCCAAGCAUAUACAUACGCACACAGCUGUUGAUGACAGCAUGGAAUUGAAGAAGGAAGUAACAUGUCUAGACAGUGCCGGAUUAGAAAGCAGGUGAGGCUGGCGGCUGAGAUGAGGAUCAGGUAUUUUUCGAUCACUCAAGGUUAUGUCACCAACAUGGAGUUGACUUGUGGGUUAAAAUAGGGAACGCUGAGUUUCCGAGGGCAGAGGUGGGGAAAUUUGCUGCUUUUGGAAAGUCCCACUCUCCCCACAAAGCUGCUCCAGCUGCUUCUUCCCUGAGCUGUACCUAUUGGGACCUCUGCCUGUGCGGAAACUCUUCCUGUCAGCUGGGAUAGCUGAAUCAAAACCUCCCAAGUUCAGAAGCGUCACACUUGACGCCCUGCUGUUCAGUUUUCCAAGGCCAUUUGGCUGGCUUCUGUGGGAGACAUAGGGCUGACCAAAGGAGGUGUCUGAGGGUGCCAUGGUGCUCACAGGGACUCCAGUUAUAGAAUGCCCAAUAUUGAUAUUUUCUAGAGGGGAGACCUGCUUCAGCUCUUCCUUCUUCUGCUCCUAUUUUCAUAGUCCUGGCCGAGUUUUUUAUUUUAUUUUAUAUACACAGUGGUACCUCGGUUUACGAACUUAAUCCGUUCCAGAAGUCCAUUCUUAAACCAAAACCGUUCUUAAACUGAGAUGUGCUUUCCCUAAUGAGGCCUCCCACCGCUGAUGCCCUUCCACCAUUCGGUUUCCAUCCUUGGACCGAGGUAAAGUUUGUAGACUGAGGUAAACUUCUGGUUUUGCGGAAGUUCGUAACCCGAAUUGUUAGUAAACAGGGCUGUUCUUAAACCGAGGUGUGUGUGUGUGUGUGUGUGUGUGUGUGUGUGUGUGUGUUUACAGAUAUCUUUGCAAGGAAUGUUUCUUGUCUUAGCAAGUAGCUCACGUCUUGCUCACCAAGAAAAAAUAAAACCGGUAGUGACAGCAGGCUUGUUUCUCUAAUACCCCUGGAUGACCAUGGGUGGUUUGUACAGUAACAUCCAAAACUCCUGUUUGCCAUCUAAUCGUAGAGACAGGCUUCAAGAUGUUUGUUUCUUCAAGGCUUUCCUGGCCAGACUAAGUUGAUUUGCUCUUUUCAAAGGCUGCCUGCUGUCUUUUUCCUAACUGGUUCAAGUAAAAAAGCCUUUUCCUUUGCUUUUUUUGACUCUUUCCUCUCUCUGGUAAGGGAGUCAAUGCUCUGAUAUUUGUUUUAAAUCAUCCAUUCUUUCUCUCUGUAAUCUUUGACCUGCAAGGUCUCACUUCAAAUUGAGCUGCUGAGAUUUGGACGGGGAUGCAAAUACGCUUGCGUGUGCUUGAACAAAUGCCAUCCGUGAUCUUACUUUCUGGCAGAGGUAUAUCAUGGUGCUUGCUUCUAUGGGAUGACAAGGUUGGCUGUCUGUCUACAGGCAGAAUUGAAAGAAUGGCCUGCAAAUAUCACAAAAUAGGCCCCAGUUAGGCACAUUCACACAUUAAAAGCACUAUUAUGGACUAUGGAUUGUAUUCAAUGCAGCACUAAGUCAGGGUCCUGUCAGUGCAAGGAUUAUCACUAGGGCAAAGGGACUAUCACCCUCCUCCCCCUUGUGUGUCCCCUAAAUCUGUACAGUGGUACCUCGGAUUAAGUACUUAAUUCGUUCCGGAGGUCCGUUCUUAACCUAAAACUGUUCUUAACCUGAAGCACCACUUUAGCUAAUGGGGCCUCCUGCUGCCGCCACGCUGCCGGAGCACGAUUUCUGUUCUCACCCUGAAGCAAAGUUCUUAACCCAAGGUAAUAUUUGUGGGUUAGCGGAGUCUGUAACCUGAAGCGUACUUAACCCGAGAUACCACUGUACUGGGGUUCCCUCCAGAUUUGCAGAGGUCAUGGGGCACACAUGGGAGGUGGGGCACAGGCCAUUUUAGGGUAGUGUGACCUGUGCAGUCACACUGAGCGCUGCCACAAAAAUGCUGUAGAACGGGGCACGAGAUGGGGGGCGGCCCUGAAUUUUAGCUUUCACACAUUUAAAAAUGCAUUUUGGUUCCUUAUUGUUUUUGUGGGGCAGAGGAUUAUGUUAUAAAAUUCAGAGCACCGUGAAGAUAAUUAUGCUAUGUUACGAGCCAGACUUCCUGACCACUGAUUAAUCUUCCUUGUAGACUUUAUUUCCUUAAAGACUUUGUGCAAAUAACUCAUAUUUUUGGUGUGCCCCCCCCCAUUUUGUAUCUUCCUCCUUCCACCACUGUCUCCCAUUGUGAAACACAGAUGAAAGGCUAGCUUUAUUUCCCUUCUUCCCUUCCAUGGUGUGUGUGUGCUUAAAAAAUAAAAAUAAACUCAUACUGUUAAAACUGCAUUGAUAUCGAUCUAGCCUUGAGAUAUUCAGGCGCAACAAGCAUUCUCUUAUGUGCGAGCAGCAGACGACAGUCAAUCAAGAGCGUCUCCCAGACAGAACUGAAUGAACACUUCACUGCAGCUGGGUGUCCUUGGGCUGCAGCCAUUGAUGUGGUCUGUCUGCAUCAAGGGAGGUGCUAAGUGACUGAGCUGGCUUUUUGCUCCUCUCGCCAGCUCUCUUGGUUUGUAUCCCACGGGAAGGCCAGGGCAGGAAAUUGUGGUAAGAUGUACAAAUUGCGGGAAGGUGAUCUUCCAGCCUUAUUGCAGGCAAUGCGCUAGCUGGCCUAUACAAAGAGCUCAGUGAGACACAGGGGAAAUGCUAUUGGAACAAUUUCCCAAAUCAGGUUGGGAGAUGGGGUCAAAAGUGGGAGGCAGCCCCUGCUAGAAAUCCAAUGUGAAUCAACAAGGAUAAGAACAUAAGAAGAGCUUUGCUGGAUUACAAUAAAGGCCCGUCCAGUCCAGCAUUCUGUCUUCAUGGUGGUCAACCAGAUCCUCUGCCAAAUGGCAUUCAAUCCAUUCAUGCCUUGGUUUAAGAAGGGGUACUCUCCCUUCUAGAAUGCUCUUCCUCUUUUGAACUUUGUGCCCCCACUUCAGGUUGUGUGUAAAGGUCAUAUCUUGGUUGUCAAACGCCUUGCGACUUGGAACAUUUUAGCUCUUGAACGCCGCAAACCCGGAAGUGAGUGUUCCGUUUGCGAAUGUUCUUUGGAACCUGAACAUCCGACACAGCUUCCGAUUGAGUGCAGGAAGCUCCUGCAGUCAAUUGGAAGCCGCACCUUGGUUUUCAAAUGUUUUUGGAAGUCGAACGGACUUCAGGAACGGAUUCUGUUCGAGAACCAAAGUACAACUGUGCCUCCAAUGGGGAUCUGCCUCUCAGUUUAGCAAAUCACUGGUUUAAUGAAUCCUUUGAGUGCUUUAGCUUUUGUGCUGUUUUUCUGAAAGAGGUAUGGGCUGAGUCUGCUUUGCAUCUGUAGUGGACUCCAGUUCUGACUGCAGCUGCAGGUUACUUGGAGCAGAACAUUCCCCUUGCAGCCCUGGCUUUUGACCAGUGCUCUGGGCGAGGAGAAACGACUCCUGCAGUUUCACUCACCCAGCGUACUUCAUCAUAACCACCUGUUUCAUGUCAGAGCAAACAAGGAAAGCACCACCUUGGCUUUCCCCCACUACCUUCUUCUCUUUUUGGCAGCUGGACCUGCAGUCGUGUGAGAAAAGAGGAGAUGAAACCAGCCAUUUUCAUAGACAGAACAGAAAAAGAAACCUGGGAGCAAUUUCCUUGAUUUGCCCAUGAAAAGCAGCUCAGCUGGUUUGAGCAUGGUGCUGAUAAUGGCAAGGUUGCAGAUUUGAUCCCAACACAGUUCCUACACAACAGCCAUCCUCAAUCCUUCAGAUGUUUUGGACUACAACUCCCAUCAUCUCAGGGAGAUCUCAUGGUGGCUGGGGUUGAUGGGAGUUGUAGUCCAAACAUCUGGAAGGUACUAGGUUGGGGACAACUGUCGCAGUAAUGAUAAGCAGAAUGUGAACAGACUUCUUGGAUCCCUUCAAGGGGUCUAACUCCCUUGUACCCCCCCUUCUUUUCUUUCCAUGUUGGUGCUCUGUUUGCUCAUCCAUUGGAUCAUCCAAAUUAAGAGUGCUGAAGCUUUCAAAGACUUAUCCUGGAUCAAACCAGGAUAUUGUUAGGAGGGGGAGAAAGAGAUAUUGUCUGUGCUCUGAUACUGUCUAAGCUGCAUUUUACAGCUGACUGUCUUGUUUUUAAUUGCUUUGGUAGAGGGUGGGUAGCAGACAGCAGUGAGAGACCAGUUGCAAAGGUCUGCCUUUAUUUUGCCUUCAGAGAGAGAGAAAAUGCAUGUCUCAGUUUAUGCAGAACAUCCCCCACUGCUUAAAAACCGCCAUGGGGAGGGGAAAUAGUUAGCUCCUGGGCUUUCCAAGCACAAACUCUCUUUCUGUAAGCUGGUCAGCUGUGCUCUAAAAAUUCAAAUAAAGAGUUUACUGGGACAUUUGUAAUAAAUCCUUGGCUAUUCAGUAUCAGAACAGGAGGGUGCAGAAGCAGGAAAUCACUCUCUUUCCCAUUAAAAAUAAGGUGCUGCUGGGCUUACCGUGUUUUACAAUCCCACCUCCUUGCUGCUAGUAUUUUCUGGUGCUGAUGAAAUUGUAAUAGAGAUUUAUACAAUUAUAAACCAUGUAGAGAUGAAAAGAUGGAAAUCCAUUUGUUCACACUGUUACUUAGAGUGACAUAAUACUAGAACUUUAUAUGUUUAUUUAUUAAUUUGAACAAUAUUUAUCCUUUCCUCCAAGAGACAAGAUUCUUGUGAUUAUGGGUUAGAUUGAGAGUUGGUGACUGGCCCAAGGUCACCCUAAUGAGCUUCAUGGCUGCAUGAGGAUUUGAAUUGGGGUCUCCCCUGUCUUAGUCCAACAUUCUAAGCAAGGGGUGGCCAAUGUAGUACCCUCCAUACUACAUUGUUGGACUUUGCUGGCUAGAGUUGGGAGUUGGAGUCUCAUGUCUUACCAUUUUGGGGGUUAAAUAUCCAUAAAAAUUGUUCCACUUUCUAGAUACAAUCAAACUAUCUUGCCAGUGAUAUAGAUGAAAACAGGAGUUGACGUUGUAUAACACAGCCCUCCCCCUGCCACCGCAGGUAAAAAAAAAACCCCCAGCUCCAAAUAUUUAAGACAUGACCUUUAUUCAAAAGUCAAUUGCAAUAGCACAAAAGGGGACAGGGAAGGCCUCAUUUGUAUGUACUGCAGCCCUUAGCGGAAACACUUAAUUCAAAUGCCUGUCUUUAUGCAGUACAAUUAUUUCUAGGGAAAUAUUAGUCAAGUACAAAUUAUAACCCAUCCUCUUAAAGUGCUGUCAGUCAAACACUGCUUCUUUUCCUAAUCAAGCACACUUUUAAAAUUGCAGGGAAUCACUGGUGGAAGAACGAUUGACAUCGCAAACUAAAGCACUACUGCAGUGUAUAAUCAUUGUGCAAGGUUACCAGUUUUAAACAAAUGUCUGAGUGUAGUAUUUCUUUUCCCCCACCAGGACACAUCUAAUGGGUAUAAUAUACUAGCUAUUUGCUCCCCACGGGAAUAUUCAGCUGUGUGUGUGUGUCCUGGGAACAAUUUGUGCAAAGUGUAGCCCAUCUCAUUAGUGCCCUUUAUUGGGAUACUGUAUCACUUCAUAAUUUGCGCCGUUGUUGUUUUUAAUAGGAGGGUAUUUCAUUAAAAGGGUACUUGCUUCUCCUGCCAAAAUCCAAACUUAAUAUCUGGCCUUGGUACAAACUCAUUUUCCUCCACUUCCCCCAAAUAAAGGUGUUAUCUGUUCUGAAAAAUUAGAAAUGUAAAGAGCUUAUAGACAGGGGCCUGAAGAAACUAAAAGUAUUCCAGCUGCCUAAUGUGAUUUUUAUAGCUAAAUGUGGCAGUUUGGCAGGUAUGUAUAUCAAUUGUUAACAAGUGUGAAUACAAAUACUCUGUAGUCACUAUUCCCUGCCUUAGUAUCGAGCGUCAGUUCUUCUAUGCCAAGGCUGGGGCAUAAUUAGGCUCAUCAGGCAUCCAUUUUUCGCCCAUGAGGCUGUUUAGGCCAGGCCAGGCCACCCUGCCCCUACACCUGACAUCAGUUGUGGGUCAGGUAAAAUUGUGGAUUUGCUAUUGGUGGUGCCUCCAAGGCUGUGUGCACAGCACCCCACAGUACUUUGCAAGUACUGACAAUCAGCUGAUCAGCAGUGCUCACAGAAAGUGGUGCACGGUGCUUUGAAGCCCCGACUGUCGGGGCUUCAAAGCACUGUACACUACACAGGGCCAAAAUAGGUCACCUGACACCAUUGUGAGGGGAUUGAUAGGUGACCAGGCCCAGCCGCCUGUCAAACUUGACCUGUGGGGAAAGACGGAAUUGAGGAUUCAGCCAGAUGUAGUUCCCCACCUCUGUUUUAGGCACUCGGGAGACCAAACUCAUUUAUUCCCAUGUGUUUUGGGGUAUGCAAAUCCCACCAGCAGCACUCAUUUCCCCACCUGUGUGUGCUGAUCAGAGUUUUAAAAUAUUAUCAUUAGCAGCAAAAUUUAAAACAUAGGAAUUAGGCUGAAAAGCCUUGUUUUGACUAAGUCCAGCUAUAAAGUAAGCUGGCCUCCCUGUUCUUACCCUGCUUAAGAAAGAAUCAGGCAACAACUUCUAAAGUAAGUUUAAAAGUAAGAUUUACUAACUUUAUAGUCAUGCAUUGGUUCGCAACAAUGAUAUAUAUAAGCAAAUAUAAGCAAUACUUAUAUUUAAUUAUAACCAGCUACAGGCAUGUACCUAAAGAUGGAGUGAACAGAGCAUGUCUGCAUCCAACGAUGGUCAAAGGAAGAGAGAGAAAAGGAAGUACUAUAUGCUCCUUGCUUUCCAGAAGAGGAGGGGAAAUGACACCACACAGAGCCCUCUCUACCAAUUGUAAUUCUAUGGCCUGAGUACCUGCCUAUCAGCAGUACAGCUCUGUGGUAUUAACCCCUUCUCAUGCUAACUAGCAAGAAUAUGCAUUUGUUAGAUUUGGCUCUAAUCUCCCACAACAGGGACAGGAACAAAAAAAGCUGGCGGUGUCUUGAGAGCACUCUGCAGAAGGAGGUAGAACCACAAUUCCUGUAUAAGCAUUGGUUCCUGCUUUCUUUUCCUCAGGGGCUGCCUAUGGUAGCAACUGCAGAAGGUUGCUUGUUCUGCUCUGUGGCUGACUGGCUUCAACAAAUUUCUCAAGAUCUAGAUACUCCAUACAGAUAUGAGAAAUAAGAUUGCAUAACCACCUUCAAUUUACCUUCAUUUUUCCCCCCUUCAAGGUAAUGGGCUUGCAGCCCAGCCCCAGAUAAGGCUUUCCCUUCUUUCCUCUCCUUAUCCUCGUGCUCUGUCUUUUUGCCAUUUUCCUUGACAUGUUUGGACAGGCAGGAAGGCACUGUAAUAAAUGCUUUCCUUCUUCCCUGCUAUUCUAUCUAGGAAGAAAAAGGCUGCCAAAGUCUUCAGUCCAGUAUGAAGCCUGACUUUAGGCCCAGGAAAGGGAUGAAAUUUUAAGCUGGGCAGUUGCCUAGCAACCCUUCUGCAUUCUCUUUGCACUUCUAGGCCUAUGGCCUUGCAAAAUCAGUGUGCCAUCCUGAGGGAAAGGUGACUUAAGAAGGAGGUUUGAGGGCAGAGAUUAUUAGGAGGGCCAGCAGCCACCACUUUGAGGGGCACGGACUCUCCUCCAUGAAUAUCUCUAGGAAGAUAGUCGGAAGAGACAAACUUGGUACUAUUUGUGCUGUGAAGACAAGGCCUGUGCCAUGGAAUGAAACUUUCUGCUUUAACAAUACUCAUGGGUGUUCAAAGCACAUCGUAAACUUGUAGUAAAAUUAUAAUAGCUCUGUAAUGUAGGCAGAUAUUGUUGCAGGUGGGGGACUAAGAAGUGGUAAAUUCAUGAUGGAGGCGAAAUUCAAACCAGAGUUGUUGUGAUGUAUAGGUCGGUCUUUUUAGGUACUAUGCUUUAUAUAUUCCAAAAAAGAUGCAAUUUUUCUAAUUCUAACCUCUCAUCUCUUCAUAUUAAAGGUUUGUGGGGUAAAAAAAAAAGCUCUGUUAACUUCAGGUGGCUGAUACAGUCAAGAUGAUGAUCAAUGUUAGUUGCCGUAUUUUUCGCUCCAUAAGAUGCACCAUAAGACAGAUCUAGUUUUUAGAGGAGGAAAACAAGAAAAGAAAUAUUCUGAACGAAACUGUGGAUGUAUGAUUUUUGUGGUUCAUGCUGUGACGGUGAAUUUGGGGUAGCCCAAUGCAAAAAUCCUGAGAAUCCAUGCGGAUCCAUGCUUUGUAACCACGUUUUUGCGCCAUUGCAGCCCCACGAAACAGUGGAUGCGGGGGUUUUUGGUGCAGGCUAUAGUCAUGGACUUGCUAUGUGAUCUGAUGGUGAAUUUGGGGUGACCCAAUGCAAAAAUCCUGAGGAUCCAUGUGGAUCCGUGCUUUGUAACCACAUUUUUACACCAUUGCAGCCCCACGAAACAGUGGAUGUGUGGUUUUUUUGGUGUAGGCUGUAGCUAUGGACAUGCUGUGUGAUCUGAUGGUGAAUUUGGGGUGACCCAAUGCAAAAAUCCUGAGGAUCCAUGGGCUUUUAUCUCCCCCCUCCCAGGCAGCCUCCUUUAUCGCCAGCGUCCCUUAUCUCCCUCCCGAUCGCUUGCCGAUCAGCUGCUUCCUUUCAACACCCCCUUCCCUCUUGUUUGCCUUAAUGUCUUUUCCUUAGCUGGAGCAGUUUUUUUGCUCCUCCUUUUCUUCUAAUUUCUCUCCUCAUUGCUUGUUUUAGUAUUCCUGUCUCCUCUCCUUGCAAGUUUGCUGUCUUUACCUCCCCCCUCCCAGGCAGCCUCCUUUAUUGCUAGCGUCCCUUAUCUCACUCCCGAUCGCCUGCGGAUUUGUUUCAACACACACUUCCCUCUUUUUAAACAAAAAAGCAUGAUCUGCUUUUCGCCCCUGGGCAAUUUGGCUCCAGGGACCACUCAUUCACUCCAUAAGAUGCACAGACAUUUCCCCUUACUUUUUAGGAAGAAAAAAGUGCAUCUUAUGGAGCGAAAAAUACGGUACUUUUUGAGAAGUCAGAUUAGUGUUAAUCAAACAAUUAUAACUUUCCAGACAGGGCAAGACAAAAAAGAUUUCAAACAUACAGUCCAUUUUAAAAUAAAAACAGGAUUAGCAGAUGCCAUCUAGCAAAUGGUGAGGUAUGUAACUAAUAAAAACACGUGCAGUAAUCCGGUUGUUCUUUAGAUGGUGGCCACCCAGAUGAUUUUAGAAAUCCCACAAGAGGGCAUGAAGACAACAGAUCUCCCCUAUUCCGUACUCUUGCUAUCAGGCUGGGUAAGGGGGUUUGAUGGGUUUGAAGAGUGUGAUGGGGACUCCUCAGUUCAAGAAGCACACACUCUGAUUCCCAGGUGCAGGUAGAUAUGUACAAGGAAGAACCCAUUAAAUGCAGCAAAAGCACUUUAAGAAUGUUGCCCUGGCUAGUAUCCAUAUUUUAUAACUGUGUAUUUUGUCUGUCUGUCUGUCUGGAUACCCUCUGGGCUCUGGAUAAACAUAGGAUUCUUUCCUCAUCAAAUGCUCUGCAGUAUAAGCUUGGUUGAUAGCCUUGGGCUGCCAGCAGCCACCACCUCUUUUUUCUUGCCCCGUUGACUUGGUGAAGUGGAGCAGAGAAUUGUCCCUUCUUCACACAUGACAGAUCAGAAAGGCAAUCUGCUGCCUCCACCCAUUUUCAACGAUCUACAAAAGAAGGCUCACAAGGAGCCUGUGUUGUGCUUUUAUGCCAGAUUUAGUACUAUGCUGAUUUCCUUUAAGGGUGCCUCCAGACUGUCCUUGUUUUGCAGGAGGGAUUUAGGUUUGUUGCAAUUAAAGUGAAUUAAUGCGCUCUAUCACCCUGGUGCAACAAAUCCACUUUUAAAAAGCCACAGAGAAAUGCGUUGAAAAGUGUGGGAUCAACAAAUGAUUAAUGGGAAACCAUCCCAAAAGCAAAUCACGAUAAAUGCUCAUUGUCCUACAACUGCGCCACAAAUAAAUCAGAACAAAUGCUCGAAGACUGGAUAUAAUCUAACCUCUGUGUAAGCUUUGUGCAAGCAAAUCAGGUUGAAUGUUCAAUAAAUAGCUUGCUUUAAAGUGGAAUGUGUCAGGCAGCUGUUUUAAAACUGAUAUAAAUUGCAGAUUUAGGCCAAUUUGGGAACAAUUUGGGGAUGGGAGUGGCUUUCAAGACUAUUUAUUUGAUACAUUGAGAGCAAUAAUAGUGCAAUAUUUUAUAGUGUGACAUCCCAAAGUAUUUCCUCCAUAUAGUUCUGCUCAUGUGUGGACACGAUGUUUCUCCAGUAAAAAUUGCUUCUAUCACUCCCAGAUAUUUUUGACUAAAACAUUUCCUGCCUUUCCAUUCUGAAUGGGACCUGUAUGGCUGCUAAGAAACAUUUGAAAUAAAACAGGAGAAUAAUUUUUAUUGCUGUCAUGAACGUUGAAUGAAACAAGGUUGUGUGAGUGUCAUGGGGAUCUUACUGGAUGAUAGCAGUGAUAACACUCCUGAUGAGUGGCAGAAGUCUUUCCCCCAUCAUUAUUUUGUGCACUUUUAAAAAAAUCUUAUUUCACCAUGUUUUAAUGGAUGACAUCUAAAAUUAAUCAUACUCUGAGUAGGCUCAUUGGAAUCAGUGAAUUUAGGGACCUUAAGAUACAGUGAGUUGCAUUGCUCCCCACGGCUUCUUGGCAUUAAGAAAAAGAUGUACCCAAUCGUAAGCCCACUACUUUCAACAUGCUAUUAAUGGAACGUGGUUUAGAUGCAAGCCUUGCUUUUUAAUGUUUGCUUUUAUUGUGUGUGUGUUUUUAGUGAAUAUUUUAGAUUGUCUUUUGCAAACGGCUUAGAGAUAUUUUGUUUCAGUAAGCACUAUAUAAAUUGAUUAAAUAAAUAAGUACAUUUACUAGGGAGUAAUCCCCCAUAAAAGGGACGUGGGUGGCACUGUGGGUUAAACCACAGAGCCUAGGACUUGCCAAUCAGAAGGUCAGCGGUUCGAAUCCCCGCAACAGGGUGAGCUCCCGUUGCUUGGUCCCAGCUCCUGCCAACCUAGCAGUUCGAAAGCACGUCAAAGUGCAAGUAGAUAAAUAGGUACCACUCCGGCGGGAAGGGAAACGGUGUUUCCAUGUGCUGCUCUGGUUCACCAGAAGCGGCUUAGUCAUGCUGGUCACAUGAUCUGGAAGCUGUACGCCGGCUCCCUCGGCCAAUAAAGCGAGAUGAGCGCCGAAACCCCAGAGUCGGCCACGACUGGACCUAAUGGUCAGGGGUCCCUUUACCUUUACCUUAAUCCCCCAUGGGACAAGUGGGGCUUGCUUUCAACACACAGUGGUGCACACUUGCUUGGAAGUAAGCCCCAUUGAAAUAACUCUGACUUAAUUUCAACCUCACACACUCAGGGUGAUGCUGUAAGUCAUGUAGUCAGAUGUUGUUUGUUUUUUGGCUAACAUUCCCUGUUUUUCUCUUUUGUAGAUUCCAGGAGAGCUGCGCUGAUUGAUUUGUCUGCCACCCUGUCCGCCACAGAAAGCUCUGUCAGGUGACAGCAUAUGUGAGUAAUUUCUCUCUCUAAAUUCAUACUGCCAAUUCAGAAAUAUGGAGACCCUCCUCUAAAAAAAGAUGAUAAUGGUGGCUUUUAAAAAGCAGCCUUGAGUUGCUUACACACUAAAUGACAUGCAUUUUGGAGCACCAAACAGAGGCCUUUUUUUUCCAGCCGGAACUCAGUUCCGGCGCCUCUCAGGUGGGCACCAUUGCCGUUCUAAGAGAACAAGGGAGGCGUUCAUGGCGAGUUCAAGCACCUCUUUUCCUAGAAAAAUAGCACGGAUCAAACAUAUAUAAUUUUUAGCAUGUACAAAUACUGACACAUGUUGAAAAUGUAACAUUGUGCUGUAGUUCUUAGAUCAGAGAGACCUGACUGAAACUUACAGGUCAAGAAUCCAACUAUACACAUAGCAGAUGUGACAAAGCCUGAGGCAUACCUUGUAUUGGAAGUUGCUUGUUUCGUGUAUUAUUUAUUUAACAAGAUUUAUAUAGCUCUUAAUCAACGAAAAACAAGAAAAGGUAAUAAAAUUGCAUGUCUGAGAAGAUUUGCCUAUGUUUUUAGCAGGUGCCAAAAGCAAUGCAACACAGGCACCUGCCUAAAGUUAAUAGGCAGAGAGUUCGAGAAAGUAAAUGUGGCGCCACAUUGAAGGAUUGAUUCCUUGCAAGUGUAGAAUGAACAUUAUGUGGCACCCAGGUGUGCACCUGAUGAGGCAGUUGCAGUAACAGAGAGGCCCUGACCUCAGCUUAUGUAUCUUGCCCACCUGAGCUGCGUGCAAGCAGGCAAAGAAUCCGUCUGCGUCAAACCUGCUCCUGCUCCUCCCUCUUCAGUCCCCUCUUGGUCCUGGGAGUCUGUGGAGCAGGAGAGGUGGGAGCAGGAGGAGGAGAUGUGGAAGCCGUUGACUCUACACCAGCCUGACCUCUCUGUCCCCCUUCCUCCGGUAACUGUCCUUCACUGUCCAGUCCUGCAGCUUCUCCUUCCUCUGACUCCGGGCUGUUUCAGGCUUCUCCUCAUCGCUGGAUCCCUUCUUCCAAGUUAGUCUCCAACCCCCCUUCUCCUGGUGCCCGUUCAGAAGUAUCCAGCAACUACUCCUCAGUGUUCAAUACUUUAAAAGUUGUUGAAAACUUGAUAGGGAGUGAAGGGCCUUGCAUUUUAGGGCCAGGAAACAUUUCUUUCUCACACCUGCGUGAUCUUGAGUUUUAUUUCCAUCAUUAGGGAAAGGACUGUGGGUGUUUGCGGUCACACACACAAACAGAGAGAGAAAGAGAGAGAGAGAGAGAAAGAAAACAGCCCAACUUCUACUUGCUGUGUCUUCAGACAGGAAAAGUGUUUUGUCCAUACUCCGAGCUUAACUGAUCAUAUUUGAGGCUAGGAAUGAAUUUUCCCCCAGGUCAGAUUGGCUAGAGGUUGCUGUAGAACAGGGGUCAGCAACCUUUUUCAGCCGGUCCACCGUCCCUCAGACCAUGUAGUGGGCCGGACUAUAUUUUUGUUGGGGGGGACGAGACAAAUUCCUAUGCCCCACAAAUAACCCAGAGAUGCAUUUUAAAUAAAAGCACACAUUCUACUCAUGUAAAAACACGCUGAUUCCUGGACCGUCUGUGGGCCAGAUUGAGAAGGCGAUCUGGCCCCUGGGCCUUAGGUUGCCUACCCUCCUGUAGAAUGUAGCAUUGUCCCUUUUGGAUGUUUUCUUCUUCAGGCACUUUUCCAGAUGAUACCUGUACUGCCUUCAUGACAUAUUGUGGCCUGGAUAGCAUUGGUCAGUUGGUGGCGGAUAACUUGCCAUGCCUCCAUGGAAGGAGCUUAUACUAGGCAGCCUUUUAGUACUCUCCCUAUUUCCAUGCUUAUCAGGGCACAGAGCAGAUAAUUCAGAGCCCAUUCCAGCAAUAGCCUCAAAAGAGUUCUGUCCCUUUGCAGUUCUCUUCCCUGAGGCCUCUGCCAGUCUGGGCUCGCCUUCAUUACUAAUCCAGUUGCAGGAAAGCCUCCCUUAUUAUGCCAUGUCUAAUCAGUCAGAAACGAGCCUUUUGAGAAUGCUGGCUGCUUCCAAUUACACUCCACUUCACCUUGGCAUAAAGAUGCAGGGACGAUGAGAGAGUGUAAAAAAAACCUAAUAGUCCUGUUUGAUCCACAUCACUGGCAAACUAGGUGUGAAAUCAAUUGCAGGCAAGUUAAACGAAAUGAAGGUGGAUUUUUAAAGCUGUUUUACCUUGAGAAUAUAUUGGGGUGGGGGUGGGGGACAAACAGAGGGUAUAGCAUUGGAAACCAUCAUUGAUGAGUUCCUGCACUUUAAAAUUUACCACCACACCACUGCUGUGAGUUAUAGUAGUUAGGUUACUGUUCACGAAAUUUGGUUGGCCACUGUGAGAAUAGGAUGCUAGGCUGUUUGUGCCUUUGGUCUAACCUAGCAGAGUUAUUCUUACAGUUUGCAUUCUUUGUUCCUUGAUUCCAUUUUUGUUCCUUUGUUCCUUGAUUCCUACGAUGAUUUGUUUUCAGUCCCUGUAUCCUAUUUUUUGCGCCCAGUGCCCUGAAAACAUGAGCAAGGAAAAGGCUGAGUUCAGUCUUCUCGGAGCAGUGCAUUUUCAACUGUGGCUUGGCAAUAACCCAUCUGAGAAAGAAGCUCAGUACAAGAUGCUCAGUCAUGCAUAAGUCUGAACCCGCUAUUGGCAUUUACCCAAAGUGACUGAUAGUCUAGAUAUACUGAUUAUUGAGCUAAACAGAACAGGUUUUGAAAAUCUGAGGAAACGAGCUUUAAGUUGUUUCCUCUGACCUUGAAGCCUCUUCUCUCACCUGUGUCUGUUUCUUGAGCUGGAAAUAAAUCCAUGAAAACCAAGGAGAGAGAGAAAGAAAGAAAGAAAAAAAUAUUCCUCCAGAUCAUAUUCUUAAAUGCACAUUUUAAAAAAAUCAAUGUUAAGGCGCUUUACUAUGAUUCAGAGCUCAGCAGCAAGACUUUGUAUAACUGCAUUGAAGAUAUAAUUUAUACCCCGCCCAUCUGGCUGGGUUUCCCCAGCCACUCUGGGCGGCUUCCAACAAAAUAUUAAAAAUACAAUAAAACAUCAAACAUUAAAAACUUCCCUAAACAGAUGUCUUUUAAAAGUCAGGUAGCUGUUUAUUUCCUUGACAUCUGAUGGGAGUGCGUUCCACAGAGCGGGAGCCACUACCGAGAAGGCCCUCUGCCUGGUUCCCUGUAACUUCGCUUCUCGCAGUGAGGGAACCGCGCUGGACCUCAGUGUCCAGGCUGAAUGAUGGGGGUGGAGAUGGGAGAUGCUCCAUACAAAGCACAGUCUUUCCUGCACAGUUUACCCCUCACAUAGUUACAAUUCCCAGCAGCCCUCCACAAAUUACAGUGCACAGAAUUCUUUGAGGGAAAGAAUGGGUUUCAAAUGUCCUUUAAAGAUACAGCGUACGCAGAGCCUAAGGCCAUCCUUACCUUGGGUUGCCUCAAAGAAUCAUAAUUUUAAUCAAAGUUUACUUUGUAAGGGAGUUGACGUUUUACAAGGAUCAUAAGACGCUACCAAGUCUUAUUGUCCUUUUAGCCCAGGAUUAUCGACUCUGACUGGCAAUGGCUUUCCAGAGUCUCAAGCCGUUAAUUGCAAAUGACACUGGCUGGACACAUUUUGCUGAGGGAUGAAGAGUGAGGACAGGAUCACAGUGGAAGGCCUGCCCUAGACUUCAUGUGUUGAAUAGACUGUAGAAAAAGGCCCUGUGUGAGUACAAUCUUUGUGAUUGAAAACACUGUGUUUUUUCUUCUCCUCAAGACAAGAGCUUUCCCUCGCCUUGCACUGAGUUGGUGCCUUCAGAUUUAAAACCUAAGAUAUGCUCACCACAGGAGCUCCAAUUGUCACAUGAUAUGGAAAGCAGCUCCUAGCUUAGGUGCUUUUCAAAAUCAUGAAAUAAAUCACAACUCUAUUGAUGGCUGUUACGCACUGGAGGAGCCAAGAAUGAAAGCUCCGUAAUUUGCUUACAGUGCAGAAAGUUCUGUGUUGAUUCUUCUUCAAUCUCAAACAACUGCAAUCUUCAAGUGUUCAAAACACUUCACGUUAUCUUGGGAAUCCAAGAAUUCGUUCCCCCCUUCUGUCCCCAUCGACUUUUCCUUUUGCGUUACUGAUCAUUUUAGAUUGUAAUUCUGAAGGCAAGGGCUGUGUUGUUUUUAUUGAAAGGUCAGCUGCCCUGGGAGCAGUGGCGGAGCUUCAUGCUCUGGCACUGGGGGGGCGGUGGAGAGCAGGUGGGGCUGGCACACAUUCCAGGGGCAUGGUGUGGCACCCAGCAUGGGGGGGGGCAGCUGCGAUGGCUCCCCGCCGGGAUUGCGCUGCCAGGGGCGGUGCGCCCCCCCCCGCAUGCCUCUUCUUCCGCCAGUGCCUGGGAACCUUUCUGGUUGAAGAGUGAGAAAUAAAUGCUCUGGAUAAAUAAAUACAUAAAAUAAGGCCGGCUACCUCACAGCCCUCCAAACUUCCAGUCAGUGCUUUGUGGAGAGUGAGUUUGCAGCUGCCAACCCUGCUCCUCGACUGUGCAGAACAUGAGAAAGGCACGACUACAUUGCUACAUGGGUAUGCAUAGAGGUCUGGCAUUCCACCUGUAUGAACAUAUUGAAGCUGCCCUGUGCAACACCAGUCUCUUCUUACAUUCUCAGUGGUUGUGCUAUACUUUGCAGUUUUUCCUCUUCUGCACACAUUAACUGAAUGUGUGAAGGGGAAUCUGAGAUGAUUACUCUAGUGAGAUAAUGGGUGAGGUGAGGGUUGAACUUCAUUGCUUGCUCCAAGGAGCUCAAAUGUGUUCAUUCAACGUUUGCCCCACUACGUUCAGCGGAGCUUAUUCCCAGAGAAGUGUGUGUAGGAUUGUACAUUUAGACCAUUUGCUAGACUCGCUCCUUCUUGCCCCAAUAUUAAUCAAACAAAAGUGAUCAUUGUGGUGUAUACUGAGCUUACGGAAGCCUUUAUUUCUGCGUAAGAAAAGCUUAAAUGAAAAUGACAGUGUCUUUUCAAGUUGAAGUUCCCAAAUCCCACAAUAGGUUAGCAAUAGCUACAUGAUACCUUAAUAUCUCGAAGUGGGAAAAUGGCUGCCAUCCGUUCCUGAUGAUGGCUUCACACACAGGGAACUGGUCUAAUCUUUUUGAAUCUUGCUGUGACAAUUCCUUCCUCUUACUUCAGUCGGGCUGACAUGUAGUCAUGUCACUCAGCAAGUGAGAUCCUGGCCCAAUCAGUGUGUAAGUAAUGAAGCAUCAAGAGCCUCACAUUCCCUAUUGACUGAAAUCCUCCAGACAGAACUGUCUUCUCUGUCUAGCUGGGUUCAUUGGUCUUAUAACUUAUCUCUCUCACAUUGACCUCAGAGUCCUGUGGCGAAAAAGAAUUCUGCAACCAAGUUUGAAAACGUUACACUCACCAUAAUAUUUGUUUCUGUCACCACCCCCAGUUUGUAUUCACUGUUCCUUUUAAAAUAAACUAAGAGGAAUACACUGGGACCUCAGGUUACAUACGCUUCAGGUUACAUACGCUUCAGGUUACAGACUCCGCUAACCUAGAAAUAGUGCUUCAGGUUAAGAACUUUGCUUCAGGGUGAGAACAGAAAUCGUGCUCCGGUGGCGCGGCGGCAGCAGGAGGCCCCAUUAGCUAAAGUGGUGCUUCAGGUUAAGAACAGUUUCAGGUUAAGUGCAGACCUCCAGAACGAAUUAAGUACUUAACCUGAGGUACCACUGUACUUCUUUUUUAAAAUCCUUCUUUAUAGAGCUGUCUAGGUUUUGUGAACUGCAGGGACGGUCCUGUUUGCUGUCAUACCACCAUGGGAAAUUUGCCCUGUGUAAAUCCUGUGUGUGAGAGGGCUUUUCUAGGCGCGCGCACACACACACCCACACACCGGUGCAUCUGGCCAAGCCAUUGUAUACAUGUCAGCGCUGGGUCAAGAUGCACCGCUUUGCACAGGCCUUUGAGGGUGGAGAGCAAGAACAGAAUUCCCCCUCUCCAUUUGAUGUUUGAGUAUUAGAUGGUUUAUUGUACUGAGCUGUACAAAAAGGGAAAUGAAUCCCAACCAACUGUAGAUGUGAUUUAAAAAAAAAAUGGGAACAAAAAUUGUCACAAACUAGUGUGAAUGUGUAUGGUAAAUAAAAAUAUAUUUUAUGAAUUCUGAUUACAAUUAAAAGCAAACAAUAUGUAUCUUCCAAGAUCCAGUAGCAAAAGAAUGCAAACACCAACAAUGUAUGCUGCCAAAGUAUCAAGAAACUGAACAGAUGUAACUCACAAAGUAUCACAGAACAAAAACACAUUUUGACCCUGGUCUUCUUCAGUGGACUAGUCCCCCCCUAAAACAGCUCCUGCCACAAUAAAAUGAUUAAUUUGGGUGGAGUAUUGUUUAGGGGGUCUUGUUGCGUUACUGAUAUUCUUUUUUCUUCCUCUUUAAAUCCGUUUCUUAAUUUUUAGUUUGGAAAUUGUUAAAUUUGGUUGUGCACUUUUUGGUGUGUUUUAUUUAUUGUUCAUUACUACUUUUGUCAUGUUUGCAAUUAUGUAGAUCUUUUCAUCUUGUAAGCCGCCUUGAUCAUGGUUUUAACUAUGGAAAGUCAGUAUACAAAUAUGGUGAUGACAAUGGUGAUGACUAAGGUGUAACAGGAGGACCCUGUAGUUAUUGCUGCAUCUGACUAGCAUGUCUACCCCUCCACAAUCUGUUUCCAAGGAUUCUUAUUUAUUCCACAAAAUUUUUAACUUCCACCCCAAUGAUCUUCCAACAAAUUUAGAAUGGAGUGAGUUAACGAACUUUUUUAAAAAAGAAAAAGCAUCGUGGGUAGUGCCAGAGGUGGGGUUUGCAACCAAAGAAAAUCUUCUCAUGCCAGUUGUGAGAUCUAAUUGUUCUGAAACAGUGUUGACAGAGCAGAGUGCACCUCUCCAACUGCAGCUGCCUAAUCUUAAUGGUUCAGUUUUUGAUCUUGCAACCCUACAAAGUGAGAUAAUGUUUUGUGUCCUCCUGAAUCCAAGAACUUGCUCAUUCAGAGCAGGCUGUAACUUCAUGUUUGCUGUCCUUUUCUCCUGUAGCUUGAAUCAUGGGGAGCAGUAAGAGCAAACCCAAAGACCCCAGUCAACGGAGGCGCAGUCUGGAAUCCACAGAAAAUAUCCAUGGUGGUUGCUCUGCCUCCCAGACACCCAGCAAAACCACAGUGUCAGAUACUCAUCGGACUCCCAGUCGUGUAUUUGGAACAACUACUACAGAACCAAAACUCUUUGGUGGCUCAAAUACAUCUGAUAUGGUUACCUCUCCUCAGCGCUGCGGGCCUCUGGCUGGUCAGUAUGAUUCCUACCAUGAGUAGAACUUUUCCAGACUUUUUAAUAGCAUGUAUAAUGAACAUGCUUUUGGAGUUGUGGCAAGACGGCUCUGUUCCCCAAAGUAGAUGUGUGUCUAGAAAUACAGGGUCUUCAGUCCCAUUACAUGCACAACUCUUUGCACAGGGAUCUUUUUAAGACUUUCAUAUUCCAUGAUGGGGCCAUUGACCUCAGUGCUGCCCUUCCUACUUACAUGUAAUUGUAAAGGUAAAGGGACCCCUGACCAUUAUGUCCAGUCGUGGACGACUCUGGGGUUGCGGUGCUCAUCUCUCUUUAUUGGCCAAGGGAGCCGGCGUACAGCUUCCGGGUCAUGUGGCCAGCAUGACUAAGCCGCUUCUGGCGAACCAGAGCAGUGCACGGAAAUGCCGUUCUGAUUGGCAAGCCCUAGGCUCUGUGGUUUAACCCACAGCACUACCCGCCUUCCUACAUGUAAUUGUACGUGGUGUAAAAAGUACUCAUCAGGGGCUUCAACAUAUUAAUUUCCCCAGCACACGUUGCUUUUACAACAAGAGCCCUGACUAAAUUUGAUAUGCAAUGGUGUUCAGCUAUAGUCUUGAACUUGUCUUGUUGCAGGUGGAGUCACCACCUUUGUGGCCCUCUAUGACUAUGAAUCACGAACAGAAUCAGACCUUUCUUUCAAGAAAGGGGAACGCCUCCAAAUCCUCAAUAACACGUAAGUACCUUUUGCCCAGGUGCUGAGCUAAGGGAUGCAUUUAAUUUUGUAGUAAACAUAUUAUUCCGUUGUGCUGCACAACGUCUAUGCCCAUGCUGGGAAAUAAGAAAGGACAAAUUCUUCCUUCUCCUUUCUUGCCUUCUUGUUUCCAGCUCUUUCUGUUAGGUGUUAAUAGGAUAAGUUGGGUCAGUUUAAAUGCCUGGGCUUAGAUAGCAGGGGGUACCAUUUGGGGGACAAAAUCCAUGUUUUGAUGUCCUACCGUCUGAUGUUCCAAAUUGCAUCCCAUGCUGAUCCUAGGUUUAUAUUGAUUUCCUCUUCUGCCCUUCAGAUAAGCUUCCAGCUCGAUUCCCCAGUACAUGCAGGGAAUCACUGGCUGUCAUACAGUCACUGUAAAUGAAAACUUGCAUCCUCCUUUUCUUUCUUGCUUUCAGUGCUGCCCCAGAAUGACUUUAGGGUUCAGCCUCCAGAAAGAACUCUCCAUAUAGCAGUCCUCACUGGACUGAGAGCCCAACUAUGAGUUUCAGGGCAUUACGUGGCUGCCCACACUCCACAUUGCCUCCUCCAUUCUUUAUUUCCAUACAUAAACUCUGCUUCUUCGGCUGCUGCUUGUGGGAGUGGGGAGAAUGCUGUGCCUAAUGUGGUCGCGUGCCUUAUUUAACUAAAUAAUACCAGGGAGGCUAGGGGAGCGGGGGAGGGGAGGUGGCAGCCACAUGUCCCCUGUAACGUGUAAUUAGGCCUUGACCCACUUAUUCAACAUCAUCAAACAACGUGUACCGCACUAAGGCACACGCGCCAAAUGGGUCAAGCCUUGUGCUUUGAUCAGCGUGCUAAGCAUGUGGAAUAAGCUUGAGUUUCUACUGAAAGAUAGAGAUAAGAGGGCAAAUGCCUGGGAAGCCAUGGAGGUCCAAUCAGUCAACAGCAAAGUCUGUCUGGCGUUGUAACAGGAAGUCCCAAGUCCCAAUUUCUAAGGUUGGUACAAUGGCUGCACCGGAAUUCUCAGCUAAGAUCCCACUUCAAAUGUAGAAUGUCUGCUUGAUUUCCUCAUGUAACUCCUAUGGCAUUUUUGCUGUGGACUGCAACAUCCUUCUGCAGCAUGGAAGGAGGAGAAGGGAGCAUCUAUGGGAUGGCUUGCGGAGUGAUUCUCAUAUGUGUGUAUGCACCUACAUCUUGCAGCGAUGGGUCAUUUAUGCAGUUGGGAUAUUGUGAAGUGUAACUUUUCAGCAGUCCAGAUUCAGCUCAGCUCAUAGGAUACCUGGCAAACAUGGCAAUAAGAUAUUUUUACCCAGCCGGGGGGGGGGGGGAGGGAAUAUUUCCUGGGAGCAUUUAGCAGUCUAAUGAAAGAAGAGAGUAAAUUGUUGCAUUCUGUCCUAGGUGGUGAGAGAUAGUAUUUCCCUACAUCGUAGGAUCAUUGUGGAGGGAAACGGGAUAAAGACAAUAGAGCACUUAGCACAUUAAAAGCACAUUGUAAACAAUUAAUGAUAUUAUUGCCAUAUGACUGGGCAGAUGGAAGUGGCCUCUUCAUAGCAGAUGUUGGGCCCUCCCCCUGCUUCCUUCCAGCAAACGCAUUUUCCACUCAUUGCUCUGCUGUCUAAAUAUUGCUUCUGCCCUGUGGGCUGUCUGGGCAUCUCUGGCCUUCUGGAGUCCUCCCACUCCUGCCUUAAAGUUUCCCAGAACAAUGGGAGACCUUUAGAAAAGGUUGUGCUUAGUUAAUUUUAUUUUAUUCCUUUUAAAGGUAUGUUUAUUUAAACUGCUGCCCUUUCCUGUAGCAGGCAAUGGGUGGCUUGGUGCAAGAUGCUGGGGACCAACAGUAUGUGGGAGAUGGUUAAUCAUCAUUAACUACUUGUGAACUUUCCUGUGGAACCCGUUAAGAGACAUAGGUCUGGACCUUUUGGGUUGUUCCAAUGCAGCAGUUUUCAUAUGGAGAGAAAUAAAGGUAAAGGGACCCCUGACUGUUAGGUCUAGUCAUGGCCGACUCUGGGGUUGCAGCGCUCAUCUCGCUUUAUUGGCCGAGGGAGCUGGCGUACAGCUUCCGGGUCAUGUGGCCAGCAUGACUAAGCCGCUUCUGGCGAACCAGAGCAGCGCACAGAAACGCCGUUUACCUUCUUGCCAGAGCGCUACCUAUUUAUCUACUUGCACUUUGAUGUGCUUUCGAACUGCUAGGUUGGCAGGAGCAGGGACUGAGCAACAGGAGCUCACCCCGUCGCGGGGAUUCGAACCACCAACCUUCUGAUCGGCAAGUCCUAGCCACCCUAAAGCUGCAAGUCAUUUUGACACCUGUAGUUGUUCACUCAAUUAAAGAGAUGACUGGAGUCUUCUAGAGUGAGCAGAAUUGAGUUCCUUCACUCUUCAAAUCAUAACUUCAAAUGUUUGUGACUUGGCGAAUGGAAUGUUGCAAGUUCACUGUUUCACAUUCAGUGGAAAAACCCGUCUUGAGAACUAGAAGCUGUUGGCUGUCCUGUUACUAUUACAGAAUCACUGGAAAGGGUGGCAGUUAGAAAUGUUCUACAUUGAUUCCCAUAUCCAUUUGUGCACCAAGAAACCUCUGUGUAUUCAGAGAAACUUGAGGUGGAUAGUUCAUGCAGGGCACUGGCUAGUUUUCUACCUCAGUAUAUGUUCUUAUUGGGGAACCACUGAUAAGCUUUUUAGGAACACCAGAGUUCCUAGGAAUACAUUUUGAAAACCACAGUAUUAUGGCUAUUAGCACUUGUGUAUGCAUCUUUCCCAUUUUGAAAAGCAUCUCAAAACUGCAUUUCUUUUAAUCUAAGCCCUGUCUCUUUCUCUCUUAUAUCCUGCUCCUCAUGCUUUCAUUUAGGAGAAAGGUGGAUGUCAGGUGUGUAUCUUCUAUUUGAUUGGCAUAAGCAAUAAAAGCUAACCUGAUCUUUGAUGUCUAAACUAUGGGGGAAAGGAUUGGGUGGGUUGCACUUUGGGGCCGGGAGGGAGAGCAAUUUUAUGCAUUAAGUUUAAAGUCCUUAUGGUUCUUCUCAUUUGCAGACUCAGGAGUUUUAACAUAGUUUUUGAGCAUUUUUACUUUUGUAACCAAGCAGAUGAUAUAUUCUAGAAGUGUUGUUUCAACUGAAUUUUAGAUUUUGGAGUUUUAUGUAUGCAUUAUUAUUUUUUGUUUCCAACUGGAAUGUGGGGAGCGGAGGUGUCUGAGUUGGAUAAAUUCUUAGUCAUGGUGAUCAACCUUCUAACAGGAGAAAAAUCAGAGUUCUGGGCAACAUAAACAGGCAUCAUUAAGUACCUUGGUAUGAGCUGUCCAGUAGCUUAGGGGUUUCCAGACUGCGGUCUGUGCACUACCAGCAGCCCAUGAGCUUCAUUCAGGGGGUCUGUUACAUAUCCACAUUACAUAUUGAUUUUGAUUGCAUUUUAACUGCCUCUUUUGUUAUAUUGCAUUUUACUUUGGAAUGCAAAUUCAAUAAAUAUGAUAAAAUACAAUAUAAGAAAUAAAAGAAGCAGUAAAAAGACAAUUAAAAAUCAUACGGCAUGUUGCACAGCAGAUGACAAUUGCUACAACAGGCAAACAAAACAGUUUAGUGGUUCAACAAGACCAUCAGCAAUUUUCAAUUCAUAGGGGGAAAUGGGACCCAUUAGUAGUUAUAUGCCUUACUUGAGUAAAGUUUGCAUAUGCUUUAAUAAGAACUGAGUACAUAAAGCUGGCUCUGCCUGCUCUGAAGAACAUUAAAAUCAUGUAGGUAUAUCCCAGACUUCUUAUUGUUCUCCUUGUAACCAUGUGGGUAGACAUUCUUCCUAUGAGGGACAAAUGCAACUUGGGAAGGAGAUGAGUAGAUUUCACUCCAGUUGAAUGCACAAUAAACCAUGGAGGAAUUGGAACAGGAGUGGGACUCCUGUGGCCCCCUAGAUGUCCAAAUAACUCAGAUUCAGAUGACUUUGAGAAAAAUAAUGGUACACUAUGGACUAUUGGUUGAAUUGUGGUGUUACAGGGCAGGAACUGCCUGUGUUGUCAACUGAGCUGGCUGUAUCCAGCAAAGAUUAUGAGUGUGAAAGCACCAUUCAUUUAAGCUUAUUAUUCCAGCUCUUAUAUGAUUUCAUUUAUCUCUUCUCCCAUUCAUUGCUUACUUGCCUAGGGCUAUAAUCCUACACAUACCUAGUCUGUUUAAAUCAACUGUAAUGGGAUAUAGGCAGAUAAGUCUGCAAGUUUUUUUUUUCUCUCUCUCUCUAUCUCAUGGGGAAAUGAAGGUGACAAAGGGUGUAUUCCUCUUUCUGUUCUGCACAUCUGCUGUUGAGAUUCUUUUCACUGACCCAACUUCAUGUUACUAGCCUCUGAAUGCAAUAUGCAUUCUUGAAGUUCAUGACAGGAGGUGAGAAAAUGCUGCAGCAGAAGGAUUUUAUAUUUGGUCUAAACACAUUUACCCAUGCAGGGGUAGCCAGCAAGCAUUAUAUACCUGUUGGACCUUAAGACCUAGAAAUUAAAGAGCUGCUUUUCCUGAGACCUCGCUGUGUGGCCCAGCCAAAAUAUAUGCUAUGCACAAGUCAAGUGGUUCUGACUUCUCCCUUGUUUUCCUCUACAACGUUUCUUACAAGGUCAGGCCUGUAAACGUUUGGAGCUAAAGUUUCUCUUGCAAUAUUAAUGUUUUAAUAAUCUAUUUGAGGCUUUUAAAACAAUCCUGUGAUGGUGCAAAGGAAAUGGAGCUCUGCAUGUUCUUCUUCUUCUUUGGAGCCCUGACUUGAGGACUUUAUUUGGACCAGGUCAGGGUGCUAGAACCUAUUUUCACUGUCUAGGGCUUAGGCCUUGAACAUAUGAAGUAGCAAAAAAUCGCUUGAGUGUGUGCAGAGUUUUAGAAAAUGUUCUUCUUGGUACCACUGAGCAACCACCACUAGCCUCCACAUUUCAGGGAUACAUCAGACAGUAUAGAGUCAGGUGCUUGCACAUGGUGAUAUAAUGAACCCCUGCAGCUUAUGAAUGGAAGUAUCCCAACAGAGGUUCUCCAUGUUAUGGUGGCUUAAAGCCACUCCUACUGUUUCGGCACACUGGUCAGAAGUGGCUCAGCUUGUGCAUGUGGGGCAUCAGUUGUUUCAUUCAGAUUGCAAGAAUAGAACUUCCAUGUGGCAAAACCAGAUGGCAGCUUUUAAAGCACCAUUUAGGCUGGCAGAGUGAGAGAGGCGGAUCUGUCCACCAAGACCUGCCAAAAGGAGUUGCACGAAAGCACAUUAGUGCUGUUGCCUAGCUCUCCCUAUCACAAAAAUGAGUCUUCCACUGGGUAGCAUCUAGGUGGACUGUGAACUGUGUUAAAAAAGAGGAGUGCCACUUGGUAUGGCCAAAUUAUCAUGAUGUCUUGGCCAGCUCUGCCAAAAUGGCAACCACUUGCCUGCCCAUUGUUGUAGAACUAUCCUUGAACAGGUUUGCUUCCUUGAACUUCUCACUAUAAAAAACGUAAGUAUUGCUGAUAUCCAAACUUGAAUUCCGCAGGUAAGUAUUUAUAACCUAAAUAUUUUCCUUAUUUUUUAAACAGCAGAAACAAAAAUAGACAUUUUUGAAUACUGAAAGCUCUGGUCUUUGGCUAUUUGGCAUACUUUCCAGGUACAAAGCAAGCGUGCAUUCUUUCGCUUCAAAUGAACUAAAUACAAUAUUGUAAACGCUGGCAGCUUCACAGCUGCCUCUGGUAUAAAUAACUCUGAGAACAGAAUGGCCCUCAUAGGAAGAUGAGGUGGGGUUUUUUUUAAGGCUUUGUACUGAAGCAUGUAGAGGAGAAAUGAGUCUCAAGCUAUGUAUUUCACAAUAUCCAAUAUCGCUUCCCUGUUGGAGUUUAGGAUAAGAGCGUGUUUCUCACAGAGAUACUGUAGCAGUAAUGAACAGCAAUCUUUGGAAUAGCUAAGGUGCCUGGCCUUCUGCCUAGCAACAUGUUGCGAGGGGAGGAAGUUUCUGAGAGAUACACACUGCAUUUGGCAGGUUGUGCUGACCCAGCCAUAUAAUUCCAUAGCUGUGGUUGUAGUUGCCCGCCCCACCUGAGUCAGAGGUAUGCAGAGGAGAGGAAGCCAUUUUUGACUGCCUUUAGUAGAAGUGGAUACCUUUGCAUGAAAGAUAGAUGAACAUAGAUAAUCGCUUAGUACCGUACAAGAUAGGUUCAGAGGUUCUGAUCGUUCAAUUUGUUGCUUAUGCUUUCGAAAGAAAGCAGCCUCAUGCAGUGCCUUGACCUAGCAGCUUGGCUCUGGAAAAAAGUUUUAUCUUAAUAAACAUUCUGUCUUAAGAUUCAUUGAGGUUUCCCAAGCAAUGGAUUUGCAGUGUGUGGAUUAAAUUGACCCAGACAGAUGCUGACUCUGGGUUUCCCCAUUCAUUCCAAUGGAGAGGUCUAUCUGUAGUCCUUUCAUAGGAGUUGGCAUGUCCUUCCUCUGAAGUGGAUGGGGAAGCACAUAUACCCUGGGGAACUUCUGAACCUCUCUAAGCAGUCACCAGAUUGGGAGUGGUUAUUAGUAUUCCGACACCCAAAGAUGAGAAGAUAGCAUGAUCUCCCUACUUACAAUGGAUUUUCCUGGCAUGUGCUUGCUCAAGCUGUUCUUCCCUGUGACAUUAAUCAGGACGGGGAACUUGGGGCUUUCCUUCUGCUUGGAUUUUUCCUUUUGCAGCUUCCUCUUCCUCAUUUGCACCUCAUUAUCUUCCUUCUGUUUUACACAGUUUGAGAAACAGAGCCUGGGUGAGGAGUACCUGUUAUUUUAGAAGUGGUAGCUCGUGCAUGACUGCAUAGCAGCGUUUAGAUGCUUUCUGGCUAUGCACUAUGUGGAAAUAGUGCCAUAUUAACAGCUAGCCAGGCAUACUUCUGGUGACUUUAGCCUGCAGAUCUAGUAUAAUAAAUUGUCCCUCUGCCAAGGCCAGCCAGAUAUUAGUUCCGCGCACCUGAUAUACUGCUAUGCACCUAGGAAUGUUUGUAUUCAUGAGUAGCCCCAAACAUGCCCAGAACUCACUGUGUUUGGUCUUCAUUAGCCUGCGUGGCUCUAUAAACCUAGUUGUGGGGGUUAUGGUAGAGCUGCCAUACAUCUCAAAUUUCCCAGACAUAGCCGGGAUUCGGCUGUUGGAAAUGGCAUCCAAGCGACAUUUUCUGGGGAAUGUCUGGGGAAACCCGGAUUUUCACUUUUUGAAAUAUGGCAACCCUAGGUUAUGGCCAUACAUCCAAUGUUUGUAUUUUUAACUGGGACACUUCAGGGAUAGAAUGGGUCUAAAUGCACAUUCUUUACACUUCACCCUGUUUGCUGUUACGGUUCUGUUGGGGGGAGGUGGCAGUGAGGGGAGAAUCUGCUUAAGAGUUGCACUGCUUGCAAAAGCCACCUCCCCUUCAAGAACUGCAGGGCAGUCUCAUAAGCCAUCAAGUCAACCCCCUCCUUUAUGCAGGGGUAGACAGAGCAGUACUGUGGUACCUCGGGUUACAUAUGCUUCAGGUUACAGACACUUCAGGUUACAGACUCUGCUAACCCAGAAAUAUUACCUUGGGUUAAGAACUUUGCUUCAGGAUGAGAACAGAAAUCGUGCUCUGGCAGCGUGGCAGCAGCAGAAGGCCCCGUUAGCUAAAGUGGUGCUUCAGGUUAAGAACAGUUUCAGGUUAAGAACUGACCUCUGGAACAAAUUAAGUACUUAACCUGAGGUACCACUGUAUUAGCCAGCUUUGUGCCCAUCGCUCAUGAGUCCUGGCUGGGGCUGGUGGGAGUUGUAGCAAAAACAUCUGGAGGACCCCAGCUUGGCAAAGGCUACCUUAGAGCACCUUCAGCAGACAGUUGACAGGCCCUGCUUGAAGACCUCCAGCGUGGGAGAGCCCACCGACCCCUUGGGUAAUUAGUUCCCUUGCCAAACUGCUCUUCCUUUCCCUUUACUUUUCAGUCAAAUUCUACCCCUCUCUAACUUAAGCCCACUGGAUCUACUCCUGCCCUCUGAAGCAACAGAGAACAAGCCUCUGCUCUCUUCUUUGUGAUAGCCCUUCAUGUACAGUGCUAUCAUGUUACUAGCCUCCAGGAACAAUAAAUAGACUGAACCUGGCAAACCUGUCAGUUGGCAGAGCAUUCUUUAGGGAAGGCACCACUCAGAGAAAGCUCUGCCCCUGGGAGUGUUGAGGAAUCCAAGGUGGAGUCGCCAGUGAUGAGGAGAGAGUUUUUGCACUGAAAGGGUUUGCUUUGUAGCCUUGUAAACCCCCCACUCCUUCCACACUUAUUUACUCUUCCUCCAAUCAGCUCAGGGUAAUGUGGCAUAUCUUCCUUAUUUUUAUCUUACCCCUUUUAUCCUCCCAACAACUCUGUAUGCGUAGGCCACUUCAAACCAUUUAUUUAAGUGGUGUACAGUAGAAUUGAUCCCAAGCAAAGAUUCCCCAGCUGUGAAGGCAGGGGUUGAGGCAGCCUCUCGAAUAGGUAGGUUAAGCUGAGAGGAAGAGAGAGAGAGCAGCUUGUUGAGAGCCACUUGGUUUUCAUAGGGGCUGAACAGAGCUUUGAACCCAAGUCUUGCCAGGCUCCAAACCAGGAAGAUUUAUCCUUCACAAUUUGUGUCUCUGCUUAGUUAUUCACUCGUCUGGAAGGUUGUUCUGAAAAGUUUAUAAUCUUCAGAAGGUCUCUCUCAGGACUGCCUUGGAAGAAAUUGCAGGGGUUAAGAACGAAAAGCUCAGUUUUCCCUUGUGGUCGCAGCAAAUUAAACAGGGACAGCAAAAUAUCACAGGAGGAGAGAAGGGAGCAUCACUCAUUUCUAAUAUUCAGGCUGCCUCUUGCAGCCUCUUUCUCGAGUGAAUAACAUUCCCACUGUUCUCUGGCAUUCUUCCCACUUCUGCCCCAAUUACAAUAAUUCUCUUGGGUAACAGCCAUGUGUGUGAGGGGGGGGGGAUAUCUUUGAGCCCUUUUUAACGGGCUGGCAUACGAUCUUAUUUUGCCUGUCAUUCCAAACCAAGUAUUCCUUCCCAUAGGAAUGGAUCCAGUUUCAGUGUGCUGGCACUAUAAGGCCGAAAACAGUAACUGAAGCAUUGUCACAAUUAAUACAUCAGUUUGUUAACAGCAAAUAAAAUUUGGACAAGUUACAUAAACAAUAUCAACACAAGGCUCUCUCCCCCUCCCCCCCAUUUACAUAAUGGUCUGCAUUCUGGGCAAUAGCUGGGUAAUCUAUUGUGAGAAAAUAUGUAAUCACUAGGAAUAAGGAGUUUUCCCCUCCAACCCUUCAGGUAGCAGAGAGAUGGGGAACCUUCAGGCCAAAAUGCAAUCCUCAGGCUUAUCUGUCUGAGCCUCCCCAGGACACAAACCCUCACCAGUCACACCUGUUUGCCCAGGCCAUCUUUCACCAUUCCUACUUUGCAUGAUCAUUGAGUGUUUCUGCCUGGCUAGAAUGUGUCCUUGGUCUCUGAUAAUUUAUCAGAUGUUGUCACUUCCCCCAUUUAGUAUAAAUCUGCACCAGGGACUAGCUUCUGCUCAGUUCAUGUUGGGACUGCAGGUGUCAGGUGUGCUGAUGGAACAUGCCUGAGGUUUAAGAAGACCCCUCUGUCUAAAAGCCUGCUAUCAACCCAUGCUCCCAACGUAGGUGGGAAGGUUUAUCGUAUGCAGGAUUUACCAACGCAAACAAACAUUUGGGCAUUGAUGUAACCUUGAAUCCAUCGUUUUAUAUAACUUCUCCAUGGUGAGGUAUCUUCCUGAUACGCAGAUUACAUACUUUACUUCUAUCCGUAGUACUGUGAAUCUCCCAUCAAACAACCUGCUGAACUGAGACAUUAAGUUGGUGUGCACCCACUGUGUAGGCAACAUUUUAAAUAGCUCCCCUUGUUGGUUACUUCUGUGUACACCACUCUGUGGUACAUGAUUCUGCAGGGAAUCAUUUAAAACAGCCUCCAUCGGCAGCUGUUUUGUGUGCAUUGAUCCUUGCAGUUCUCUGUGGCAUGCACAUCUGGCUUUACCAACUCAUUUGCACAUGUGGGCGGGGCAGGGUGUUUGCAUGAAAAACAUGGCUUUUAGUGCCAGAGGCAGAAAAACCAAAUGAUAGCCCCAUAUAUAAAACACAAACAGUGUUUUAUAGUGUUGUAAAAAAAAAUCUGCCCUUUUCUCCUUAUGGGGUAUCCAAGAGCCCAUACAGAGAUAAUAAACGCUAAACUAUUUGCUGCACUUUAAUCAGUCACCUGCUGCCUUAUUGCUUAAGGUUGGCGUCAUCAUGUGAACCAAUUUUGUUUUCUGUGAUGCGGCAAUUUUAUGUUUUUGCAGAGGAGAGGAACUAUUUCACACAUCCUCUCCCUAUGAUAAUGAAGUGGUGAUGUCACCUGUGCAUGUUGCACUGAGUAUUGUUGUCCCAUUUCCUCAUGGUACCUAUGCUGGCCAGGCUGGUGCCAUGAUUUCACCAGUCUGAUUUUCAAUUGCAUUAAUCCAAUAUAUAGGUGGGAGGGAAUAGGUUCCGUUAUAAUUUCCAAUCUGCAUGAGUUUCUGGUUGACUGUCCCUGCAGACACGGACACUGGAAGCUAGAAAUUUGUUCCUAUUCAACUAGGUAAACAUGAGCACUGUGUCAAGGAUCCUGCACCAGUACAAUUCCACGUGCCCCUGAGUAUUGAUGAUGCCAGACAAACUCAUGCCAGUUGCAUAUCAUGUUGCAGAUAUAACAAAACUGGAGUGAACUGCAGAUGGCCAUUAAAGUGUGAUAAAAUAGCUAGCAUAAAAAUUGUCUUUGCCACCACUUGGCGCCCCAAAACUAGUUUUUCUGGAGUUGUCUACUAGACCUUGAGAAAGCUGCUGCCAGUUGCUGGCUGCUAGAUAGGUCAGUGGUCCGACUCAGUGUCAUAUGUGUCCAAGUUUCAGACGUUGCUCACUUUGCGGAGCUUCCUUCAUGCUUCUUAAAAACCUGUGAGAAAUAGCAUUUGAUUGUCUUUUGAUGGUGAUGCAUAAUGUGUCUUGUUUUCACGGUUAUAUAUAAUCCUUCCUAUACCUUCCCAGGACGUGGGGAAGAUUUUUCCUUUUGUUUAGAAAGUUAACUCGGUGACAGGGGAGUCAGUAAAAUCCAGAAACCUAUGGAGGAAGAAACAUUAGGUUGGCACUUGACUGGAGAGUACAGUUUUAUCCGUUCCCAGGCAUUUUGGAGAGUUAGACUAACUAUUCCCACCGGCUGCCUCCUUGCCAGUGGCAGUCUCUGUGUGAUUCUGCAAGAUAAAGACAUUCCAAGCCACCUGGACAUUCCAGGAGUGCUUUGGGGCUUAGUCAUUUUAGCACAGAAAAGAAGAAUGCAGGCCUGGGGAUUGGGAUGGGGGGGGGAGUAGUCCUGCCUGCAUUCUUCACCCUCUGACCUGCUUUGCCCCGGGAUAUAUUGCAUUUACAGUGCUAUGUCCUGUGUGGGAUGCGGAUAGAGACUGCUUGGAAACUCAGAUUUCUUACCUGACACUACUGGGCCCAGAACAUAUUUGGUGUAUUAAAUUCCUGUGUGGGUAUUGCACUUAUUCUGCUUUCCUAAAUCCACAAUAAACCAUUCAGAAUUCAGCACUUCUGCAGUUUGGCAUGACUUAGUUUCUUCUAGGAGAGACAGCAGCUUUACAUAAUUUGGUAGAGUGAUGGAGUGUGGCUUUGAACAUCCUCUCAAUCAAGUCUUGCUAGCUACAAUUUCUGUAAGAGCCUGAGCUCGCUGCUUCUGAAGUCACUGGGUUGUAGCCAUUGCUCAGAACAGAUACGACUUACUUAGGUCCAUUGAUUUCUAUACUUGCUUACUGCAAGUAUAAUGUAGUUGGAUAAAACCCAGCAUGGUAUGAACAUGUGUGCCCACGAAUCCUAGGCUGCAAGUAGAAUUACAAAGUAAGAUACAUUUCCUUACAGCAUAUUUUACUCGGUUCUGAUCUCUUCUACAUCCUUCUCCAAUAAGCAGUUGGUUAAUAGACAUAAUGGCCCCAAUCUUACAACCAUGGUUAAAAAAUUUGGAGCAGGCUGUGCAUUGAUUCCACCCCUUCUUGUGAAACCGGAAAAUUAUUAAUUCCCUAUAAAGUGGUCUCAGCCUCGUAGGGAUGACCAAACCCUCGGAAGAUACAUACCUUAAUGUUGGUGUUGAUAUUUUAGGUAGGAGGGGUGUAAUUUGCCUGUGGUGAGGGGAGCGCAGGAGAUCACAACUGGCUUCUGAUCUCCAAACUGUUAAGAGAGCGGCCCAUUGUGCCUGUGCUAAACCCAUGGUCAUAGCCAGGAUUUAUGUUGGGUGGGGGAGGAAGCAGAAUCAACACAACUGGUCAGUUAGUUAAGUAUUUGUAUUUAUUUAUUUGAUUGGGGAGCAGCUGCCUCCCCCCACCUCCACCCUCCCCUUGGCUACGCCCAUGACUAAAGCUAUUGAGAGCGACUAAAGCUAAGUUUGUUAAAUGUGUGUUUCACAUUUCUUUGCCUUUACAUUUCUGCUUGAUGGAGGAGUUCUGUGCAACUCAGAAGAUUGCAUAAUCCUCAGACUACAUUGCCUUACCUAUUCUGCAUAGUUUAGCUUAUCCAACCAAGUAGCAGUUUGUCUACGGACUUCAGAUACAGCAUGUUUGUGUCCUUUUCUAGGAUAUAGUUUCUCCUUCAUUUCUUAUUCUCUCCCACCACCACCCCUGGGCUGCAUGUAUGUACUCUAAUGUUAUAUGUUCCUAGUAUUGCUUUAUGCUCUGUGCGUUUUUUAAAAAAACUUUUGCUUUUGAGCUAUGUGUUCCCUUUUUAUUAUCACAAUUUUUCUUUUUUUGUUUUGUUUUGUUUUUGUGUGCCUAUUUCCUCCCCAUUCCCAACCCUGCUUUCUUGGACUUCCAAUGCUUCAUACAGCAGCCAGAUUUGGUUCAGAUUCAAAUGGCUCCAAAGGUAUUUUCAAUGGGUACUUGACAUGCCUUUUUAAGUAAGGAAAUUCCUUAUUUAAAAGGAUCUUGUGUUAUUUGUCAUUUAACCAAACUAAUAAGGUGCCAGCUGUGGAAUCUCAGAUAAUGACACAGUUCAGUUGCUAUGGAGACCACCUUAUUUGCUUGAGUUAUCCUCAUUACCGGCACUCCAGUCAUGGGUUGAAGAGCUCGCUGCAAAGAAAUCCUGCAUUGUUUGAUUGGAAUAUAUCACAUAAAUCAUGCAAAACUGUUUUUGUUGGGUGAAUAGGUUUUUAUUUAAUCAACAUCCUCUUCUUUUUGUCUAAGCCAGGAUGGCCAAUCCAUGUUCUGCAAGCUAGGGAUGGGCACUUCUGUCUAUUUUGGUCUGUGUCCCUUUUGCAUGGUUUCACCUGUAAUUCCAUUCUGAUUCAUUUCCACAUUAAUCUGAUUUUUAAUUUUUGUAAAAAAAAUCCUCUCAAUAUUUAUUUAAGUAUGCAUUUUAAUACAUAUGUAAAUGUAAUUUGAAAGAAUAUAGAUAUUUAAAAGUGUAUUUUGAGACAUUUACAUGUCCAAGAACAGUGUUGCAACUUUUGGAGAACUGCAAAAUACAAAGAAUAGCAAAAUUCCAACCUGCAGAUUGACCCCAAGUUAUUUGUGCAGGAAUUCACAAAGGCUGAAUUCCUCAAGCAUUUCUAGUGCAAAUCAGAUUUGGCUCCCAGCAGCCCUACCAAAUUUGAAUCAAUGUAAGCUUAAGCCACCUUGACAGAAUUUUUAUUCAGAAAGGUGGGAUAUAAAUGCCUUAACAUAAAUAACAUAAAUAAUAACAACAUUUCAUAAACUGUAUGUAUUUUUUGUACAUUUAAUGUUGCUUUCUCUUAUACCUUCUGGAAAAGCAAAGGGAUUACCUACUGAUCAGCUUCGAGGGGAGGGGCAAGAUUGUUCAGGAAGUACCUUCAUGUACACACACACACACACACACACACACAAACCUGUUGGUUACCAUCAACUUCUUUGUCACGUUUCACCAUCCACGAAGGGGUUGCAGAAUUCUGACCCACAAGCAAACAUAGAGUAGGCCACAAGUAUACAGUUUGACUAGCCCUAGUCUAAGCAGUGGGGUCAAGAGGAGCUGGAUUGGAAUCAACAGGGGAGUUUGGGGAUGCCAGUGAGUUGGGAAGGUAAUUUGACCUAUUUUGUCUUCACUGAUAUAUUCCUUUGUUUUGUGUUUUGCAGGGAAGGAGAUUGGUGGCUGGCUCACUCGCUCACAACUGGCCAGAAAGGCUACAUCCCCAGUAACUAUGUUGCACCCUCAGACUCCAUCCAGGCUGAAGAGUAAUUGAAAUAUUUUAGAUAGUUUUGAUAAACAGUGCAAUGCUUCUGCCAAGCCUUCUAGCUUCUAACCCAAGCCUUCUAGCCAUAACGGUCAGGGGCGCCCCACAUUUCCCCAGAUAAUUCCUGACUUUGUGUCAGUAGGAUAGUUCACACAUGUAUUUAUCCUUUAGUUGCUGUGUGGAAGAGUGGUCUCAGACUGAACACUGGAUCUAGAAUUCUCGUAUCACUUUGGACACAAUGCUCUGAGGUUGAAUCAGUUCACUCAUACAGCUUUAAGCCAACUUCAGUGGUCAAGAGUGGAGUAAUUGAGUGAUGUGUAUUGCUAACUUGCUGGCCUUUAAGAUAUGAUUAGUCUUGCCUUCCUAUUAGAUGUUCAGCGCCAUUUUUGAAAAACACUGGUUUCUUCUGUGGGAAAAAACACACUAGUGAAUGCCACAAUAUCUGAAAAAAAUAAUGUCAAUGAUUGUAUAAAUCACAUGGAUCUCUAAGAGAGAGACCUAACCAUUCGUGAACAGUUUACUAUGUGUUUCUCACUCCCUACACCUGGCUUGGGGAACUUCUGGCCUUCAAGAUGUUGUUUGACUACAACUCCCAUCAUCCCUCACCAUUGACCAUGCUGGCUGAGGAUAAUGGGAGCUAGAGUCCAACCACCUCUAGAGGGUGACACGUCCCCUGGCUCUGCCCUCAGUGAACCUUUCAUACCAUUCAGUUCUGUUUAUGAUGUACAGUUCCUAAUGUCCUGCAUGUACCUACUGAAGCUAUUCAGUUUAUUUAAUACUGAAGUUUGCUUUCCAACUAAGUCACUUUUGGAUAGUGCACUACUGGAUAUUUCCACUUUACUAGUAGGUACUAAAUUUUUGAACUUCUGGGCAGUUUAGCAUUUGACAGAAAUGUUUAUGACCAUAAAAAAAAUAUGAGCUUGCUCUAUGGUUUGUUAGCUAUAAAAACUCAUUUAUACAUGGAGGUUACCAUUUAUCAUUAUAGUGGAAUAAGCAUUUAUGUAUGAGUGCUACCAUGAUACUGGUGUGCUUCUUAGAAUGGGUUCAGAAUCGUCCACAUUUUUGCACAACGUCCAGGAAAAUUUCACAGGAUUUUGAAACACCUCCCAACUUUGUGGCCUGUUUCUCCAAUCCUCGGAUGACAUUUUGGAACAGGUUUUGUUUUUCACAUUGCAGCUUUUGUGGCAAGGAGAAUCUAGAAAACUGUGGGGACGAACCCCCCUACUUUCCAGUGAUCUAACUUAAUAUCUGUAGAUGGAAUAAAAGUCUGUAAAUGAGAACUCCUUCAUACAAAAUGCUUCCCCCCCCCCCACUGAUAUUACCCCCGUGUAAGAAACAGUGUGUACAAAAGGAGCUGCAGAUGAUCAGGCCCUUCUUAGAGAAACACUGUAGAAUGAGUAUUUAACACUUCUGAGGCCUGGUCUGGCCCAAAGAUGCCUCUCACAGAACCAUGGAUCAGGACAAUGUUUUCCUGGCAUGAAAACAUAUGAGCUUCCUUCAGCCUUGGCGUUCACAUAUUUAUCAGGCUUUAAGGAGUUAAGAAUCUAGCAGCCCUUGGCACAAUUUAGUGCAUUUCAGAAUGUCGUCUUUUAUCCUAGGAUAAGUGAUUUAUGUAAGAACGUAAAAAGAGCUCUGCUGGAUCAGAACAAAUGCCCAUCUAUUUUAGUAUUGUUUUUUUGGAAGAGGCUAGUCAGAUGCCUCUGGGAAACCCACAAGCAGUGUGUGGAGUGUUCCUAUGCAAUGCCUUCCUCCAGAAAACUGAAAUCUUAUUCUCCCAUAACUUGCAUUUUCCAGUUUUCCCCCAACAGUCAGUCAGCAUUUUAUAUUGACUGUAAAGGGUAAAGGGACCCCUGACCAUUAGGUCCAGUCAUGGCCGACUCUGGGGUUGCGGCGCUCAUCUCGCUUUAUUGGCCAAGGGAGCCAGCGUACAGCUUCCUGGUCAUGUGGUCAGCAUGACUAAGCCGCUUCUGGCGAACCAGAGCAGUGCACGGAAACGCCGUUUACCUUCCCGCCGGAGUGGUACCUAUUUAUCUACUUGCACUUUGACGUGCUUUCGAACUGCUAGGUUGGCAGGAGCAGAGACCAAGCAAUGGGAGCUCACCCCGUUGCGGGGAUUCGAACCGCCGACCUUCUGAUCGGCAAGUCCUAGGCUCUGUGGUUUAACCCACAGCACCACCCGCAUCCUUAUUUGCACAUUUUUGGGUUCCCCCAUUUAGUUUCUCCCCCCCCCCCGCCCCCAAUGAUAUGUUACUUCUACAAACCUUCCCCCAAGCCUAACAAUACCGUUUUUGUUUGUGGGCAGUGGUAUUUUGGUAACAUAAGCAAUGGCAUUCAUACUUAAACAUUGGAAAUAGGAAUUGUAGCCUUUAUACUCCAUGAAUUUGUCUAAAAUCCUCUUUUAAAGCCAAGUGAGUCAGUGGUUUUCAUCACAUCUUAUGACAGUGAUUUUUCACAUAUGGGUUAUGCAUUGUUGCACUUCUUUUUUUUUUGGUCUGUCCUGAACCUACUAAUUAAUUUCAGAGUUGCAAGGUAUUCCUGGGGAGGUCAUAAUUAUUCUUAUAUUUUAUAGAGCCCUACUUUCAAGCUCUUGACCCAAAGUAUGAGGGCUUAGCACUUCAGUUCAGACAUUCAGAAGAAAAGUGUGUAGUGUUGCUUCCUGUUGGUCAAAAUAAUAAUAAGAUGAUUAAUCCUUCAGUAUUUAAAAAAAGUUAACAGUGACUGGAAGAACUUGGGAAAAUGGGAUCUCUCCCAUGCUCAUGUGUAUUCCACUAUUGUAGGUGGUAUUUUGGCAAGAUAACCCGCCGAGAGUCAGAACGGUUACUACUCAAUCCAGAGAAUCCCCGGGGGACAUUCUUGGCAAGAGAAAGUGAGACAACAAAAGGUAAUGGCAAUUUAUUAAGAAAGUUAACAUCUCUCGAAAUAGCAGUUUCUAUGAGACAACCUGGUGUUCAGAGCUCACUUCCCUUGCAUCCGGGACAGUAUUGGGUUUUCCAUGUUCUUAAAAGACCGCUUCCUAAACUUCUGAUAACCAAAGUGCAUUCUUUCUUUCCGAAUUUAAAUUGGGAAGUAAAGCCCAAAAGACUUACUUUAGCAGGUGUAAGAAUUAGGUGGCCUCAGAUGAUCAAUAAAGUGUGUUUCUGGGUGAGUCGCCAUUCUGGGUGUGCGUCUCGACUCAACCAGAGAUGCACUAAAGAACUAUUCCAAGUGCAGGUAUUUCUGCUGCAAAGGGAGGGUGAGGAGGGGCCUACAGACACAAGGAUAUGGACAGCCUUGGGCUGCUGAAACUACUUGGGGAAAGUUCAGAGUGCUAGUAUGAACUUGCCCCAGCUGGGUUCUUAUCUUGAGAUACUUAACUAUGAUAAUAACAAGCAAUAAUAACUGGUGAGUAACGCUGGCAGUUCAGCAUUAUAGCUGCCACAAAUGUGCAUGGACUCACUUUUAAUGGAAGUUUACAGCAUUGGAAGUUUUCAAUUCCAGAACCCUGGUCCUUUUUCGUUCUGGCCCAAGGCUCUUAAUAUCAGGUAUCUUAACCCAAGAGUGUGUGUUAUUACUAUGUCCAUGUUCCCCUCCUCACCCUCACCCUCUCUCCUUGUAUGCUAUCCAUAGUCUGUUCUGUCAACCAAGCAGUACUCUCUCUGACUCCUGCCCUGUUCUGAUUUGAUUGGUGGAGAACUGGAUGGGAUUUAAAUAUCUAACAUAAACAGAGAUUCUGGUCCUGUGCCUGUCCUCUUUACAAAGGAAUGGGGCUGAAACUGGGUCACUGAGCUGGGAAUAGCUGGGUAACCAAUGGCAACAAGGAACUCUGCAGUUCCCUCCUAUCCUUGCUGCCAGGGGCAGUUUGUUGUUGCGUUUAUAGGAGUGGUUUAAUGAAGUUUGUGCUUGGGUGUGAGUGGCAUUGUAGGAACCAGUUGGUGGUAGCAACACACGCGUGCCAGAAAUAAAAGCCAUGCGAGCAGAGUUUAGCUGUGGAUGUCCUUCCUAUUUCUGUCCUAUGUGACUGGCAUGUCAAGACGGGCAUAAGCACAUGGAGGGAUCAAGCAUCAUUGCUGUGAACAGGUCAGAUAUUUAUUAGAGUGAGGAGAGAUGCACUGGAGAUAUAGUAGGAGUGGUUACUUCAGCAGUGACAGAAUGUCUGCCAGGCACAUUCUGUUCAAUAUAUUCAACUCAAGAUUUCUCUGCUCUUCUCUGAAAUUAUCUCCAAUGUCAUAUAUACAAAAUCGUCGUGUGCGAUCAGCCCAGGAAACUAACUUCUAGUUCUUGUGGAUGUGAGAAUAGAUUUGAGAACGGGCAAGCAGUGCCUCUUUAGUUGUACAAGCUGGAAAAAAGGCUAAGUAAGAUUUCCAGAUGUUGGAGGAAGACCUUGGUGCUGUGCAUGAUCCCUAGCUCCUCCUCAUGACUAGUAGAAUCAUUACAAACCUAAACAAAAUAAGGAAAAACAUGCUUAAUUUGAAUAAUUCAUGCAGGUUGCAGAGUUCAGCUUUUUCUCACUUCAGAAUCUGGGUACCUGGUGCUGUUGCCAAUUAUCUCUGCAUAGAAAGUUUUGCUCAUGCAACCUCUGUAACCUGGUGGUUUAUUAUGUUGUGGAUAUUUUUGCCUGGAGCUAAAGUUGGGAGCUGACAUACAAAUAAUGUGUGAUGUGUGAGACACUCUGUGGCUAGCCACAGAGCAGAAGGAAUGGGGUGGUGGUGAUUCCAUUGAGGACAAAAGCAGCAGCCAAUGUGGCCAGGAUGUCUUUGGUACCUAGCUAGGUAUUUGUCUUCCUAACAGGGAUCACUCUCUAAGGAAAUUCAUUUGCACAACAGAAGCUCCAGUUUCUUUUCUCCCUCCCCCCAACCUCCAGAGGGGGUCCCCAUCUGCUCUGGAGGGCCCCCCCUCUGGAGCAGAUGUUAGGAGCAUACUAGAAGCCAAAGGAGAGGAAGAGUUAAUACUGUAAUCCUAUGCUUUACUAAUGGCCUUAAACUUUACAGAACAUUAAUAUCCCAUUCAGGUACUAAAUAGUUCGUUCACAUUAUUAAUUGCAGUCAAUGUGUUGCGGGUAACACACAAGAAAUUGAGGACUGACCUCUUUUAAAAAGCCAGUUUCAAAAAUACUGCUGUCCUGUGUUUUGAAAACCUUUGCCCAAUAAUCCUAGCUUCCACAGAACUUGUGUCAGCUUUUGGGUGUUAAUGCAACAGCAGUUUCCCCAUAUAAUUGGUGCAUAGCAUUAGCAAUACAGGAAGAAAGCACAGUUCCCUAUAGAUUUGCUGCCAGUACCUAUUUCCCUCCCCUUGAGGUGCUGCAGCAAAGGUCUCUGAGCUUUACGUUAACCCUGCACAAAUUAGCUGCUGAAGUUUGACAGGAUCAGAGUGGAGGCUGAGCCAGCUGGAGGGCAUAAUUAGACAGACUUGGCCUUGCCAGCUGCUUUUGUUCUUCAAAGGUAUCUACUCUGCAUCCUGCCCCCCUCCCUUCAUGUGAAUUCUGCUGUGAAGUUACUAACCUGCUGACGGCAGCACCAGCUUCCUUUCAUGGACAUGUCAUGAAGACAUGUGAGAGGCUUCCUUGAAAACCUGUGUGUUCAACAUUUCCCCCAUCCUAAAGCGCCACAAGGAAAUGAUUAGUAGAUAAGGUUUUUAAUAUAUUAGUUUUCCUAUACUGUACUUUGUUCUCAUUUUUUACUGCUGGCUGAAUCAGGGUAUAUGCAUAUGCUACAUAGGAACAUGGGAAGCUGCUUUUUAUUGAGCUGGACCAUCUAGGUCCAUCUAGCUGAGUACUGUCAAUGUUGAUAGACAACGUACUUCUAGAAUCUCAGGCGGGUCUCUCCCAGACCUACCUGGAGAUGCCAGAGACUGAGCCUGGGACCUUUGGUUUGCAAAGAAGCAUAGCUGUCAACCGUCCCUUAUUUGGUGGGAAAGUCCCUUAUCCCAACGCCGUGUCCCGCUGCUGUCCCUUAUUGAUGAUGUCCCUUAAAUUUCCCGGGUUUCAAAGGAAGCAGCUCCUCUCCCUCCCUCCCUGCUGGCCAGGGAGGAGGGAGGCUCCAACUGUGUUGCUUGGCUGCGUUGCUCACCCAAUAAGGAGUCUAAGAACGACUGGGGGGUGGAGCUUGCAUGCCUUGUGCCGAUCAAAUCGGCCGCAUUGCCUGGGGACUUGCCUUUGCUCAGCGCUUCCCAGCGGAGAGGUGACAGUGGUUUUCCUUGCUGCAUCCCCUUUGCCGGGUUGCUGCGCUGUGGGAACCACCGCUUGAGGCUUCGUUUGGCUGCUGGCUGGGUUUUGGAAAAUCCCUUAUUUUGUGCUGCUGAUCCCUUAUUUUUGAGGCUGCUGGUCCCUUAUUUUCAAAUCUGUAAGUUGACAGCUAUGAAGAAGACAUCUGAAGGCAGCCCUGUUUAGGGAAGUUUUUAAUGACUAAUGUCUUAAUGUAUUUUUAAUCUUUUUGUUGGAAGCCGCCCAGAGUGGCUGGAGAAACCCAGCCAGUUGGGCAGGGUAUUAUUAUUAUUAUUAUUAUUAUUAUUAUUAUUAUUCAGGGACUCUACCACUGAGCUACAGUCCUUCGCUUCUUUGUUCCUUGGGCAUCUAAACCAGGGUUUCCCAAACCUGGGUCUCUAACUGUUUUUGGACUACAGCUCCCAUCAUCUCUGACCACUGGUCCUGCUAGCUAGGGAUGAUGGGAGUUGUUAUCCAAAAACAACUGGAGACCCAAGUUUGGGAAACAUUGAUCUGAACUUCUGCAGCAUUGUUAAUAUUUUAUUCUAACCUUUGAAAUAAUGAAUAACACUAUCCUCUUGGUAGUCAGUUCUGCUAAACAGUGGCUGCAAAGUAUCUCUUAAACCCAAUCCUGAGCUGUGUCCGCUUUUUCUUGGUAGGUGCCUACUGCCUCUCUGUCUCAGAUUUUGACAAUGCCAAGGGACUCAACGUGAAGCAUUACAAGAUCCGCAAGCUGGACAACGGUGGCUUCUACAUCACUUCCCGCACACAGUUCAGCAGCCUUCAGCAACUGGUGGCCUAUUACUCCAGUAAGUUCCAUUUCAGGUUCUGAUAAUGCAGGAUUUCUUUGCAGAAUACAGAGGCUCUGUCUAAGGUGCCUUGAACUAAAAAGCAAAAGUGAACAUACUUGGAUAGCAUCUUAUGGGCACCAUAUGUGCUUACAGAGAUUGCCACCCACUACCAUAAAACAGCAUAUUGGCUUCUUAUAUUGGCUCCCUGUAUAUUAUUCCAUGAUAAUUAAGCAGACUGAUCCAUCAUGAUCUUGAGCAUCAGUGUGUCUAGCUUGUAACCAGAAGGUUGGUGGUUCGAGCCCACCCAGGGACGGCUGUGGGCAGAAUUUCCUGCAUUGCAGGGGGUUGGACUAGAUGACCCUGAGGACCCUUCCAACUCUAGAGUUCUAUGAUUCCAUGAAAUCAAAAGGUUGUAAUGGUGUUAUAAUCAAGCUGCCACUGCACCACAAAGCUGCAAAUCUCAGUUUGCCUGACAUCAAGCAGGAUGGCAAGGCUGAACAAGGUGACCCUUUCAAGAGGUUUCUGCUGCAGAAGAAAAUAAGUUGGAAAGAUACAUAUUUUCUGGAUGCUUCUGACUUGGGUAAAACACUGGCACAGUGUUAGAGACAGGAAGUGAUUGUCAGGUGACAGUGAAGAAUGGUAAACAGUGCAAGAGAGAGAUGGGAUGAAAAAAGAAAGUCGGUUUACAUUUGGUAAUCGAGAUGGUAGGGAAAAGAAGCUGGACAGCUUCUUGGAUGAUGUUCUUGUUAGGAUAUUUCCGUUCCACCUUAAAAGGGAGCAGGCUUUGUGAGUCAGAGUCUGCGUAUUUCCUGUUUCCACAGGAUGUUUCUGUUGUGUCUUUUGUUUUCGCUCUCUGUGUCUGGAGACACUGAAGCAGGCAGUCAUGUUUUUCUUUGUUCUGAUCAACGCUGAAUAAAACUUGUAAAUAAUGCUCUCCUGAGUGUGACUUUUGCUGUGCAUUAUCUGCUCACAGAGCGUGCAUUGAGUUCUGGAAUGUGGCAGGCUAUUUCUGGAGCUCAUGUCGCUAAUUGCUGAUACUGCGUGCCUACGGGAGAUCGACGGACGUCCGGACACGGCUUGGGGGCCAUGAUGGACUUUGUCUCCCUGGCAGUAUCCCAACAGUUCUGUCUUCAGACAUAGAUGGUUCUGAUCAUGUUGGUAGUACUUCACUGCAUCCAAGAAAAUAUGCAGUUCCUAAUUUAAUUAUGGGAUUAUUGUUUGCUGUGAACUGGCCCUAAGCUGACCUGCCACUUACUGAGUCCCAACUGAACAACCAUUCAGUUCUCUUCAGAGCUGCAAGAUAUUAGUUGUUUCCAACAAUGUGGACUUCUAGCUGAUAAUGUAGAAUUGUGGGCAAUUAUGAAAUGGUUAUAAGAUUCUGGCAGCAACCUGGAAAUUCUGGUGGGCAAUCAGUAUGAAAUCAGACCAAGGCAUAUAUAUCUGCCUUUUGUAACUGUAUUUUAAGAUUUUAAAAUCUUUCUUUUCUUAGCAUGGUAAGAUGUUUGAUAAAUCAUAGAUAGUGCUUCUGAACUUGUGAUAAGUUUCUUUCUCUUACAUUGGAGUCAGUAUCUGGCAUUAGGAACCUGGUUCUAAGAAGGCUCUUUUUGGGAAAUUACUGUUUUUUGCAAUUUCUUUUCUCUGAGUUAGGUAGAACAAAUAAGUAGGGCAAUGAAUCCUUAUAGGAAAUACAGUCUGAGACACCUUAGAAAGUGUUCUGGUGCUUGUUCCGUGCUUGUCCCAUUUAAGUGCUUCCUUGGGAUUUGAAGAACAUUUUAUAUAGAAAAAUCACACACACACACACACACACACACACACACAGAGGGAGAGAGAAAGUAUAAGAAAUAGAGACUCAAGGAGAUUCAAACUGGGUUUGAGAAGGAGAGAAAUAGUUCCAUAUUCUUAAGACACAUUUCACUUAAAGUGAUGUUUCUUAUGCCUUAUUGUGAUAUCUGUGUUCCUCUUCCCCAGAACAUGCAGAUGGCUUGUGUCAUCGUCUCACCAACGUCUGCCCAACCAGCAAGCCUCAAACACAAGGUCUGGCAAAAGAUGCUUGGGAAAUCCCCCGGGAGUCACUGCGGUUAGAGGUGAAGCUUGGGCAAGGCUGUUUUGGAGAAGUGUGGAUGGGUAAGGAUUUCUAGCAGGUACCUGAGCCACAAAGUUCACCUUCUAGUCCAAUGGGCAUAUUUCAGGCCAUGUCUUUCAGCAAGGGGAAAUUAGGCAAGGCCCCCGGCUGCACAAACUGUAGGAGGCAUGGUACCAGCUUAAGUGUUCAUCCGUGAAAAGGAUGCCUUGUUAAUCUACUUAUAUUUCUACUCCAGGGACCUGGAAUGGCACCACCAGGGUGGCAAUAAAGACUCUGAAACCUGGGACAAUGUCUCCAGAGGCAUUUCUGCAGGAGGCACAGGUCAUGAAGAAGCUGCGCCAUGAGAAGCUUGUUCAACUCUACGCUGUGGUUUCGGAGGAACCCAUUUAUAUUGUAACAGAAUACAUGUGUAAAGGUGAGCAAUGUAUUAAGGGCAGUGUACUGGAUGCCUUGUUUGGAUGGUCUCUCCCUCAGACUGAAAGGGCAAAAUUAAAUGGGCUAGAAAUCUAAUGUUGGGAGCAGAAACAUUUUACCUCAUCAUUCGGAACAGGUAGCAUUUGGAAAAUGAGUUUGUCAAUUAGGCAUCAUCUAAGCACCAAUUCACAUAACCCAGGCAUGGCCAAACUUGGCCUACCAGAUGUUUUGGGACUACAAGUCCCAUCAUCCCUAGCCAACAGGACCAGUGGUCAUGAAUAAUGGGAAUUGUAGACCCAAAACAUCUGGUGGGCCAAGUUUGGCCAUGACUGACCUAACCAAAUGGAUGUGUUAUAGAUGUGGGCUGAAUGGAUUUACGUGGUUGUUUGUGUGGUUUUAUUGUAUCUGUGUGGGGUUUAUUAUCUGUUUGUAAGUUGCUUUGGGUAGCUCUAGGCAAGAUAAAAGUGACUUUAACCAAUUUAAUAAAUAAGAAUAAGCACUGAAGAGGCCUGGUGAUUGUUUGGCAAACCACUGACUUACAAUUCAACCCUUGCUUCCCAUGUUGCUGCAACAUUUGAGGAGUGUAAAUUACAAUUCAGUCAAGAUGUGAGAAAAAACUAAUGAAGGGUUUUUGUUAAGGCUUAAAUUCUUACUACACUCUUUAAAAAGCAGCUUGUUGGCUCAGUUAAAUUGUAUUGUUUGCUCUGUGAGAUUGAAACAGCUGCAAAUUCUGCAGAGGGAAAACAUCUGCAAGGGUUUAGGGCUUGCUCCAACUUCAAUUACUGACAAUUGUAUGUUCUGCUCUAGGGAGCCUCCUGGAUUUCUUGAAAGGGGAGAUGGGCAAGUACUUGAGGUUGCCCCAACUGGUAGAUAUGGCGGCUCAGGUGAGUGUAGCAUGCUUUAAGAGCCAAUCUACAUAUGCUGUAGGCUUGUAGGAUGCUGCUUUUCCAGAUCUGUAUGACUCCAGGCUGCUGGUGGAGGAUUGCCUAUUUUGCAUGUUUGCCUAUAAUAGUAUCUCCCUGCAUACAAAUAUUUAGCAAGACAACUAGCUGUUGUAAAAUCUGUCUCCCUGACAUGCUGCUUUUCUGUUGGCGGGGGUGUUAUUGGGGAAGCAUUUUCCAGGGCCCUUUGGUUUCCUUUAAACCAAUGUAAGAUCUCUGACCAUGUCUCUCUCCCUUUUUGGCAUUCAUGCCUCUUCCCAUAUCUCAUUUUCUGUGUGCGCCAGCUGAGACAGAGGGCUGGUGAACAUCUGUUUCAGUCAGUGCCACAUUAGCAGCUAUGCAGGAUAGGCAGCCCACAUGAUAUUGGCUGACAAAUACUUCAUUUUUCAUAGGUUUAGCUUUAUUCAGCCCCUCUGCUUUCAAGAGAACUGUAGGCUCAUUUGACUCCAAGUUCAUUGCUUUUGCUGGUUGGUUUGACAUUUAACACUAACACACACACACACACACACACACACACACACACACGGCUUUACUACAUUAGUCUAUAUCUUCAUAAGUUACCUGGAUCCUGGUAACCCUGGGCUGAAUAGAGCUGGCUGAUUUGACUAAUGCUUUACAGGUAAGCUCUGAUAGAUCAUAAUAAUCAUUCACGCAAAUUCGUAAUUGUCAGGGGUUCAGGAGCAGAGGCACAGGAAAGGGAGGAAAUAGAGAGCGAGGGGGAGGAGUCCGAAGGAAAUGUUAGCGAUGACAGCGGUCCGAGGUCUCUGAGUCUUUCCAGCGAAUCGGAAGAUUCCACAGAAAGUGCCAUUCAGGCAAAGGGGGUGCCGGGGACACCCCCCAGGAAGAAGAAGACGGAAGGGGACUCAGAGGCAGCAGUUGGAAGUCAGGACCAGCGUCCACACCAGGUGCAGUAGGGGGAGGGUCCCAGGCAUGGGAUCAGGCGUGCCCUGCCAGUGGGAGGACAUGAGUCCCAGGAUUCCAUUGCGCCUCCAUCGGGGAGCGGAAGCGGUCGAGGAGGUUGAAGGCUGGGCGCGCGCAUGGGGUUCAAAUGUACAGGAGGGGCGCGCAGUUGGCAGCCCGGAUGGGGCAGGUCCCAAAGCCCGCGAAAGGGGAGGAGUCAGGGGUCAGCGUCAGAAGAGUCCAGGAGGAAGGUUUGGGGUGCAGGACCCAGAGGAGAAAGGAGGCAAUGCUGAGAGGUGGAGUAAGGCUGAAGUCUUGUUUUGGUGUACAGGGGGUGGAGACUCAGAUGGAGCCGCGAUCCUAGCCUAGGCGUGCAGAGCUGGGCGCUGCGGCAGUGGAAACUGUACUUCAAUAAAGACUUUUGUACAUUACUGCCGGCUAGCGUUGGUCCUCUGUGAGCUGGGACCUGGAGCCAGCUCUGACAGUAAUGUAUAUUUUUUACUACAUUUAUAUCCCACCUGAACUUCAAGGACCUCAGACUGGUGUACAUAGUUUUCCUUCUCCCUGUUUUAUCCUCAGAAAAACCCUGUGAGGUAGGUUAGGCUGAGAGACAGUGACUGGCCCAGGGUCACCCAGCGAGCUUCAUAGCUAAGUGGGGAUUUGAACCCUGGCGUCCCAAGUCCUAGUCCUGAACUCAGAGCUUUCCAAACUUUUCAAGUUGGUGACACACUUUUUGGACAUGGAUCCUUUCACGACACAGUAAUUCAUUUUGUGACAUGGUAAUUCAGUUUUACUAGCCAACCGGAGGUUAAACUAACCCUUUCCAGCCCAGGAGGAGUGUGGGGAGCAUUCGUGCAACACACCUACACACUGCAACCAACACACUAAUGUGUCACAACACAGUUUAGAAAGCUCUACCUUAACUAUUCCACCACACUGAUUUUCUUUUGUGUUUGGGAUUGUUCCAGAUUGCAUCUGGCAUGGCAUAUGUGGAGAGGAUGAAUUACGUACACAGAGAUCUCCGAGCUGCCAACAUCCUUGUGGGGGAAAAUCUGGUGUGCAAGGUAGCUGACUUUGGACUGGCCCGGCUGAUUGAGGACAAUGAAUACACGGCAAGGCAAGGUAUGAGCUGCACUUUCCACUUGAAAGAAAUAAGCAGCCGCAAACUAGUUAAUGCUUCAGAGCUGGAAGAAGUCUGGGUAGCAAUGCAGAGUAAAAGCCCCGCAUUCCAAAAGCAGGAAGCGUUAUCAAGACAACGUGAAAAGGCAGCCUUCAUGCCAACAUGACAAACUGUUGAGUACAUUUCUAUGAUUCUAUGUCCUGGAUUCCUGCACUUUUGCUACUGCCGGUGAAUGAUGCAGAAGUAGUGGAAGACUUGGUUGCCAACAUCCUUCAUUUCUUCCUUUUGUGUGUGCUGAAUAAUAUAUGUUUUGGUUUUUUUACAAUAUGCUUGUCUGUCUUGUUCAGGUGCUAAAUUCCCCAUUAAGUGGACUGCCCCAGAAGCUGCUCUCUAUGGCCGGUUCACCAUCAAGUCAGAUGUAUGGUCCUUUGGAAUACUGCUGACUGAACUGGCCACGAAGGGCCGAGUACCAUAUCCAGGUAAGUGUGUGUUUUUCUAUACCGUAUUUUUCGCUCUAUAAGACACACCUUGACCAUAAGACGCACCUAGUUUUUAGAGAGGGAAUGCAAUAAAAAAAAAUUCUUUAAAGGGAGCGCUGAGCAGAGCCUGUAUGCAUCCCAGGCUCUGCUCAGCUCUCCCUUUCACGAGCUGCGUGGAGCGUGUGUGCGGCACUUGCGGGCUUUUCCCCGAGGAGGGAGAAGGGCAGCCCGUCACACUCCAUGCGGCUCUUUAAAGGGAGCGCGGCUCUUGCUGGCUUUUGUGGGAGGUGGGGAAGGGACAGAGUGCAGCUCAGCCAGAAGCUAGAACAGCAAGAGAGAGCACAGCGAUCCCUCUUGCUGUUCUGGCUUCUGGGAUAGCUGCGCAGCCUCUUUAGGGCAGCGGGAUGAAGGCUCCCCACUGCCCUGAAGAGGCUGUGCGCAGCUAAGCCAGAAGCUAGAACAGCAAGAGAGAGCACAGCGAUCCCUCUUGCUGUUCUGGCUUCUGGGAUAGCUGCGCAGCCUGCAUUCGCUCCAUAAGACGCACACACAUUUCCCCUUACUUUUUAGAAGGGAAAAAGUGCGUCUUAUAAAGUGAAAAAUACGGUAGGUCUUUCUACAGGUGCUCAAAGGGGCCACAAGACCAGCUAUAGCAAACUACUCAUUCACUUGGAAAGGGACAAGGAUCUCCAACGCAGAAGAAUACUGUCUCCUACAGUGCUAAUAUCAGAGAUAAAGCCUGCCUGCUCUUUAAGAGUGAAAGUCAGCAAUUUACCCACCCACACCUCCAACACUCUGUGGAAAUAUAUGUCUGAUCUUUGUGGUGUGUUGCUGAGCUCCAAAACUAGAGAUAAAAAAAUCCCUCUGCCUGUUCUUUACAGAGGAUCUUUAAAGAGGAAGCAGAGCAUUUUAAUGCUGUUUAGAUCAGGAGAUAAAAGUUGUGAGGUUGCAUCCUGUGGUUUGGUAGAGUAGCUGCAGCCCAUGGACUUGUGGGUUCGCCCAACCACCUUGGCUUAUCCUAUUCUUUGCAUUUUUAAUAUAUUUUGGUUGUGUUUUUAUUUUUAAUUGUUGUACGUCAUUGUGAGUGGUGCAUGGACACUAGUCAGGUAGAAUAGAUUUUAAUUAAUUAAUAGCUUUGGAAAAAGAAAGCUAAUAUAUGAUUUGUGGAGGAUAUACACCAACAAUAAGACCUUUCACAAUUAUGAGAGACAAAAUCAGCAAGUGUCUCAUGGGAAAUGGAUUUCUCCAGAGUUUUAAUUCCUCUGUAGACUUCUGCUUUCCUUCUGAAGCCCCAUUCAUAUAUUACUGUUGCAAAAUGAUACCCGGGGGGGGGGGGACGGAGGACACCACUCCCUUUUAUUCAUGGUUCAGUUCCACAUCAGUAAUAUUAUGGGCGGCUCAAAUCCCUGAAGUGGUCUACAGCAUGAGAAAAAUGACAUUAAAUACAAGAGAAGUUUGAUAAACAAUAAAAUAGUUUCUACAGACUAUAAAAAACAUCCGUAUGUUACAAACACAUUGCAGGAUUGGGCUAUGGGGAAAAUCCCUGCGUCCCAUACCCAGCUAGUGCCUAGCUCUCUGUUUGCUGGCAGGAGAAGAAGAAAGGUAACAGGCUUUGUGUGAGAGAUGGGAAGUUUGUGACCCUCCAGGUGUUAUUGGGCUCCCAUCAUCCCUGGACGUUGUCCUUGCUGGCUGGGGCUGAUGGGAGUUAAGAGUCCAGUAUCUGGAGGGCCACAGGCUCCCCCUCUCUGCUUGAUGCCAGACUUUAGGAACGCUACUUAAAUUGCUCCACUGUAAUGCAAAUUGAACUAUACUUAGUAAACAGGAGCAUACGUUGUUAGUGACACUUCUGUAUAUUUUGGCUAAACUGUUCUACUGAAGAGCCAGGUGGCAUACUCCUUUUCUGAGAAGUGAUAAUGUAUGGGAUCCAGGAGUGGUAUGCAUGUAUGUACACUUACAUGCAAGUAGUACCAGUACUCACAGUGUUUACUGAACACCUGUCUGCUUUUGUACCAAUAGGUAUGGUGAACCGGGAAGUGCUUGAUCAAGUAGAGCGAGGCUACCGGAUGCCCUGCCCACCAGAAUGCCCAGAGUCUCUGCAUGAUCUGAUGUGUCAGUGCUGGAGGAAAGAUCCUGAGGAAAGGCCGACCUUUGAGUACCUUCAAGCUUUCUUGGAGGACUAUUUCACAUCAACAGAGCCUCAAUAUCAGCCAGGCGAGAACCUAUAGAUCUGGGAACAGAAUUCCGUGCCAAAGACUCUAUGCUGCUCCUACUGCGUAUGUGCUCAAGCGAGAGACUUUGAGCCAUACUUGAAACAUGUCUGGAGCACCUGCCAGGGUCUCUUCCUCGUUCUGCUGAUUUGCCCUUCCUUUUGAGGAUGGUACGGGGGGCCCUUUGUUAAACAAAUGUGGUGCCCUUGGCUGUUAUGGGUUACCUAAGGCCUCAAUAGGUCAUAAAUUAGCAGUGUCAUGGUUCUACUUUUUGAAGUUGGCUACGGUGCAGAAAAACAGGGUUUCAGAAAAGCCAAGUUCUUCCAGAAGAGAAGAGGCCAAAUAAAAACCAGGGAUCCUAUUCCUGUGGGCCGCCUGGCCUCUGGAGUCUGCCCUCCCUCCAAACCAUCCUUCACAUCCAUCAGCAAGAACAUGGCAAUGCUGCGUCUGAUGGUGAUGAUGUGGGCUACUUCAUGGCUGCAUGGCUUCAAAGCACUUGGGUCAUCUCUGAUUGACUUAGUGGUGAUGCUACAGCAUUAUGCCUUUUCAAAUUCAUAUGGCUUCUGUUCUCCUUUAUGUCUGAAACCAGCACAGUUUCCCCUUUCCUUGUCCCAUCCAAACCCCACUGCGUGGAAUUGGAUUGACUGCUUCACUCCAGGAAAAAAUGGCAGCCCACUUAUAUUUGGAACAUGUCACAUUUCCAUGUACUCAUGGUCCUCUUUUUUUAUAUGUGUAUAUAUGUACAAUCUGGGCCACUGAGGAUGUGUCACUGUCCGCCCAGUCUUGUCUUGUGCGUGUGUGGUGCACUUGCUCUUAGCCAUAGAAAAAACAGGACUCAGGGUGCUGGGUUUGCAGUUCAGUUGUAGGGUUUGGUUCAUCUUUGCCUUGGAACAGCGAUAGCAAACAUGGUGCCCUCCAGAUUUUAUUGGACUAUGAUUCCCAUCAUCCCUGAUCAUUGACUGUAUUGGUUGGGACUGACAGGAGAUGUAGUCCAACAAUAUUAGGAGGGCACCACAUUGGUUACUUUGAUGUUGAACUGAAGGAACUUCUUGAGGAGGUCAUACUCUGCAAUUGAUUAGGGAUUUUAAUUCUGAUGCUUGUGGUAGUGAUGGCUUGCACAUUUUUUAGAGCUGUGUUUGUUCUUGGACUGCAGGCUUGUCUUCCAGCCUAGCCUUUCAACCCUAAUAAAGUGAAAUUAUGAACAGAAAUGUCUUAGACUGGCAAGAAGGGAUAUACUCUACCUGGGUCGUAAGUCCCCUAAAUGCCAGCUGUUAGCCCAGGGAAUAAAAGUCUUCCACAUGGCAUUUUAAGAAUUCAUCAAGUACAUGGUUCCUUCUCUUUUCACAUCAGUGCAUCUUAAUCUUAACCAUUUCCAAGGCUCCUUGGUCCCUCAGGGGCAUAAUAUUGCUGCUGGGCAAACUUCAGCUGAACAAGUUGCUCUGCAGUGCUGCAUCAGCACAGUGGGUGCACUUCUGGUUCAGACAGGGUAAAGAAGCCUUGCAUUGCCCUGCCACCUGAGGGCAGCCCCCUUCUCCCAUACAGUAUAUGAGUAAGUGAUGCACAUGGGGAAGAACAAAUCCAACAAAGAAAGUAGCAAAAUACAUAGAACCCUGCAAAACUUGAUUUUUGUCCUCCCUCACUAAACCUGCGUCCCAGUGCUAUAUGAUCCCCAGGAUGACCCCUUGCUGGAGAGAAUUUUAGGUCAGGGGUUUAACCCAGCCCUGUUCUAAAACUACUGAUAAGAGCUUGCAAUCUCCACACAGGCCCCUUCUACAGAGCGAUCCUUUAAGAAAUGCAACUCCCUGUUUAUGCUUCUGAUUUGGUUAUGACCUAAAACUAGUCCCAAUUAUUCCUAGGGUACAAAUCAUGCCAAAUGUCCUUGUUUUGCCUCUUCUAUCUUCCUUCCAUCUUUUUAAGCCUUAUUGGCUGAAGCAGUGGGGGAAAGUGAGGACAGGAGCUGAACCCUGUGAAGUACUAAUGAGCAAACUGCAUAUUACAUUCCACUGCCUGUAUUUUUUCCUCUAGUAAACUAAAGGCAGUCACUAGGCUGUGAGUUUCACCAAAGGAGCAUUAGAGGGGAGGGCUGCUUAAACUUGUACCUUCUGGCUGUCUUUCAGUUAAAAUUACCCCUUCCCGAGCUGAUUCGGAGUGGAGGGGAAACUGGGAGGAAAAUGGUUAAGUUGAAGUGCAGGUAGAUACAGUUCAUGUGGUGUUACUCUGCUAAAAACUCACAGCACAAUGAACUGCUUUCAGUUCAAAAAAGCAAAUGUCAGAGAAGAGAAAUAUGCAACUACAUUCAGUGUAUAGUUUGGCCAUAAAAGUCCUUAAAAAUGGAUGUUCAGGCUUCUGCUGGAUCACACCCUGUGUAGUCUCUUCCUUGAUCACUUGUCACUUUCCACAUAUCCUGCAGAGCUUUCCAUACUCAUAUCCAUCCUGCUGCACAUCAGGAGCUGUUUUUAACAGCAGCUGGCAUUUGAGCAGCUGGUUGCAGUUUACAUUUCAGCUUGUGCAUAUGCAACAGAAUUCAACUUGGCAAUCUUUGCACUGUCGGAGGGGGGAAGCUUUUAGAAUCAACUAUCAGUCUGUUUUAAAAUCAGCAAGAUGAUGCGUCUCUGAAUGCAUGCCAGAAUCAUCCCCUUCUUGGAAAAGAGCAAGGAACUGAACAAGAUGGAGAUUUAGGCACCAGUACCUAGUCCCAUCAGCAGCUGGUGCUGCAGCGACCUUACUCCAUGACCUUCACUCACACGGAGGAGCAAAAUAUAUAAAGCUGCAAUGGACUUGGCUGGAGCAUGCCUGUUACAUUAGCGCUUGUUAGGCCAAGGAAUCUGCACCCCAAGGGCAGAUGGAGUAAUUGUGCACAUCACGCUAGGGGAGACCUGAGAUGCACUCCAGGAGCUGGCAUGAGAGUUCAGACUUGGAGCCACGUUGAUUUGUUAACUAGGGCAAUUCUACAGACAACACACUGCAUCCCAGACUCACAGCCUCAAAGGGACUGAAAGGGCGAUUUUUCCAAAGUGCCUGUUGUGUGGGCCGUGAGUUGAGGCUGAUUAAUUUUUUAAAAAAACCAAAAACCAACAAGAUUGCUUCAGCAUCUUAACUUCUUUAAAACCAACAAGAUUGCUGUAGCAUCUUGUCAGAAAACUCUCACUAGUGAAAGGUGGGUCUCCUUGUCACUCAAGGUAAGCUUUCAGCUGUCGCUUCCUCAACAACAUGCAGUGUGCUUGUCUAUCUAACUAAGUCUUACUUGGAGGAGAGCCAUUGAAAUUAAGGAACAUGGAAUUAAUGGACCUAAGUUAGUCAUAUUCCUUAAUUCCAAUGGGUCUGCUGUGAGUAGGACUAGCAUUGGCUACAACCCUUAUGUUUGGGCAUUCCAUGAUUUCUACCAAAACAUUAAUAGAAUAGAGCCAAGUGCCUCUGUGCAAAUAUAUACAGCAACAUUUGACCGGGUUUGAACCCAAAUAGUUACACUUGCUUCAUUUGACACAAGGCAGAUAGCUGAAUGAUUUCCAUAUGUAACACUUGUACCGGAAAUCCCAAAAUCCCAAAUCUAUAGAGCCGCCCCUCCCCACCUUUAAAGUCCUAUUAAAACCAAUUAAACCUGUUCAGCCACAAGUAUGACUGACUCUCUCUGGCUUGAGGCCUAUGGUUGCCACUAAGUCUCAAGCCUACAGUUCACGAAAGAGCCCUAUUCCUACAGAGAACAGCAGUUUGAAGCAGCUUUUGGCCCAUGUUUGGAGUGGAACCUUGCCAUCGUCACACUGCAGAGCGAAAAAGUGUAAUGAACGCCAGUUCCGCAGUUUUCUCCAAUGUGGCCUGCCACCAUCCACAAAACCCUUUCUAAGCGAUAUGCAAAUAGAUCUGCCUUCUGUUGCAAUGGUUACUUCUAUUAUACAGAAAACCCUUCUUAUUAGGAGAAUUUCUUAACAGCUGUAAGAUAGCCCCUCCCCCUUUGUAUAUAGCUCUUGAGUCCUCUGAGUUGUUGCUCAGUGGCUUUGGAUAUUGAUUUAAGUGCAUGUGACUCUUAAAAGUGAUAAGAAUGUUUGUUGCAAUUGUACUUAGCUGGAAUUCAUUGUCGUCGCCGUGCCAUCACUUGGUCGUCUUACUUUUUCAUGCCUAAAGUUUGGAUGGUCUCCAAUGUGCCAAAAAAAACCCCAAACCUCCAAGGGCAGAAUCCCCCCUCCAUUUAUCCGAUUUUCCCUUAUUCAGGACCAAUUUCUGGCAGGACUGGGUUUCCAAGAACUUAAUUGUUUUAGACAAGUAGGUGUCGUGUUGCUUCAUUCAUUCUCUGUUUUGCCCUCUCAUUUGAGCAGGAUGUUUUUUCUGCUGUUAUCAGCUCAGUGUUAGACUGGGAAAGGGGUUUUGGAGGGCGGGGUUUUGCUCAGAAAGGUCCAAAGUGGAGAUUUGAUACCUCUUAUCUCAUUCAAAGAGAAAGGUCCACAGUUUUUGAACAGAGGACCUCUGUCCACCUCAAAGGUAAUUUGACUCAACCAGAGAUUCUUUCUACCAGAGAAGGCACCAAAAAUGGUAUGAAGUUAUGACAAGAUAUUGUGUGCUUCCCCGCCACUCAGUCCUGCACCCUUGCCUUUUGGCAGGAGAAGGGACCUGGAAUGGGGCAGAGUUCCCAUAUUUUGCACAAGCUCCUUUCCCAAAAAGUCCAGAUUCAAGUUUUUAUGAUGCUGAAGACCAGGACUCAGUAUCUUUUUGAGGUUACUGAGCCAAAUCUCCAUCUUAUGCCGAGUAAGUGUGUGUACCUCAGAACCUCAAAAUGCUCAGUGCAUCAUAGCAAUAGUGUUUAAAAUUUAGUCAUGGGUUCUCUUAGGUGCCUGUACUUUCAAACAAUUGCUUUGUUAUAUGCCAAAAUCCCCACCUCCUGCAGAACUUCUAGUAAAAUGCAUACUUUUAUUGUGUUGGGAACAGGGUCUGCUUUCCUUUUUCCAAUGCGUUGUAGGAGGUACGGAUAAAGGGCAGAAACUUACCCCCUGCCUUUCUGUAUCUCUUCUACACUGCUUAUUCAUAAUAUGCCUUAUGCGUGCUUUUUUCCAUAUGUACUCAAAAGACUAUAUGCUAGGGUUUUUUUUGAAAAAAAUCAUUUUCUCAGAUGUAUUGAAUUCAAAUUCUGCUCCUAUGAGGAUCACUUCAGCAACAUACCACAUCAAAUGAGAAAGGAACUAAGCUGGGAAUUCAGGAGACUGUGCCUUCCCAAACCUCAAAACAUUCAGUUCUCUUUCUAUUCCUUUGCCAAGCUGAACAUUCCCUUGUACCUCCUUCACAUCCAGGACUGAGAAGGACUUUGCCCCUUCAGCCUUUUUUUGGUAUUCCAGUGUGCCAGUGUAUAUUGAAUUCCCACCAGAACUUUCCUUUGUUAAAGCAUGGUUAUUUGGAACACCAAUGUGGGGCUGACAAUUGGCCCGCAUGAGAAACAGCCUUUUGUUUUGUAUUUUAUUUUUUGGUGGAAUGCUGCUCCCUCUAGUCUUGUUCGCUUUCUAUACCAGUCCAUCCUAACUGAGGUGGCAAAUCUCUGUGUCUGGGUUGUGCCACUUUUGAACUGAGCAAGGGCUCAUAUGAUUGCAAGGUUUUCCUUACAAUAAAGAAAAAUAAUCCAUCUACAAAACUCUCUUAAAGUGGGGAGUAGGCUAAAUCCCUUCUGAUAUUUAAUUCCCUGUGCAAGGGGGGAGUUGACCGUAUGACCCGCCUGCAAUUCACAAAGUGCAGCCUAGAUGCAAGUUUUCUGCCUCUCAGAACUAGACCUAAAAAUCCAGUCUCUUAAAUCUGUGAUCGAGCCAUUUCCUCACGGUGUAAUAUUACUGUAUUUAGGGGAUUUUCUUUAGCACCAUUCAUUUGUGAGCAGGACUUACAUUGGGGUAUUCAAAUUAUGUGACCAGGGUUGUUUUUUUGUACAAGCUGGAACAGUUAUUUUACCGGAGUGAUGGGGUGUGUGGCAUCCUUCACUCCAAGGAGAUGCCAGAUUUGUUGUUUCUGUUCAAGUAUGUCAAGAAACCCCUUUUGCUGAGAUGGAAGGAAGGAAUAACUUUAUUUUUAAAUGUCAGCCACCACGGAGAAACAGCUUCUUGACAAAUACAAAAUGAAUCAUAUACCUAGCUGGGAAAUGCUUCAGUGUAGGAGCUAAAACCAGUCUCUGUGUGCGUAUGUGUACGUGUGUGUAUAUAUAAUAUAUAUAGAUAUUAAUGUAUAAAGAAUCCUUUUUUCCAAGUAUGUACAUUUUUUUAUAUUAAAAAAUCAAGACGAGUAGAUCAGUUUAAAACCACAGAUUUCUCUUCUGCUUUUGGUAUAGCAAUAAUGAUUAUGAAUACUAAUUUAAAUGAACAGUGUACUUAAUCUUGCUUUUCUUCUUUGUCACACACAAAUUUUUCAAAGAAAAAUGACUCAAGAUUCCCUUGUGUGAACUUCCCCGUCUUCCCCUGCCCAUCAUGCAUGGCAUAGGCGACUUUGGUACACAGGAAGGAUGCUUGUAUACUGGAGUCCAUCUUCAGAUCAGAGCCUGACCUUUGCAAUGAACUCAUGAACUGAAGGAAGCAUUAAGAGAGCUUCUUGUGUUGGCCUUGUUCUUCCUUAUUCACGUCUUCGUUUUUUUUAAAGCCCACAAUGUGUGAAUCUGUCAGAGGGAGGCUCUGGCACUGGCUGAAUGAAGUUUAAACAAGUCCUUACACGGAUUUCUUCUGCUAAUGUAAUUCUGUGCGUGUGUGUGUGUUUGGGGGGGGGGGGACUGCACACAUUUUGUAAAAUCUCCAGAAAACUAUGCAGAGAAUGUAAUCAACUUUUUCUCUGUGUCUCUUUCUCCCGCCCCUCCCUUUUUAGUGUCAGACUACUUAACUCUUUUUUUGAAAAUAAAAUGUUAUCAAAAAAAUAAAAUUGCUAAAUGUAUGGAGAUGAAAGUCCUUUUUUAA